UCCCCGCCUCGCCUCGGGUGUAGGGAUUGCAAAAAAACAAAACUACACUGUCAAGACUGUGUAGUUUUGUUUUUAUGAUUAGAGGCUCAACAAUUCUCAUGCUGGGAUUGUCUAAAAAAUCUUACUCUGGAUAAGGACGUCGUUCAAGAAGAUUUCGUUGGGCUUAGCCCACUCUUACAGGCACUUUGAGAGAUCAGAGUGCCUGUAAAGAUGACGACGAAAGCACCAACAUUUACGCAGCCGUUACAAAGUGUUGUGGCACUGGAGGGUAGUGCCGCAACCUUUGAGGCUCAUAUUAGUGGUUUCCCAGUUCCUGAGGUGAGCUGGUAUCGGGAUGGCCAGGUUCUCUCUGCUGCAACUCUGCCCGGUGUGCAGAUCUCGUUUAGUGAUGGCCGCGCUAAACUGGUGAUCCCCACCGUGACAGAAGCAAACAGUGGAAGAUACACCGUACAAGCCACCAAUGGAUCUGGGCAAGCAACUAGUACUGCUGAGCUACUUGUCACAGCUGGAACAGCACCACCAAACUUCUCACAACGACUACAGAGCAUGACUGCAAGACAGGGAAGUCAAGUUCGACUUGACGUGAGAGUGACUGGAAUCCCUACACCUGUGGUGAAGUUCUAUCGGGAUGGAGUAGAAAUCCAAAGCUCCCCCGAUUUUCAAAUUUUACAAGAAGGAGACCUUUACAGCUUAAUAAUUGCAGAAGCAUAUCCUGAAGACUCCGGUACCUAUUCAGUAAAUGCCACAAAUAACGUGGGACGUGCUACUUCAACAGCUGAAUUGCUAAUUCAAGGUGAGGAAGAAGCCGUUCCUGCUAAAAAGACAAAGACAAUUGUUUCGACUGCUCAGAUUUCACAAACAAGACAAGCCAGAAUUGAAAAGAAGAUUGAAGCCCACUUUGAUGCCAGGUCACUUACAAGUGUUGAAAUGGUCAUAGAAGGUGCGACAGCCCAACAGCUCCCACACAAAGCACCUCCACGAAUGCCUCCUAGACCUACAUCGAAAUCACCGACCCCACCAAUAAUUGCUGCAAAAGCACAAAUGGCACGACAGCAAUCACCAUCUCCUGUUAGACAAUCACCAUCACCUGUAAGACAUGUCAGAGCACCAACACCCUCACCAGUAAGGUCAGUUUCUCCUGCUGGAAGAAUCUCCACCUCACCUAUCAGACCAGUGAAAUCUCCAUCUCCAAUCCGUAAAACACAGGUAGUGACAACAGCUGGGGCCGAAGUCCUUCCUCCUUGGAAGCAGGAAGGAUACACUGCAACCACAGAAGCCCAGAUGAAGGAAACAAGAGUAUCUACAAGUGCUACCCAAAUAAGAACUGAAGAAAGAUGGGAGGGGAGAUACGGGGUCCAAGAACAAGUUACCGUUAGCGGUGCUGGUGAGGCUGCAGCUGGUGCUAGAGAGGUGAGAAAGGACAGUGAAAAAACAGCAGCUGUUGCUACGGUUGUUGCUGCUGUGGAUCAAGCCAUGGUGAGAGAACCAGCUCCAAGUGUUGUAGAGCAAACUGCUAAAAGGACAGCAAUGACUGCAGUCCACGUUCAACCUGUUCAGGAGCAGGUGAGAAAGGAGGCAACAGUAGUAGUUACCAGUGAUAAAGCAACAAAACAAACAGUAAUAUCAAGAACUAGAGAAGAAAUGGUUACUUCACAAGAAAAAAGGCACAUCUCUCAUGAAAAGAUAAGAAAAGAACCAGAGAAAACUCCAGUACCCAAAGUAAUAAUUGCCACAGACAAAGAUAAAGAACAAGAAAGAAUAUCAAGAGCCAGAGAAGAAAUAUCUACCAGACAUGAGCAAGUGCACAUUGCUCAUGAAAAGAUAAGAAAGGAAGAUAUGAAACCUUCUGUACCUAAGGUAGUAAUUACCACUGAUAAACCUAAACCACCGGUCAUAAUAUCGAAAAGUAAAGAAGGAAUUGCUACCAAACAAGAACAAGUCAGCAUAACCCAUGAAAAGAUUAAAAAGGAAGCUAAGAAAACUACUGUAGUUCCGAAAAUAAUUGCCACUGAUAAAACCAAAGCACCAGUCACAGUGUCCAGAACUAGAGAAGAAAUUACAGCCAAGCAAGACCAAAUUCAUCUAGCUUAUGAUCAGACUCAAGUUGGAAAAAGGGCUGAAGCUGUAGCUACGGUUGUUGCAGCAGUUGAUCAGGCACGUGUUCGAUCACCUUGGGAACAAGAACAAGCAGAUGAAGCUUAUGUAAAGCAGAAAACUUUGGAAUAUGGCUAUAAAGAGCAUGUUGCAGAGGCCCCAGCAGAACGUCAUGUUGUCACUAAAGAGGUUAAAACUGUCUAUGUUCCUCCUGAGAAACAUAUCUCAGCUGCUGAAAAGAAGCAAGUUCAUAUAUCAACAGAGAUAAAAAGAGCAACAGAAAUUGAGAAAACAAUUCAUGUCGAACACCCGCGACCCCGCACGCCAAGUCCUCACUUCACAGUCUCCAAAAUUGCGGUUCCUAAACCAGAUCAUACAUAUGAGGUUUCAAUAGCUGGAUCUGCCAUGGCUACUCUGGAAAAAGAGUUAUCAGCUACUUCUGCUGCGCAAAAGAUCACCAAGUCGGUGAAACCACCCCAGCUAAAGCCACAUGAAGUCAGGAUAAAAGCAGAGCCCGUUCCCUCUCCCUUUGGAGAGGCUGCUGAGACCUAUAAGAGUCGCUAUGAUGUUGAGACUAAAAAAGAGAUGGGUGUAAGCUUUAAAGGUGAAGCAGUGCGUGAAGAACACUUGGUGUUGCGGAAAGAAGGUGAAGCAAAGGUGACAGAAACUGCCAGAGUUCCCGUGCCUGCGGAAAUCCCUGCUACUCCACCCACCUUAGUCUCAGGCCUCAAAAAUAAGACUGUGACUGAAGGUGAGUCUGUCACUCUGGAGUGCCAUAUCUCUGGUCAUCCUCAGCCUACUGUGACAUGGUACAGGGAAGACUACAAGAUUGAGAGCUCAAUGGACUUCCAGAUCACUUUCAAAGCAGGGCUUGCUCGCCUUGUGAUCCGCGAAGCCUUUGCAGAAGACAGUGGAAGAUUUACCUGCACUGCUACCAAUAAGGCUGGGAGUGUCAGCACAUCUUGCCACUUACACGUGAAAGUUUCAGAAGAAAUUGAGACUCGAGAAACCAUUUCUGAGAAGGCUGUUACAGAAGAAAAACGCUAUGUGGAGACAAAGGACAUUGUAAUGGAAGAUGUCUCUGCUGCAGCAGAGGAAGUAUCGGGAGAACCCAUACCUCCUUUCUUCAUAAGAAAACCCAUGGUACAUAAAUUAAUUGAAGGUGGGAGCAUUGUUUUUGAAUGCCAAGUAGGGGGCAACCCAAAGCCACAUGUCUACUGGAAAAAAGGUGGAGUUCCUUUAACGACUGGCUACAGAUACAAAGUGAGUUACAAAAGAGAAACCGGGGAAUGCAAACUUGAAAUUUCCAUGACUUUUGCCGACGAUGCCGGAGAAUAUACUAUUGUUGUUCGUAAUAAACAUGGAGAAGCUUCUGCAACGGUCUCCUUACUAGAAGAAGCUGAUUAUGAAGCCUACAUAAAAUCUCAACAAGAAAUGAUGUACCAAACCCAGGUGACUGCAUAUGUACAGGAACCUAAAGUGGCUGAGGUAGCCCCUGCUAUUUCAUAUGGUGACUUUGAAAAAGAAUAUGAAAAAGAACAAGCCCUAAUUAGGAAGAAAAUGGCAAAAGAUACAGUGAUGGUCAGAACUUUUGUAGAAGAUGAGGAAUUCCAUAUUUCUUCUUUCGAAGAAAGACUUAUCAAGGAAAUUGAACUCAGAAUUAUCAAGACCACCUUAGAUGAACUCCUCGAAGAAGACGGAGAGGAGAUGAUGGUUGAUAUUUCUGAAUCUGAAGCUGUAGAAGCAGGAUUCGAAUUAAGAUUAAAGAAUUACAGAACCUUUGAAGGGACAGGAGUUACUUUCCAUUGCAAGACGACUGGAUAUCCAUUGCCAAAGAUCGCAUGGUACAAAGACGGUAAGCGCAUAAGGCAUGGAGAGCGCUACCGCAUGGAAGUUCUGCAAGACGGCAGUGCCAGCCUGCGUUUGCCUGUUGUUUUACCUGAAGAUGAAGGAAUUUAUACUGUCUUUGCCAGUAACAUGAAAGGAAAUGCCAUUUGCUCAGCAAAACUCUACGUUGAGCCAGUUGCACCCACAGCAGCUCCAGGUUAUAUGCCAGGACCGGAAGUUAUGAGAAGAUAUAGGUCUAUUUCUCCACGCUCUCCAAGCCGGUCUCCUGCCCGCAGUUCUCCUUCUCGUUCUCCUGCCCGCAGAUUAGAAGAAACAGAUGAAGGACAACUAGAGAGACUAUAUAAGCCGGUUUUUGUGCUGAAACCUACGUCAUUUAAAUGUUCACAGGGGCAGACAGCAAGAUUUGACUUAAAAGUUGUUGGCAGACCUAUGCCAGAGACAUACUGGUUCCAUAAUGGUCAACAAGUGGUUAAUGACUACACCCAUAAAAUAGUGAUUAAAGAAGAUGGCACCCAGUCAUUGAUCAUUGUUCCUGCUAUGCCUGAUGACUCUGGAGAAUGGGCUGUAAUUGCUCAGAAUAGAGCAGGCAAAGCUUCAGUCUCAAUGACGCUGACUGUGGAAGCUAAGGAAGACCUAGUCAGACCACACUUCGUGGAAAGGCUGAAGAAUGUUAGCGUAAAGGAGGGCUCUAGAUUGCAGAUGACAGUGAAAGCUACUGGCAACCCAAAUCCUGACAUUGUAUGGCUGAAGAACAGUGACAUCAUAGUACCUCAUAAAUACCCUAAAAUAAAGAUUGAGGGAACCAAGGGGGCAGCUGCCCUUAAAAUUGAAUCUACUGCCAGGCAAGAUGCUGCAUGGUAUACUGCUACUGCUAUCAAUAAAGCUGGGCGUGACACUACUCGGUGCAAAGUAAAUGUUGAAGUUGAACAUGCAGAACCUGAACCAGAAAGGAGAUUAAUCAUUCCGAAAGGAACUUAUAAAGCCAAGGAGAUUGCAGCACCAGAGUUAGAGCCUCUCCAUUUGCGUUAUGGUCAAGAGCAAUGGGAGGAAGGAGACCUCUAUGACAAAGAAAAGCAGCAGAAACCAUUUUUUAAGAAGAAGCUCACAUCUUUAAGGCUCAAGCAAUUUGGACCAGCGCACUUUGAGUGCAGGCUUACACCAAUUGGUGACCCAACCAUGGUGGUGGAGUGGUUGCAUGAUGGCAAACCCUUGGAAGCAGCUAACAGACUCCGCAUGAUCAAUGAGUUUGGGUACUGUAGCCUGGACUAUGGGGUAGCCUAUUCCAGAGAUAGUGGAGUGAUCACUUGCAGGGCAACUAACAAAUAUGGUACAGACCAUACAUCUGCUACUCUGAUCGUGAAGGAUGAGAAAAGCCUUGUGGAAGAAUCCCAGUUGCCAGAAGGCAGAAGGGGACUGCAGCGAAUUGAAGAGUUAGAAAGAAUGGCCCAUGAGGGUGCUCUUCCUGCAGUUGCACUGGACCAAAAGGAAAAACAAAAACCAGAAAUUGUUUUGGUUCCUGAACCUUCAAGAGUCCUGGAAGGUGAAACAGCACGAUUCCGCUGCCGCGUGACUGGCUAUCCUUUGCCCAAGGUCAACUGGUACCUCAAUGGGCAGCUCAUCCGUAAGAGCAAAAGGUUUAGACUCCGUUAUGACGGAAUCUACUACCUGGAUAUUGUGGACUGCAAAUCAUAUGACACAGGAGAGGUGAAAGUCACUGCAGAGAAUCCAGAAGGCUUUAUUGAACAUAAGGUGAAACUUGAGAUCCAGCAGAGGGAAGACUUCAGAUCUGUUCUUCGUCGUGCUCCUGAACCCAAACACGAGCCUGUAGUGACAGAGCCUGGAAAACUUCUCUUUGAGGUACAGAAGGUAGACAAACCUGCAGAGGCAACAACCAAAGAAGUGGUGAAACUGAAAAGGGCUGAAAGAAUCACUCACGAGAAGCUUUCAGAGGAAUCUGAAGAGCUGCGUAGUAAAUUCAAGCGUAGGACAGAAGAGGGCUAUUAUGAAGCCAUCACUGCUGUGGAACUUAAGUCUCGCAAAAAAGAUGAAUCGUAUGAAGAAAUGCUAAAAAAGACAAAAGAAGAACUUCUUCACUGGACCAAAGAGAUCCCAGAGGAAGAGAAGAAAGCACUUCCUCCUGAAGGCAAAAUCACCAUUCCAACAUUCAAACCAGAGAAGGUUGAACUUAGUCCAAGCAUGGAGGCUCCCAAGAUAUUUGAACGAAUUCAAAGCCAGACGGUAGACCAGGGGACAGAUGCACACUUCCGUGUGAGAGUGGUGGGAAAACCAGACCCUGAGUGCCAGUGGUUCAAAAACGGUGUCCAGAUUGAAAGGACUGAUCGUGUGUAUUGGUACUGGCCUGAAGAUAACGUUUGCGAAUUAGUCAUCAGAGAUGUGACUUCUGAUGAUUCUGCCAGCAUCAUGGUGAAAGCAGUCAAUAUAGCUGGUGAAACUUCUAGCCAUGCUUUCCUGUUAGUACAAGCCAAGCAGUUAAUCAGCUUCACCCAGAAGUUACAAGAUGUUGUUGCCAAAGAGAGAGACUCUAUGGCAACAUUUGAAUGUGAGACAUCAGAACCCUUUGUCAAAGUGAAAUGGUUUAAGGAUGGGAUUGAGAUUCAUUCUGGAGACAAAUACAGGAUGCACUCGGACAGAAAGGCUCAUUUUCUUUCUGUACUAGCAAUUGAAAUGUCCGAUGCUGAUGACUACAGCUGUGCACUGAUAGAAGACGAAUCCAUAAAAACUACUGCAAAGCUUAAUGUGGAAGGAGUUGUGGUUGAGUUUAUUAAAGAACUUGAAGAUGUUGAAGUACCAGAAUCCUUCUCAGGUGAACUUGAAUGUGAGGUUUCCCCAGAAGACGUGGAGGGGAAAUGGUAUCACAGAGAUGUCGAACUCACUUCUAACCAUAAAUACGUGAUUGCAUCCCGUCGUGGUCGCCAAAUCCUCACUAUUAAAGACGUUAAUAAAGAUGAUCAAGGAGAGUAUAGCUUUGUUGUUAGUGGAAAAAGGACUCGCUGCAAACUGAAGAUGAAGCCUCGUCCCAUGGCUAUUCUUCAAGGACUUACCGAUCAAAAAGUCUGUGAGGGAGAUAUUGUACAACUUGAAGUUAAAGUCUCCCUAGAAAAUGUGGAAGGUGUCUGGAUGAAAGAUGGUCAUGAAAUUCAAUCAAGUGAUCGUAUUCACAUUGUGCUGGAUAAACAGUCACACAUGUUGCUGAUAGAAGAUGCAACAAAGGAAGAUAUGGGAAAUUACUCUUUUAGUGUUCCUGGUCUUGAACUGUCAACCACUGGACGGAUCACAGUGUACAGUGUGGAAAUAGUGGUGCCUCUAAAAGAUGUUCACGUAGUUGAAGGAACAAAAGCUAUCCUUGAAUGCAAAGUUUCAGCGCCUGAUGUGUCUUCCUCCAAAUGGUACCUAAAUGAUCAUCAGAUAAAGCCUGAUGAACGUGUACAAGCUGUGUGUAAAGGCAAUAAACAGAGGCUGGUGCUUACCAGAACCCAUGCAUCAGAUGAAGGACGGUAUAAGCUAAUGGUUGGCAAAGUUGAAACAAGUUGCAGUGUCACAGUUGAAAAAAUUCAGAUUAUUAGAGGUCUUCAUGACAUCACCUGCACUGAAACACAGAAUGUAUCCUUUGAGGUCGAGCUCUCCCAUUCAGGGAUUGAUGUAAUUUGGCAUUUCAAAGGCCAAGAGAUCAAGGCUGGUCCUAAAUAUAAAAUUGAAGCACAUGGCAAAAUAUAUAAAUUGACAGUGGUGAAGAUGAUGAAAGAUGAUGAAGGAGAAUAUGUAUUUUAUGCUGGAGAGAAGAAAACAUCUGGAAAGCUUAUAGUAGCAGGUGGUGCCAUUUCAAAGCCUCUCACUGACCUGACUGUGGCUGAGUCCCAGGCAGCUGUUUUUGAAUGUGAGGUGGCAAAUCCUGAAUCAGAUGGCCAGUGGCUAAAAAAUGGUAGACCAUUACCUAUGACAGAUCAGUACCGUGCUGAAUCUGAUGGUGUAAAGAGAAGGCUCAAUAUCCCUGUCACGAAACUGGAUGAUAUGGGUGAAUAUAGCUAUGAAAUAGCAAGCUCAAAGACAUCUGCCAAACUGAAGGUUGAAGCUGUUAAGAUAAAGAAGACACUAAAGAACUUAACUGUGACGGAAACACAGGAGGCAGUUUUCAGUGUAGAACUUACCCACCCUGAUGUGAAAGGAGCUCUGUGGAUUAAAAAUGGUGUUGAACUUGAAUCAAAUGAUAAAUACGAAAUUUCAGUGAAAGGAACUGUUCACACACUGAAAAUCAAACACUGUGUUGUCACUGAUGAGUCUGUUUAUAGCUUUAAGCUUGGAAAGAUAGGAGCAAAUGCCAGACUUCAUGUGGAAACUGUCAAGAUCAUCAAAAAGCCAAAGGAUGUGACUGCUUUGGAAAACGCUGUUGUCUCGUUUGAACUGAGUGUAUCCCAUGACACUGUACCAGUCCGAUGGUUCCACAAAAAUAUUGAGCUUAAACAAAGUGAUAAAUGCAAGAUGAUCUCUCAAAGGAAAGUUCACAAGCUUAUGCUGCAUAACAUAUCUCCUGCUGAUGCUGGGGAAUACACAGCUCUUGUUGGGCAAAUCGAGUGUAAAGCAAAGCUGUUUGUGGAAACCAUACACAUCACAAAGACCAUGAAAAAUAUUGAGAUCCCUGAGACCAAAACUGCCUCUUUUCAAUGUGAAGUUUCUCAUUUCAAUGUGCCUGCCGUCUGGUUGAAAAAUGGUGUGGAGAUUGAAAUGAGUGAAAAGUUCAAAAUAGUAGUCCAGGGGAAACUCCAUCAGCUCAAUAUCAUGAACACAAGCAGUGAAGAUUCUGCAGAAUACACAUUUGUCUGUGGAAAUGACAGAGUCAGUGCAACUCUGACUGUAAAACCCAUCCUAAUUACCUCCAUGCUAAAAGACAUCAAUGCUGAAGAGAAAGAUACAAUAACGUUUGAAGUUACUGUUAACUAUGAAGGUAUCUCAUAUAAAUGGCUAAAGAAUGGGGUAGAAAUAAAAUCAACUGAUAAAUGCCAGAUACGAACAAAGAAGCUCACACACUCCCUCUCCAUAAGGAAUGUGCAUUUUGGUGAUGCUGCAGAAUACACCUUUGUUGCUGGAAAAGCAGCUUCAUCAGCCACUUUAUAUGUGGAAGCUCGUCACAUUGAAUUUAGAAAGCAUAUUAAAGAUAUCAAGGUUGUGGAGAAGAGGAGGGCUAUUUUUGAAUGUGAAGUUUCAGAACCUGACAUUCAGGUCCAGUGGAUGAAGGAUGGACAAGAACUCCAGAUUGGUGACAGGAUGAAAAUUCAGAGAGAGAAAUAUGUCCAUCGUCUCAUCAUUCCUUCCACAAGAAUGUCUGAUGCUGGUCAGUACACUGUAGUGGCAGGUGGAAACACAUCCAGUGCCAAUUUGAUAGUGGAAGGUCGUGACAUUCGUAUCAGAAGCAUCCAUAAAGAUAUCCAGGUCAUUGAGAGACAAAGAGCUGAAAUUGAAUUUGAAGUCAAUGAAGAUGACAUUGAACCACAGUGGUACAAGGACGGUAUUGAGAUCAACUUCCAAUAUGAGGAAAGAUACAGUUAUGUGGUGGAAAGGAGAGUUCAUCGAAUGAGCAUCUUUGAAACCACUUACUCUGAUGCUGGAGAAUAUACUUUUGUUGCAGGACGGAAUAGGAGUUCUGUUGUUCUUUAUGUGAAUGCUCCAGAGCCACCCCGGAUUAUUCAGGAGCUAGAACCAACCACUGUGGAGUCUGGCAAACCUGCCCGCUUCUGUGCUAUGAUAUCAGGCAAACCCCAGCCCAAAGUUUCUUGGUACAAAGAUGAUCAACAGCUUUCUCCAGGUUUCAAGUGCAAAUUUCUUCAUGAUGCGCAAGAAUAUACUCUAUUGCUGAUCGAAACUUUCCCUGAAGAUGCAGCAGUGUACACCUGUGAAGCAAAAAAUGACUACGGAGUUGCUACAACUUCAGCUUCACUUUCAGUGGAAAUCCCAGAAGUUGUUUCUCCUGAGCUAGAAGUGCCAGUAUAUCCACCUGCUGUCAUAAUACCACUGCGUGAUGCUGUUACAUCCGAGGGACAGUCCGCUCGUUUUCAGUGCAGAGUUACAGGGACAGAUCUGAAAGUCUCUUGGUACAGCAAAGAGAGAGAGAUCAAGCCAUCACGUUUUUUUAGAAUGACUCAGUUUGAAGAUACUUACCAGCUGGAGAUUGCUGAAGCUUAUCCAGAGGAUGAAGGAAUCUAUACCUUUGUGGCUAGUAAUUCUGUAGGCCAAGUGACAAGCACUGCUACCUUGAAGUUAGAAGCUCCUGAAAAAAUUAUUCAUGAGAAGCUAGAGGAAGAGGUUGAAAUGGAAGUGAAAGACAUCACUAGCUCUCUUAUUGUGUCUUCUGAGGAAGGAAGAAGUGAAGGCUACAGCAGCGGCCUUCAGUUGCCUGAUAGAGAGAAAACACUUGAAUUUGAGCCUGAAAAACCAGUUUAUUCCAGCGAAGCAAAGAUGAAAAUGGAGGAAGGGGGCAAAGCCCCUGUUUUCCUUAAACAGGUCUCAGAUGUUGAAGUCUGGCAGGGAGAUGUAGCUAGGCUCUCUGUUACUGUUAGUGGCAGCCCCGCACCCAAAAUCCAGUGGUUUUUCAACAGUACGAAGCUAACCCCAUCCAUGGACUGUAAGUUAGUGUUUGCUGGCAAUGACCACAGCCUCAUCCUCCCAUAUGCAGGUGUGCAGGAUGAAGGUGAGUACACAUGUGUGGCCAGCAAUGUACACGGUGAGACCACAUGCAGCGCCCACCUCCACGUGCGGCAACAGAUACCAGGGGUCCCUUGCUUUGCCAGGGAGCCGGCCAGCGUGCGGUGCGCACCGGGCUCCACCGCAAUCUUUGAGUACACCGUAGCUGGGGAGCCACACCCCAAUGUGCAGUGGUUCAAGGGGAGUGAGGAGCUCUUGUCCGAUGCACAUCAUUCUGUUGCUCACCAUCCUGACGGCUCGGGCUCUCUGACAGUGCGGGAGUGCAUGGAGGAGGACACGGGGCUCUACACGUGCAAGGCGGUGAACACCCUGGGUGAGGCCACAUGCUCUGCUGAGCUCCUUGUGGUGCCCGAGGAGCAUGCUGUGUGCAGGCAGAGCCCGGCCUUGCAGCACUCUGCGGUGGCAGAAGACCAAAGUCCCCUCUCCUACGAGGAGGCUGGCGAGCUUCCUGCCAUGGAAGGAGCGCUCAGCCUUGAGGCCAUGAGGGAGCCCCCGGCCCUCCUUCAGCUUCAGACAAGCCAGGCAGAGCACGUGCUGCCCAGGGAGGACAUCUUGCCUGACCUGCCACCAGCCUGCCUGGCUGCACAGAGUGUUGAAGAGAUGCUCACCCAGGUAGCCACAACACAAGAGAGCAGCAGGCUUCUGGCAGAGCCACUGCAAACCCUUCCUGCUGGCCCCCAGGGCGUGGUGCCUGCAGCAGCGAUGGAGACACAACUACCAGGGUGCCUUGGGACUGUAGCUGCACAGAUACUCUUGCCCAAAGAGCAAGUCAUCCCCAAGGCAGCAGAGCAAAUGGCUGCUCCAAAGACAGAGGCUUCCCAAGCCCCUCUACACGUGUCAAGCACCACUGAGAGCCAUGCCAUAGACGGUGACCACAUCCAGGUCCUUGAGGGCUUCCAAGCAAUGCAAGGUGAACUGAAGGCUGAACCCAGAUUUGCCUCCGAAUUGUCCUUCACUGAGGGCCAAGCUGUCCCCCUGGAGAACAUUUCUUCCCUGGAAGCAGCAGAGGAAGAUUUUGCUGCAAGAAUCAAUGAGGGACAGGCUGUGAGAUUUCCCUUGCUGCUAGAAGAAAACCAGCCCCUGGAGGAGGAACAUGUCGUCGAGCUUGCCAGCCCACUUAGGCAGUCUCCAAGGGCAGGAAGACAACCCCAUGAAGCAAUGUACACUUACCAGCUCCAGCCAAGCCAAGUCCUCAACAAAGAGAGCCAGCUCACUGCUCAGGUUCCCAAGAGCUGCAACUUAGACAUAAAGUCUCAAAUUAGAAAUGCACUGAAAGCUGCAGUAGUAAGUGAGCAAAACCUCUUGUUUUCAGAAUGGUUGGCUGAUAAGGAAAACAUUGAAGUACAGACAAUAAACAUCACCAAGGAAAAUAAACACACCCUAUGCACCUAUGUUGUGACAGCAGGAGGACUCAGUCCCAUAGAAAUUGCAGUCUCCUUGGGAGAAGUCAGCAUUCAGACAGCUGAUCAGAAAGCAGUCUUGAAGGAGGCUUUCUAUUCUCUUAUUUGUGAAGAAAAACAUCUCUUGAUGGAUGAAAAAUCCAAAGCAUUGCCAGCCCAUCCCAGUCCACUUCUCUCAGGAAAAUCCUGUGGUGAAACAUCUGAGCUGGAGCCCCAGCAGGCUGAGAGGACUAUGGAGGCAGAAAUACCCCUGGAACAGUCUCUGUCUGCACAAGAAAUCAACACUAUGACUGGGCAUGCUCAAAUCAAGGACGUGGGUGCAGCUGGAGCCACUGCUGAUGUGGCCUCCACAGGUGUUCCCAUUGAGACACCCACAGAAAUACUGAAAAGGAAGGAGAAAAGGGAACAAAUAUGUGAAGAAGAGGGCAGAGAGGGUCUAGAAACUAGAGCUAGGAAGCUAGAGGAUGAGCUGGGCAAAGAGAAUUAUCCCAUCAUACACAGCAAACUGGUUGACACUGUUGUGGAGGAAGGGGAGAGUGUCAGUCUGGUGUCUGUCAUAAGAAAUGUCAGAGAGGUGAACUGGUACUUUGAGGGAAAACUGGUGUCUUCAGGCGACAAAUUCAAGUGUUUGCAAGAUCAGGACACAUACACACUAGUAAUAAGCAAAGUGUGCGGGGAGAUUCACCAAGGAGAGUACACCUGUGAGGCGCUGAAUCAAGGUGGAAAAAGAUCAACAGCAGCAAAACUCACAGUUGUUAAAAGAGUUGCACCAAUCCUGAGGAGAAGGCUCAAACCUCUGGAGGUGGCUGUAAAUCACGUGGCCAAGUUUACCUGUGAGGUAGAGACUGCUCCCAAUGUCAGGUUUCAGUGGUACAAAGCCGGACGAGAGAUAUACGAUGGGGACAAAUAUUCCAUUCGCACGUCCAACUACCUCUCCACACUGGAGAUCCCAAGGCCUCAGGUUGUUGACUAUGGAGAGUACAGCUGUAAGGCGUCCAACCAGCAUGGCAGUGUUAGCUCUACAGCCCUUUUAACAGUCACUGAAGCAUUUCCGCCAACGUUUCUUACCAGACCUGAAUCUAUCACUACUUUUGUGGGCAAAAGUGCCAAGUUCCUGUGUACUGUUUCGGGCACUCCAGUCAUCGACGUCGCCUGGCAGAAAGAUGGCACGACCAUUUCACCUUCGGACCGCCACAAGAUCUCCAAAGUGGAAAAUAAACACGUGUUAGAAAUUUCCCUUCUCACCACCAGUGACAGAGGGGUUUACACUUGCAAAGCUUCCAACAAGUUUGGGGCUGACAUUUGCCAGGCUGAAAUGGUCAUUAUAGACAAACCCCACUUCAUUAAAGUUUUGCAGUCAGUGCAGUCAGCAGUCAAUAAAAAAAUACGUCUUGAAUGUCAGGUAGACGAAGACAGGAAAGUAACAGUAGGGUGGACAAAGGAUGGAAACAAAAUCCCCCCAGGCAAAGAUUAUAAGAUUUUCUUUGAAGACAAAAUAGCCUCACUUGAGAUUCCUCUGGCUAAGCUCAAGGAUUCAGGCCAUUAUGUGUGCACUGCCUCAAACGAGGCAGGAAGCAGCUCCUCUUCUGCCAGCGUCACAGUCAGAGAACCACCCAAGUUUGCUAAGAAGCUAGAGGCGGCGAAAGUAGUCAAGCAGGGUGACUCAGCCCGGCUUGAGUGCAAAGUAAGUGGAUCUCCAGAGAUGAAAGUAGUGUGGUUCAGAAAUGACCAUGAAAUUGUUGCCAGUGAAAAAUUCCGGACAUCAUUCAUUGACUCCGUGGCUGUGCUUGAAAUGAAUCACCUCAGUACUGAUGAGAGCGGUGACUACAUCUGUGAAGCUCACAACCCCGCCGGCAAGGCCAGCUGUAGCACCAAGGUCACAGUGAAAGAACCUCCUGUCUUUAGCAGGAAGCCCUCUCCAGUAGACAUGCUGAGAGGAACUGAGGUUAGCCUGGAAUGUGAGAUUUCAGGAACACCACCAUUUGACGUUACCUGGUACAAAGACAGGAGACAAAUCCGCAGUAGUAAGAAGUACAAAGUUACAGCCAAAAACUACCAUACAAGUGUUCGCAUUCUUAAUGUUGAAGCUGCAGAUGUUGGCGAAUAUCAGUGCAAAGCACAGAACGACGUAGGAAGUGACACUUGCUUUUGCACUGUGAAGCUGAAAGAACCACCAAAAUUCUUGACUAAAAUAAACAGCAUGACUGUUGUGGUUGGUGAACCAGUGGAGUUACAAGCAAGAGUGGAGGGCUCCCCGCCAAUUUCUGUGCAGUGGCUUAAAGACAAAGAGGAAAUUAUUAGAGAAAGCGAGAACACGAAGAUCACAUUUAUAGAAAAUAUUGCAACUUUACAACUUGUGCGCACAGAGACAAGCAGUGCUGGAAAAUACAUCUGUCAGAUCACAAAUGAUGCUGGAAGUCGCGAGUGCAUGGCUACCUUAACUAUUUUAGAGCCUGCAGUCAUUGUAGAGAAAGCAGAGCCAAUGAGAGUUACUAUAGGAGACGCCUGUACUUUGGAGUGCAAAGUGGCAGGCACACCAGAGCUUUCCACUGGGUGGUUCAAGGAUGGCAAAGAGCUGACCAGCAGCCAAAAAUACAGAAUUACUUUCGUCAAUAAAGUAUCUACACUUAAAAUUAUGGAUGCAGAAAAGGAAGAUGGUGGAUUGUACACUUUCGCAGUGCAGAAUGACGUGGGGAAAAGCAGUUGCACAGCAUCGGUUGAUGUUUUAGAUCGAAUCAUUCCUCCUUCUUUCACAAGAAAACUAAAGGAAACCCCUUGUGUCCUGGGUUCCUCAGCAUUGCUGGAAUGCAAAGUGUCGGGUUCACCUCCUAUUUCUGUUGCCUGGUUCCAAAAUGGACAUAAGUUAGUCAAUGGGGAAAAACACCAAAUCUCCUUUUCAGAUAACCUAUGUGUUUUAGAAGUGAAUUCACUGAGCAACUCAGAUACUGGAACUUACACCUGCAAAGCUACCAACAUAGCUGGUUCAGAUGAAUGCAGUGCUGUAUUGACCGUACAAGAACCACCUUCUUUUGAGAGGACACCAGAGCCUCUGGAUGUCUUGCCAGGCACAAGCAUCACUUUUACAUGUGUUAUCAGAGGAACCCCUCCUUUUAAGGUGAACUGGUUUAAAGGGGCCAAUGAGCUUGUGCCAGGGGACAAAUGCAAUAUCUACUUGGAGGACUCCAUCGCGGAGCUUGAAUUAUUUGAUGUAACUCCUCUCCAAAGUGGAGAGUACACUUGUCUAGUGACUAAUGAUGCUGGCAGGGCAAAUUGUACAACACACCUUACAGUAAAAGAGCCAGCUGUCUUUGUGAAGAAACUGAGCGAUCAGUAUGUGGAGCCUGGCAAGCCCAUCAUCUUGGAGGGCACUUACACAGGCAGCCUCCCCAUCUCUGUGACAUGGAAGAAGAACGGCUACACCAUCUCUCAAUCUCAGAAGUGUAGCAUCACCACCACAGAGAAAUCCUGCAUCCUGGAAAUAGUUGACAGCACCAAAGAAGAUGCAGGAGAAUAUACCUGCCAUGUUGAAAAUGAGGCAGGAAGAGAUGUUUGUGAGGCUGUAGUGUCUACCCUAGAACCUCCCUAUUUUGUUACACACUUGGAACCUCUUGAGGUGUCAGUCGGGGAUUAUACAACAUUGCAAUGUCAUGUUGCUGGAACACCAGAAAUCACUGUGUCUUGGUAUAAAGGUGACACAAAACUCAGGUCUACUCCUGAGUACAAAGUGUUCUUUAAAGACAAUGUUGCUACACUAAUUUUCAACAAAGUGGUUAGCAAUGACAGUGGAGAAUAUACCUGCAAGGCAGAAAACAGUGUAGGAACUGCAUCUACAAAGGCUCUCUUAACAGUUCAAGAGCGCAAACGACCACCUUCCUUUGCAAGAAAAUUAAAGGACAUCGAGCACCCUGUCGGUUUACCCCUUAAACUUAUGUGUCGGCUCAAUGGCUCAGAGCCCAUUACUGUGACUUGGCAUAAAGAUGGUGUGCUGCUAAGUGAUGACCACAACGUGCACACAUCCUUUGUAGAUAAUGUUGCAGUGCUGCAGCUGGUGCGAACUGAGUUGAAUCAUACCGGGCAGUACUCCUGCACAGCCACCAACGCUGUGGGCACUGCCACCUCAAGUGCUCGGCUCACAGUGGCAGAACCCAAGCAAGCACCUGUCUUUGACACCAAACCAGAAUCUAUUGAUGUGCCUUUUGGAGAAAGUGCUGACUUUGAAUGCCAUGUUACUGGAGCCCAGCCAAUGCACAUCACCUGGUCCAAGGAUGGUCGGGAGAUCCGAACUGGAGGAAACUUCAAUAUUACUUUUGUAGCCAACACAGCUCACCUUCGAGUGCUCAGAGUGGGUAAAGGAGACUCUGGCCAAUAUACUUGCCAAGCUAGUAACGAAGCUGGGAAAGACUUUUGCUCAGCCCAACUCAGUGUCAAAGAACCUCCCAAGUUCAUCAAGAAGCCAGAAGCUUUGCGGUUCGUGAAGCAGGGAGACACAGUUCAACUUGAAUGUAAAAUCAGUGGCACGCCAGAGAUCAGAAUCACAUGGUACAAAAAUGAUCAGGCACUCCAGGCGAGCGACAGGCUCCACACGUCCUUUGUAGACUCCGUGGCAAUGCUAACCAUCUUGGGUGCCAACACUGAAGAUGCCGGUGAUUACAUAUGUGAAGCCCAUAACUCUGCCGGCACAGCCAGCUGCAGUGCUUCAGUCACAGUGAAAGAACCACCUGUUUUUAGCAAGGUGCCAAGCCCUGUGGACACACUUAAAGGCUCAGAUGUUAUCCUUCAGUGUGAGAUAGCAGGCACUCCACCCUUUGAGGUGGCUUGGUUCAAGGAUCGGAGGCAGGUCAGGAGCAGCAAGAAGUUCAAGGUGACAGCAAAGCACUCCAUUGCCAGUCUUCAUAUUCUCAACCUGGAAUCUCAAGAUACUGGAGAAUAUCAGUGCAAAGCUAUGAAUGAAGUGGGAAGCGACACGUGCACCUGUCCAGUGAAAUUCAAAGAACCCCCACGCUUUGCCAAGAAGCUGAGUGACACUGCAAUAUUCAUCGGGGAGCCAACAGCCCUGCAGGCAGUGGUGGAAGGAUCCCCACCAAUUUCUGUUGUCUGGCUCAAGGACAAGGGAGAAGUUAUUAGAGAGAGUGAAAAUGUCCAAAUGUGGUUUAUGGACAACAUUGCAACUCUUGAGAUUGCCAGUGCAGUGGGAGCUGAUGUUGGGAAGUACAUCUGCCAGAUCAAAAAUGAUGCUGGUAUGCGGGAGUGCUCUGCCUUUUUACAAGUCCUAGAACCGGCAGUCAUCUUAGAGAAGACAGAGCCAAUCACAGUAAUGGCUGGCAAUCCUUUUACCUUGGAGUGCAAAGUAGGAGGAACACCUGAACUUAUCACUAAGUGGUACAAAGACGGCAGAGAACUAAGGAGUGACCGCAAAUACCAAAUUACCUUUUUCAACAAUAUAUCCACUUUGAAAGUCUUUUCUGCAGACAGGGGUGACAGGGGCCUGUAUACUUUUGAGGUGCAAAAUGAGGUGGGGGACAGCAGUUGCACUACUUCCGUUGAUGUUUCAGAUCGUCUUGUUCCUCCUUCAUUCUCAAGAAAACUAAAGGAAACAAAUGGGGUACUGGGAUCCUCAGUGCUUCUGGAGUGCAAAGUGUCAGGCACAUCCCCCAUAUCUGUGGCCUGGUUUCAGGAUGGAAAUGAGAUUGUUAGCGGAGAAAAAUAUGAAAUCUCAUUCUUGGAUAAUGUUUGUGCUUUGAAGCUGAAUGCCCUGGAUGUCACAGAUACAGGGCCGUAUACCUGUGUGGCAGCCAAUGUGGCUGGAUCUGAUGAAUGCAGUGCCUUCUUGACUGUACAAGAACCACCUUCUUUUGUGAAGACACCUGAUCCCCAGGAAGUUUUGCCCGGAUCAAGUGUGACAUUCACCAGCUACAUCAAGGGUAGUACUCCCUUCAAAGUGACCUGGUUCCGAGGCAUCAGGGAGCUGGUGCCAGACAGCAACUGCUUCAUCUCUCUGGACGAGUCUGUGGCACAGCUGCAGCUCUACAAUGUGGAGCCAGGCCAGAGCGGGGACUAUGCCUGCAUGGUCACAAAUGAUGCUGGCAGUGCCUCAUGCACAACCCAACUCUUUGUGAAAGAGCCUGCAGUCUUUGUGAAGAAAUUAAGUGAUUUCAGUGUGGAGCAGGGGAAGUCCAUUGUGCUGGAAAGCAGCUACACAGGCACCCCUCCCAUCUCUGUCACCUGGAAAAGAAAUGGCACGCCCAUCGCUCAGUCUCCACGUUGCAGUGUUACAACUACUGACAAAUCUGGCAUUCUUGAAAUCUUCAACAGCACCAAGAGUGAUGAAGGCGAAUACACCUGUGAGGUGGCAAAUGAGGCGGGUGGGGAUGUUUGCCACAGCCUUGUAUCCAUCUUAGAACCACCCUAUUUUGUCACGCACCUGGACCGUGUGGAGGUGAAGGUUGGCGAGCCCUUGAUCUUAAAAUGCCAGAUUGGUGGUGCGCCAGAAAUCAAGGUGUCCUGGUACAAAGAUGAAACCAAGCUCAGAUCAACACAGGCUUACAAAAUGCACUUCAAGAAUAAUGUGGCAACGCUGGCAUUCUCCACAGUGGAGGAUAGUGACAUUGGAGAAUAUAUCUGCAAAGCAGAAAAUAGCGUUGGCUUCGCCACCUCCACAGCUUUGCUUGUCGUUAAAGAACGUCAGCUUCCCCCUACAUUCGCGAGAAAACUGAAAGAUAUUCAGGAGGUGGUUGGUGCUCCAGUGACAUUUGAUUGCCGCAUAAAUGGCUCAGAGCCUAUCCAGGUGUCUUGGUACAAGGAUGGGGUUCUCUUAAGUGACAGUGAUAAUGUGCAAUCAGCCUUCUUAAACAAUGUUGCGACUCUCCAGAUCUUGGAAACUAGUAUGGCUUACUGUGGCCAAUAUACUUGCUCAGCCCAAAACGCUCUGGGGACUGCAUCUUCCAGCGCCAAACUUCUCCUCACAGAACAUCUACAAGCCCCCUUCUUUGACAUCAAGCCGGUAUCUAUUGAUGUGGCAUUAGGGGAAAGUGCAACCUUUAAGUGCCACUUGACUGGCUCUGCUCCCAUGAGGAUUACUUGGACCAGAGACAACAGAGAGAUCCGCCCAGGUGGCAACUACAAGAUGACGCUGGUGGAAAACACAGCUAGCUUGACGGUCCUAAAAGUCGGUAAAGGGGAUGCUGGACUCUACACAUGUACUGCCAGCAACAGUGUUGGAAAGGAUGCAUGCGCAGCUCAGCUGGCUGUACAAGAACCACCAAGGUUUAUUAAGAAACUAGACUCCUCAAGACUUGUGAAACAGCAUGAUUCCACUAAGUAUGAAUGCAAAAUAGGUGGAUCUCCAGAAAUCAGAGUCACCUGGUACAAAGGUGAAACCCAGAUCCAUCCCAGUGAAAAAUACAGAAUGUCCUUUGUGGAUUCGGUGGCAGUCAUCGAAAUGCACAACCUCAGUGUUGAAGACAGCGGAGACUACACUUGCGAAGCUCAGAAUCCGGCGGGUAGUGCAAGCACCACUACCUCACUGAAAGUAAAAGCACCCCCCAUUUUUAUCAAGAAGCCCCAUCCAGUCCAGAUCUUGAAAGGGUCUGAUAUUCACCUGGAAUGUGAGCUUCAGGGCACCCCUCCAUUCCAGAUUUCAUGGUAUAAAGACAAACGAGAAAUUCGGAGCAGCAAGAAGUAUAAAGUCAUGUCCGAGAACUACCUGGCUAGUAUUCACAUUCUCAGUGUGGAUACUGCAGAUGUUGGUGAAUAUCACUGUAAAGCUGUAAAUGAUGUGGGAAGUGACUCCUGCAUCGGCUUUGUAACACUAAGAGCACCACCAACCUUUGUGAAGAAGCUGAGUGAUCUCACUGUCGUAGUUGGGGAGUCGAUUGAACUGCAGGCUGCGGUAGAAGGAUCACAGCCCAUUUCCGUUCUAUGGUUAAAAGACAAAGGGGAAAUCGUUAGAGAAAGUGACAAUCUUUGGAUCUCCUAUUCAGAAAACAUUGCAACUAUGCGGAUUGGAAAUGCAGAACCAGCCAAUGCUGGGAAAUACGUUUGUCAGAUAAAAAAUGAUGCUGGAGUUCAGGAAUGCUUUGCCACGCUGACAGUGCUAGAACCUGCAGUCAUUGUAGAGAAGCCAGGCCCAGUCAAAGUUACAGCUGGAGACUCUUGUACUCUGGAAUGCACAGUAGACGGCACGCCAGAGCUUACUGCUAGGUGGUUUAAGGAUGGGAAUGAACUGUCCACUGACCAUAAAUAUAAAAUCAGUUUCUUCAACAAAGUAUCUGGGCUUAAGAUCCUCAAUGCAGGACUAGAAGACAGUGGAGAAUAUACUUUUGAGGUGAAAAACAGUGUUGGUAAAAGCAGCUGCACAGCUUCAGUGCACGUUUCAGAUCGUAUUAUACCUCCUUCUUUCACAAGAAAACUGAAAGAAACAUACGGUCAGCUGGGUUCUUCUGCUGUAUUAGAGUGCAAAGUUUAUGGGUCUCCACCUAUUCUGGUUUCCUGGUUUCAUGACGGACAGGAGAUUGCCAGUGGAGACAAGUAUCAGGCCACGCUUACAGACAAUACCUGUUCUCUGAAAGUGAAUGGACUUCAGGAAUCUGAUAUGGGAACUUAUUUGUGCACAGCUACUAAUGUAGCUGGGUCUGAUGAAUGCAGCGCAUUUUUGAGUGUUAGAGAACCACCAUCUUUUGUGAAGAAACCUGAACCACUGAAUGUUUUAUCUGGAGCAAACAUAACCUUUACCAGUAUCAUAAAAGGCUCCUCUCCAUUGGAAGUUAAAUGGUUUAGAGGUAGUGUUGAGCUAGUACCAGGACCCAGAUGCAAUAUCACCUUGCAAGAUUCAAUUGCAGAACUGGAGCUGUUUGAUGUAAAUCCACUUCAGAGCGGAGACUAUACCUGCCAGGUCUCUAAUGAGGCAGGGAAAAUUUCUUGCACAACACAUCUUUUUGUCAAAGAACCAGCCAAAUUCGUGAAGAAGGUGAACGAUUUAAGUGUAGAGAAAGGGAAAAAUUUAAUCUUGGAAUGCACAUAUACGGGUACUCCACCAAUUUCAGUGACAUGGAAGAAAAAUGGAGUAAAAAUAAUGCACUCUGAAAAGUGCAGCAUCACCACUACAGAAACAUCUGCCAUACUGGAAAUCCCUAGUAGCAAACUAGAAGAUCAGGGGCAAUAUUCUUGUCAUAUUGAAAACGACUCUGGACAAGAUAAUUGCCACGGUGCAAUCACAAUACUAGAACCACCUUACUUCAUCACACCCUUGGAGCCAGUGCAGGUGACUGUUGGGGAUUCUGCAUCCUUACAGUGCCAGGUUGCUGGAACACCAGAAAUGAUUGUGUCGUGGUACAAAGGCGAUACAAAGCUGAGAGGAACUGCUACUAUGAAAAUGCACUUUAAGAACCAAGUUGCCACUCUGGUUUUCAGCCAGGUAGACAGUAGGGACAGUGGGGAGUACAUCUGCAAAGUAGAAAACACUGUCGGGGAGGCUACUUCAUCGUCUUUGCUGACAGUUCAAGACCGUAAACUUCCUCCUUCUUUUACACGAAAAUUAAGAGAUGUUCAUGAAACUACUGGCUUACCAGUUACAUUUGAUUGUGGCAUUGCUGGUUCAGAACCUAUUGAAGUAUCUUGGUUUAAAGACGGUGCACGUGUGAAAGAGGACUACAAUGUUCACACAUCCUUCGUAGAUAAUGUAGCAACUCUCCGCAUUCUGAAGACAGAUAGGAGCCUUAUUGGGCAAUAUACCUGCACAGCUACCAAUGCGAUUGGGACUGCUUCGUCUAGUGGCAGGCUUGUCCUUACAGAAGGGAAGACUCCUCCAUUCUUUGACAUCCCAGUUGCACCUGUGGAUGGUAUUAUUGGAGAAAGCGCGGACUUUGAGUGUCACGUUACUGGAACACAGCCUAUUAGAGUCACUUGGGCUAAAGAUAACCAAGAGAUUAGAACAGGAAGAAACUACCAGAUCAGUUAUGUAGACAACACAGCCCACUUGACUAUCUUGAGAGUUGACAGGGGAGACUCUGGGAAGUAUACGUGCUAUGCUAGCAAUGAAGUUGGAAAGGACUCUUGCACAGCUCAACUGACUGUUAAAGAACGAAAAACUCCACCUACUUUUACUAAGAAGCUGUCUGAAGCAGUAGAAGAAACAGAAGGGAAUGAACUUAAACUUGAGGGCCGUGUUUCCGGCUCUCAGCCUUUGACUGUUGCUUGGUAUAAGAACAAUCAGGAAGUUCAUUCAAGCCCUCAUUGUGAAAUAUCUUUCAAAAACAAUACCUUACUUCUACAUAUAAAGAGCACAGAGCAAUCAGAUGCUGGUUUAUAUACCUGUAAAGUAUCCAAUGAAGCAGGAAGCGUGUUAUGUACAUCUUCUGUUGUUAUCAGAGAACCUAAACAGCCUCCAGUUUUUGACCAGCCUCUUCAGCCAGCAGCAGCAGUGGAAGGUGAUACCCUACAGCUCGCCUGCCACGUCCAAGGAUCACAGCCAAUCCGGAUUCAGUGGCUGAAGGCAGGGAGAGAAAUAAGAGCUUCAGACAGAUGCAACUUCAGCUUUGCUAAUGGAGUAGCACUUCUGGAACUUGCUGCUGUUACUAAAUCCGAUUCAGGAGAAUAUGUAUGCAAAGCUUCAAAUGCAGCUGGCACUGACACUUGCAAAUCUAAAGUGACAGUUAAAGAAAAACCAGCAGCUGCACCAGCAGCUAAGAAAGCAGAAGUGGAAGGAAAACUUUAUUUUGUGUCAGAGCCUCAGAGUAUCAAAGUCAUGGAAAAGACUGUUGCAAGAUUUAUUGCAAAAGUUGGAGGAGACCCAAUUCCAAAUGUUAAAUGGAUGAAGGGAAAAUGGAGGCAACUCAACCAGGGAGGUCGCAUUAUAAUCCAGCAGAGAGGAGAUGAAGCCAAACUAGAAAUAAAGGACGCAAUAAAAACGGAUUCUGGCAUGUACAAAUGUGUAGCUUUUAACCAACAUGGUGAAAUUGAGAGGAGUGUAAACCUACAAGUUGAAGAAAGAAAGAAAGAAGUUGUUGAAGGGGAUCUCAGGGCAAAACUGAAAAGCACUCCAACAAAACGGAAGGAAGAAGAGGAAGAGCAAACUAUCGAUAUCUUGGAACUUCUCAAAAAUGUAGAUCCCAAAGAAUAUGAGAAAUAUGCCCGCAUGUAUGGAAUUACAGAUUUCCGUGGCCUCCUGCAAGCCUUUGAGUUACUAAAGCAAACCCAAGCAGAAGAAAGCCAUAGAUUGGAAAUUGAGCUUACAGAAAAAGCUCGAACAGAAGAUCAGGAGUUUGAUGAACUUGUAGCUUUUAUUCAGCAACGACUCACACAGACAGAGCCUAUUACUCUGAUCAAAGACAUUGAAAAUCAGACAGUUUUAACAGAUGAGGAUGCCGUCUUUGAAUGUGAGAUUAAAAUUAACUAUCCAGAAAUUAAACUUUCAUGGUACAAGGGAACCCAGAAAUUGGACUCCAAUGACAAAUAUGAAAUUAGAAUUGAAGGUGAUCGCCACAUACUGAGAAUCAGGAACUGCCAACUUGAAGAUCAGGGAAAUUUCAGAAUAGUGUGUGGACCACACAUUGCCAGUGCCAGGCUAACUGUGAUCGAACCUGCAGUUGAACGGCAUCUUCAUGACACUGCUUUCAAGGAAGGAAACACAUGCACGCUGUCUUGUCAGUUCUCUAUCCCAAAUGCCAAGUCUCAGUGGUAUAGAAAUGGGAGACCCAUUAAGAUAGGAGGGAGAUAUUCAACACAAGUCUCUGACAAAGUACACAAACUCAUCAUCAAGGAUGUUAGAACAGAAGACCAGGGGCAAUAUACCUGCAAGCUUGACAAUCUAGAAACAACUGCAGAUCUGGCCAUUGAAGCGGAACCAAUUCAGUUCACAAAGAGCAUACAGAACAUUGUAGUGAGUGAACACCAGUCUGCAACCUUUGAGUGCGAGGUGUCUUUUGAUGAUGCAGUUGUGACAUGGUACAAAGGCCCCACUGAACUGACAGAGAGUCCCAAGUACAGCUUCAGAAGUGAAGGUCGCUGUCAUUAUAUGACUAUUCACAAUGUUACUGCAGAAGAUGAAGGUGUAUACUCUGUAAUUGCUCGCCUUGAGCCAAGAGGAGAAGCAAGAAGCACUGCAGAGCUCUAUCUGGUAACCAAAGAAAUUAAACUGGAGUUGAAGCCACCAGAUGUUCCUGAUGCCAAGGUUGCAGUUCCACCUCAAAAACCAGCUGAAGCUGCCCCUAUUCCUAUUCUUCUGCCUCUUGUUCCACCACCAGAGGAGAAAAAGCCAGCAGAAAAAAAGGUUCCAGUAAAGAAAGUUUCCAAAAAGGUGGUUAAAAAAGGUCCUGAAGAAGUCCCACCACCUAAAGUUCCUGAGGUGCUUCCAGAGAAGCCCAAAGAGAUCAAAAUAACAUCCAUAGCAAGGAGAGAAGAGGUUCAUGAAGAAAAGAAGGAAAUCUAUGAAAAGCCCAAAGAAACUUAUGAAGAAUGGGAAGAAGAUUAUGGAGAAGACCAUGACUAUUAUGUUACGGAAGAGGGCUAUGACGAAGGGGAAGAGGAAUGGGAAGAAGCUUAUGAGAAAAGAGAAGUGACUUAUGAAGAAAAACGAGUCAUUCAUGAAGAAGUGGUGGAAGUUCCUAAGAAGCCCGUGCCUGAGCGAAAACAACCAGCAAUUAUAGCUGAAAAGAAGGAAAAGAAAGAAGUAACAGUUCAUAAAGUUGUCAAGAAACCUGCUGAUGAAAAAGUGGAGAUAACCACUCAGAAAGUUGCAGAAGAAAAAGUCAAACGGGCUGAGGUUACCAAGAAAGUUCUACCACCAAAACCUACACCAAUGAUCGUUGAGGAAAAAGUUAUGAAAAAGGAAGUACCGACAGUAGAAACAUGGACUGUUUCAGAAGAAAAGAUGUCGGUUUCUGUCCACAGAGAAGAAGAAUAUUCAUAUGUCACAGAGCCAACAGAGCAUGAGAAAACAGUUGAAGAAAGAUUCUUUGAAGCUGUUUACCCAAUUGAAGAACAUAAGGAAGUCGAAGAGGAGGAAGAAGAGGAAGAAGAAGUAAUUUCUACAGAACUGGAGAUCCCUCACGUUGAAGUGCCUGAGGUACCAAAGAGGCAUGUUCCAGAAGAAAGAAAAACCGUUCCUGUCCCUAAAAAAGAAGCUCCACCAGCUAAAGUGCCUGAAGUCCCUAAGAAACCUGUUCCAGAAAAGAAAGUUGCUGUUGCUAAAAAGGAGGUGGCUCCCCCAGCAAAAGUUCCUGAAGUGCCUAAAAAGCCUGUGCCUGAAGAAAAAGUACUUCCCAAAGAAGAACCUCCACGUGCCAAAGUGCCAGAGGUGCCUAAGAGAGCUCCCCCAGAGAAAAAAAUUGCUGUUCCAAAAAGAGAGGAAGCUCCACCACCUACAGUGCCAGAAGUACCUAAGAAACCAGCUCCAGAAGAAAAAAUACCACAUGUUCCUAAAGUAGAAGAAGCUCCACCUGCAAAAGUGCCUGCAGUUCCUAAGAAACCUGUCCCUAAAGAAAAAGUAUCUCCUGCUGUUCCUAAAAAACCUGAGGCACCUCCAGCUAAAGUGCCUGAAGUGCAGAAGAAAGCCACUUUUGAAGAAAGAGUACUUAUUACAGAAGAAAAAAUAUCUGUUGCCAUUCCAGAGGAAAUCCCAACACCUGAAGAACCAACAGUUGAGGAAUGGGCUGAAGAAGAAAUGGAGGAAGUGUCUAUUUCCAUUCACAGAGAAGAGAUUUCUGAAGUGACCGAAGAAGAGUCUUACUACAUAGAGGAGAGGGUAACUGUUCCUAAAAGAGAGGAAGCCCCACCCGCUAAAGUGCCUGAGAAGCAUAGGAGAGUUGUCCCUGAACAAAAAGUUCCAGCUGCCCCUAAGGAAGCUCCAGGAGUUAAAGUUCCUGAAGUUCAUAAGAAAGCAGUUCCUAAAGAGAAAGUACCUGUCCCUGUGCCUAAAAAAAUGGAGGCUCCAUCAGCAAGAGAACCUGCAGAAGAACGGGUGCCCACUUUUGAGAUAGAAGUGGAAGAACCUCCAUCAACCAAAGUGACUGCAGUGCACAGGAAAAUUAUCACAGAAGAAAAAGUUGCAGUUCCUAAAAAAGAGGAGGCUCCACCAAAAAGAGUACCAGAAGCACCAAAGAAAAUCACCAGAGAAGAAAGAGUAUCCAUUGCUGUUCCAAAAAGAAAAGUGUCUCCACCACCAGAAGUACCAACAGAAGAAGAACACUGGGCUAUGUCAGAGGAAGUAUCCAUUUCUCUUCACACAGAAAAGGAGAUUUCAUACACAGUGCCUGAUGUACCUGAGAGGGCUAUCAUUGAAGAAAGAGUACCAAUUUAUCCUCCAAAAAAAUUGGCAAGACCACCAGCCAAAGUGCCUGAAGUACGCAAGACAGUUGUCCGAAAAGAAAAAGUGUAUGUUGAAGUUCCUCAGUAUGAAGAGGAAGAAGAGAUUCCAAAAUACGAAGAGGAAGAACCCACCAGAUAUGAGAAGGAAGUAAUCCAUUACAAGGAGGAAGUCCACCAUUACGAAGAAGUUACUCACUAUGAGGAGGAAGUUCCUCAGUAUGAAGAAGUUCCUCAAUAUGAAGAGGAAGAAGUCACUCAUUAUGAAGAAGAAGCUGCUUACUAUGAAGAGGAAGUUCCUGAAUAUGAGGAGGAGGAGUCAGGAGUUCCCCAAUACGAAGAGGAGGCUCCUCCACCAGUUAGAGUGCCUGAAGUUCCCAAGAAGCCUGUUCCAGAGGAAAAAAUACCUAUUCUGAAGAAAAAAGAAGCUCCUCCAGCAAAAGCGCCUGAGAUGCCAAAGAAACCUGUACCUGAAAAGAAAGUCCAAGUGCCGAAGAAGGAAGCUCCCCCAGCUAAAGUUCCAGAAGUGCCAAAGAAACCUGUGCCAGAAGAGAAGGUUCCUGUUCCUGUACCAAAAAAGAAGGAAGUUCCACCAGCCAAAGUGCCUGAAGUACCAAAGAAACCUGUGCCAGAAGAGAAGGUACUUGUCCCAGUGCCUAAAAAAGUGGAAGAACCUCCACCAGCCAAAGUCCCUGAGGUGCGUAAAAGAGCUGUUGCAGAAGUGAAAGUGCCAGCCGUUGUGCCCAAACCCAAAGAACCAACACCAACUAAAGUGCCCGAAGUAUCCAAGAAGCUUGUCCGGAAAGAAAAAGUCCCUGCUCCUGCGGUGGAGAAGUAUGAGUAUACAUAUGAAGAGUACGAGAAGUAUGAGACAUAUGAAGGUAUUGAAGAAUUUGAAGAGGUUCAGGAAACUGAAGAAAUUGAGGCAUAUGAGGAACCUGAAGAACCUGAGAGAUACAAAGAGAUUCAGGAACAGGAAUAUGAAGAGGAAGCUGAGGAGAAAGAAGAUGUCUAUGAAAAGUAUGAGUUUAAGGAGAAGGAAGAGAUCUAUGAGAAAUAUGAGGAGGUGUAUGAGGAGGCUUACGAAAUCCAACCAGCAAUAGUGCCUGAGGUGCCUAAAAGACCUCUGCCAGAAGAAAAAGUGCCUGUUCCUGUUCCUAAAAAAGAAGCUCCACCAGCUAAAGUGCCAGUGGCGCCGAAGAAACCUGUUCCAAAAGAAAAAGGACUACCUGCUGUCCCUAAAAAGGAAAUUACUCCGCCACCUAAAGUGCCAGAGGUGCCCAAGAAAAUGCCAGAAGAGAAAGUACCCAUUGCUGUGCCCAAAAAAGCAGAACCACCACCAGCCAAAGUGCCGGAAGUGCCCAAGAAAGUCCCAGAUGAGAAAAUACCAGUUGCAGAGCCUAAAAAACCUGAAGUUCCACCAGCUAAAGUGCCUGAGGUACCAAAGAAAGUGGUCCAAGAAGAGGUUUCAGUUAAAGUACCAAAGAAACCAGAACCUCCAACAACUAAAGUGCCUGAAGUGCCCAAGAAAGUGGUUUCAGAAGAAAAAGUACACAUUGAAGUUCCUAAAAAACCAGAACCUCCACCGCCUAAAGAACCUGAGGUGCCGAAGAAAGUUGUUCCAGAAAAGAAAAUACCUGUGCCUAAAGAACCAGAACCUGUGGUUGUCCCAGAACCAAAGGCUGCACCUGAAGAACCAGAACCUCUACCAGAGCAAGCGCCGGAACCUGAAAAGAAGAUCCCUGAAAAACGAAAACCACGACCACCUACUCCACCAAAAGAAGAUAUUAAAAUGGCAAAAGAACUACUUAAAGCUCCUGAAUCAAGGAAGAAAGUCGUGGCUGCAAAACCUGUUGAGCCUCCAAAAUUGGAACCCCCACCUGCUAAAGUGCCUGGACUUGUAAAGAAACCUCGCAGAGUAAUUCCUGAAGUUACUCCUCCACCAAAAGAAGAAGUUGUUUUGAAAAGAGUUCUUAAAAAGAAAUCAGAAGAGGAAGAACCUAAACCAGAAAAAGAACCUAAACCAGAAGUUAAACCAGUACCUACACCAGUAGAAAAAAUUAAGAAACCUGAAGUCCCAGAAGUUCCGAAGAAGAAAACUGAGAUACCGGUCAUUAAAAAAGAGGAGAAACAUGUGCCUGAACCACCGAAAGAACCUAAGCAAGAAGUCAUCCCAGCUCCUGUGCCUGAACCUAAACCUGCAGUGGCUCUGAAAUCUCCAAAACCAGCAGCAGAACCAGCAACAGCUGUUACUACUCCAGUGACAGUUCCAGUGGUUGGAAAGAAAGCAGAGGCCAAGACACCGAAAGAAGAAACUCCAAAGGGUAUCAGUCCAGUCAAAGCCAAGAAGACACCUUCACCGGCAGAUGCAGAAAGAAGGAAACUCAGGCCUGGCAGUGGUGGUGAAAAACCUCCUGAAGAGCCUCCGUUCACUUACCAACUCAAGGCUGUACCACUGAAGUUUGUGAAGGAGAUGAAAGAUAUAGUUCUAACAGAAGCUGAGUCUGUUGGGUCUUCUGCAAUCUUUGAAGUCCUUAUUUCGCCAUCCACUGCAAUUACCAGCUGGAUGAAAGAUGGAAGUAACAUCCGAGAGAGCCCAAAACACAAGUUUAUUGCUGAUGGCAAAGAUAGGAAGCUACAUAUCAUUGAUGUCCAGCUGUCAGAUGCUGGUGAAUAUACUUGUGUAUUACGACUGGGGAACAAAGAGAAGACCUCUACAGCCAAACUCAUUGUUGAAGAACUCCCAGUGAAGUUUGUGAAAACUCUUGAAGAAGAAGUCACUGUGGUUAAAGGCCAGCCACUGUACUUGACCUGUGAGCUAAACAAAGAAAGAAAUGUGAUCUGGAGGAAGGAUGGGAAGAUCAUCAAAGACAAGCCUGGGAAAUUUGCUCUGGGCAUUAUUGGUUUGUCACAUUCCCUCACGAUCACGGAUUCAGAUGAUGCUGAUGCUGGCACUUACACGGUUACUGUGGAAGACUCUGAGCUAUCAUGCUCGUCUUGUGUUAAGGUAGUAGAAGUGAUAAGAGACUGGUUAGUAAAACCCAUAAGAGACCAGCAUGUGAAACCAAAAGGAACAGCUACUUUCAGCUGUGACAUUGUCAAGGAUACACCAAACAUUAAAUGGUUUAAAGGAGAUGAGGAAAUCCCUGCAGAGCCAACUGACAAGACAGAAAUCUUGAAAGAAGGAAAGAAAAUUUUCCUGAAAGUUAAGAAUGCUGGCCCUGAUGAUAUUGGGGAAUAUUCAGUGGAAAUUGAAGGUCGCAGAUACCCAGCUAAACUGACCCUUGGUGAACGUGAAGUUGAACUUCUGAAGCCAUUAGAGGAUGUUACAGUUUAUGAAAAAGAAACAGCAAACUUUGAUACAGAAAUAUCUGAGGAUGAUGUUCCUGGUGAAUGGAAGCUGAAAGGAGAAGUCCUGAGACCCUCACCUACAUGUGAAAUCAAAGCUGAAGGAGGAAAACGCUUCCUAACCUUGCACAAAGUCAAGUUAGACCAAGCUGGUGAAGUCCUUUACCAGGCACUUAAUGCAGUUACUACAGCUAUCCUGACAGUGAAAGAAAUUGAACUGGACUUUGCUGUGCCCCUAAAAGAUGUUACUGUCCCUGAGAGGCGCCAAGCAAGAUUUGAAUGUGUCCUUACCAGAGAAGCCAAUGUUAUAUGGUCUAAGGGCACUGAUAUACUCAAGAUUGGAGAAAAAUUUGACAUCAUUGCAGAUGGAAAGAAGCAUAUUCUUGUAAUCAAUGAUUCUCAGUUUGAUGAUGAGGGAGAAUACACUGCUGAAGUUGAUGGCAAGAAGAGCACAGCAAGACUGUUUGUGGAAGGUGUGAGGCUGAAGUUCAUCUCACCUCUACAGGAUCAAACAGUGAAAGAAGGGGAAACAGCUCACUUCCAAUUUGAGCUUUCUCAUGAAGACAUGCCAGUGAAAUGGUACAAAAAUGACAAGAGACUCCACACGAGCAGAACAGUUUUUAUGACUUCAGAAGGCAAAGUUCAUAAACUAGAAAUGAGAGAAGUAACACUUGAUGAUAUCUCCGAAAUAAAGGCCGUAGUCAAGGACUUGAACACACAAGCACACCUCAAAGUCUUAGAGGCCGAUCCAUAUUUCACUGUGAAAUUACAAGACUACAGUGCUGUGGAGAAAGAUGAUAUUACUCUGGAGUGUGAACUUAGCAAAGAUGUGCCAGUAAAAUGGUACAAAGAUGGUGAAGAGCUAGUAGCUUCCAACAGAAUUUCCAUAAAAACGGAUGGCUUGCGCCGUAUCCUGAAAAUCAAGAAAUCUGCAGAGAGUGAUAAGGGUGUUUAUGAGUGUGACUGUGGAACUGACAAGACAAGUGCUAAUGUCAGCGUUGAGCCUCGCUUAAUUAAAGUGGAGCGCCCACUGUAUGGAGUGGAAGUAUUUGUUGGUGAAACAGCACGUUUUGAAAUUGAAAUUUCUGAGCCUGAUGUCCGUCCUAUAUGGAAGCUAAAGGGAGAAACCCUAACACCUUCACCUGACUGCGAAAUCAUUGAAGAUGGGAAGAAGCAUACUCUUGUCCUUCAUAACUGCAAACUUGAUAUGACUGGAGAAGUGUCUUUCCAAGCUGCUAAUGCUAAAAGUGCUGCUAAUCUCAAAGUGAAAGAAUUGCCUCUCAUCUUUAUCACUCCACUAAGUGAUGUGAAGGUCUUUGAGAAAGAUGAAGCCAAAUUUGAAUGUGAGGUCUCCAGAGAACCCAAGACUUUCCGCUGGUUGAAAGGAACGCAAGAGAUCACCCCUGAUGAAAGAUUUGAAAUUAUUUCAGACGGAACAAAGCAUGCUCUGAUUAUUAAAUCUGUUGCAUUUGAGGAUGAAGCUAAAUACAUGUUUGAAGCUGAGGAUAAGAGAACAAGUGCCAAGCUAAUUAUUGAAGGUAUCCGCCUGAAAUUCAUUACUCCUCUCAAGGAUGUCACAAAAAAGGAGCGAGAAACUGCGGUGUUCACUGUGGAACUCUCCCAUGAAAAUAUCCCUGUUAUCUGGUUCAAGAAUGACCAGCGAUUACAUACCAGCAAACUUGUUUCAAUGACAGAUGAUGGCAAAUUCCAUAAGCUCACAAUCAAAGAUCUUACUAUUGAUGAUACUUCUCAGAUUAGAGUGGAAGCUAUGGGAAAAUCCUCAGAAGCUAAACUCACUGUUCUUGAGGGAGACCCUUACUUCACUGGGAAGCUGCAGGAUUACACUGCUGUAGAGAAAGAUGAAGUAAUCUUACAAUGUGAAAUCAGCAAAGCAGAUGCCCCAGUGAAAUGGAUGAAGGAUGGCCAACCAAUUACUCCAUCAAAGAAUGUUGUUAUUAAGGCUGAUGGUAAAAAGAGAAUCCUUAUCCUCAAGAAAGCUUUGAAGAAGGAUAUUGGACAGUACACUUGUGACUGUGGUACUGAUCAAACCUCUGCUAAACUCAAUAUUGAAGAUCGGGAUAUUGAGAUUAUACGUCCACUAUACAGUGUGGAGGUGAUUGAGACAGAGACUGCCCGUUUUGAUAUUGAAAUCUCUGAGGAAGGUGUCCAUGGCAAUUGGAAGCUAAAAGGAGAACCCCUAACUGAAUCAGCUGACUGUGAAAUCAAGGAGGAAGGCAAAAAGCACUUUCUUACACUGUACAACGUACGCUUAGAUCAAGCUGGUGGAGUAGACUUCCAAGCAGCAAAUGCCAAAUCCGGUGCUCACCUUCGAGUGAAACCUCGAGUAAUUGGCUUGCUGAGACCCCUCAAGGAUGUAACAGUGACAGCUGGGGAAUCGGCAACCUUCGAUUGCGAACUCUCUUAUGAGGGAAUCCCAGUAGAGUGGUUCCUGCAAGGAAAGAAGCUGGAGCCCAGUGAAAAGGUCGUGAUACGUGCUGAAGGGAGAGUUCACACGCUUAUUCUUAGAGAUGUCAAGUUAACAGAUGCGGGAGAGGUAUCACUGACAGCAAAAGAUUUCAGAACUCAAGCAAAUCUUUUUGUAAAAGAACCCCCAGUCGAAUUUACUAAACCACUUGAGGACCAGACUGUUGAAGAGGAGGCCACUGCAGUACUGGAAUGUGAAGUUUCCAGGGAAAAUGCAAAAGUUAAAUGGUUCAAAAAUGGAGAAGAAAUUCACAAAACAAAGAAGUAUGAUAUCAUUUCUGAUGGCAGGGUCAGAAAACUCAUUAUCCAUGGCUGCACACUGGAUGAUGCAAAAACCUAUACCUGUGAUGCUAAGGACUUUAAGACAUCUUGUUUUCUCAAUGUAGAACCUAUUCGUAUUGAGUUCCUGAAACCCCUAACUGACCUUGAAGUUAAAGAAAAAGAAUCCGCUCGGUUUGAAUGUGAAAUUUCUCGUCCAGGUGUCAAGGUGAAGUGGUUUAAGGAUGGCGUUGAAAUCAGAAAAGGCAAAAAGUAUGACAUAAUUUCCAAAGGUGCAGAACACAUUCUUGUUGUCAGUAAAUGCGUCUUCGAUGAUGAAGCUGAAUAUGCCUGUGAAGCAAAAACAGCUCGAACUUCAGGCCUACUCACAGUGAUAGAGGAAGAGGCUGUUUUCACAAAAAAUCUUCCUGAUCUUGAAGUAAAUGAAAAUGACACUGUAAAAUUCGUCUGUGAAGUUUCAAAGCCUAAUGCUGAAGUUACUUGGUUUAAAGGAGAUGAAGAGGUGCCUGAUGGUGGUAGAUUUGAACACAUUUCAGAUGGCCGGAAGAGAAUUCUUCUCAUACGUAAUGCUCAUCCUGAAGAUGCUGGCAAAUAUACUUGCAAGCUCCGAAGCUCUAGUACAACAGGAAAACUUACAGUACAUGAACUUGCAGCAGAAUUUCUUACCAGACCACAAAAUCUUGAGGUGCUUGAAGGAGACAAAGCUGAAUUUGCCUGUUCAGUAUCAAAAGAGGCAAUUACAGUACAGUGGCUGAGGGGUGACACAGUCCUGGAGCCUGGUGAUAAGUAUGACAUCAUUUCAGAUGGCAAAAAGAGAACACUUGUGGUUAAAGACUCUAUUCUAGGAGAUGCAGGAAAGUAUACUGUCAUGGUUGGUGAAGCUAAAGCUACAGCACGCUUAACAGUGAUAGAAAAACUCAGGAUUAUAACUCCCCUGAAGGACCAAGAAGUUAAUGAGGGUCAAGAAAUUAUCUUCAGUUGUGAAGUCAAUAAAGAAGGUGCCAAAGAGAAGUGGUACAAAAAUGAUGAAGCAAUAUUUGAUAGUGCAAAAUACAUUAUUGUCCAGAAGGAUUUAGUUUACACUCUCAGAAUCAGAGAUGCACAGUUGAAAGAUCAAGCUACCUAUACCAUCUCACUGUCAAACCAGAGAGGCGAACGCGCCAAAAGCUCUGCUGCCUUAACAGUAUUGGAGGAGGAUCUCAGAAUUGUUGAGCCUCUUGAAGAUAUUGAGACCAUGGAAAAGAAAACUGUCACAUUCUGGUGCAAAGUCAAUCGCCUUAAUGCUACCCUCAAAUGGACAAAGAAUGGUGAAGAGAUCACAUUCAACAAGCGGAUUUUGUACAAAGUUGAUAAAUACAAACACUCACUCAUCAUUAAAGACUGUGGGUUUAUAGAUGAAGGUGAAUACACUGUUACUGCUGGACAGGACAAAUCUGUUGCAGAGCUUCUCAUCACAGAAGCACCAGCAGACUUCAUUGAACAUCUCCGGGACCAGACCGUCACUGAAUUUGAUGAUGCUGUCUUUACGUGCCAGCUUUCCAAAGAGAAAGCCAGUGUAAGAUGGUACAGAAAUGGAAGAGAAAUCAAAGAAGGCAAAAAAUACCAGUUUGAAAAGGAUGGAAAUCUGCACAGAUUAAUCAUAAAAGACUGUAGACUUGAUGAUGAGUGUGAAUAUUCCUGUGGAGUGGAUGACAGGAAAUCUAGGGCAAGACUUUUUGUUGAAGAAAUACCUGUUGAGAUCAUCCGACCACCACAAGAUAUUUACGAAGCUCCUGGUGCAGAUGUUAUCUUCAUGGCAGAGUUGAACAAAGAUGGUGUAGAGGUCAAAUGGUUGAGAAACAACAUGAUUAUCGUCCAAGGUGACAAACAUCAGAUGAUGAGUGAAGGAAAGGUCCACAGGCUGCAGGUGUGCGACAUAAAGCCCCGUGACCAAGGGGAAUACAGAUUUAUUGCCAAAGAUAAGGAAGCUAGAGCUAAGCUUGAACUAGCUGCUGCACCUAGAAUCAAGACUGGUGAUCAAAACCUUGUGGUUGAUGUUGGGAAGCCUUUAACAAUGACUGUUCCAUAUGAUGCCUAUCCAAGAGCAGAAGCUGAAUGGUUGAAAGAGGAGGAAAGUCUGCCCACAACAACUGUUGAUACAACAACUGACUGCAGUACCUUCAAAAUUUAUGAAGCAAAGAAAUCAGAUAAGGGAAGGUACAAGGUUAUACUUCGAAACAAACAUGGCCAGGCAGAAGCAUUCAUCAAUGUAGAGGUCAUUGAUGUUCCAGGUCCAGUUAGAAACUUGGAAGUCACUGAAACUUAUGAUGGUGAAGUUGGCCUCGCCUGGCAAGAACCAGAAAGUGAUGGUGGAAGUAAAAUAAUAGGCUACGUCGUUGAAAGACGUGAUAUCAAGCGUAAGACCUGGAUUACAGUCACUGAUCGUGCUGAAAAUUGUGAAUACACUGUUACUGGACUUCAAAAAGGAGGAGUUGAGUACCUCUUCCGUGUUAGUGCACGGAAUAGAGUGGGAACUGGUGAGCCAGUGGAAACAGAGAGACCUGUGGAAGCUAAGAGCAAAUUUGAAGUUCCUGGUCCUCCUCAAAAUGUAGAAGUUACUGAUGUGAACAGGUUUGGAGCUACACUUACCUGGGAACCACCUGAGUAUGAUGGAGGAUCUCCAAUUACUGGCUACGUUAUUGAACUGCGUAACAGAGCUUCCAUCAAAUGGGAGCCAACCAUGACUACUGGAGCUGAUGAACUGUCAGCUGUCCUGACUGAUGUUGUGGAAAAUGAAGAAUAUUUCUUCAGAGUAAGAGCUCAAAACGUGGUUGGAGUUGGCAAACCAAGUCCUGCUACACGGGCAGUAAAAAUUAUGGACCCAAUUGAGAGACCAAGUCCUCCCAUUAACCUGGAUCAUUCAGAUCAAACUAAGUCAUCAGUGCAGCUUACAUGGGAACCUCCUCUCAAAGAUGGAGGAAGUCCAGUCUUGGGCUAUAUUGUUGAAAGGCGAGAAGAAGGAACAGACAAGUGGAUUCGCUGUAACCCAAAACUAGUACCCGCUCUUACUUUUAAGGUAACUGGAUUGAAACCAGGAUGCAGUUAUUACUACAGAGUCUCAGCAGAAAAUGCAGCUGGUGUGUCUGACCCAGCAGAGGCUAUUGGGCCAUUAACUGCAGAUGAUACCUUUGUUGGACCUACAAUGGACCUAAGUGCAUUUAAAGAUGGGCUGGAGGUUAUUGUUCCAGAGCCAAUCAAGAUCCGUGUUCCUAUCACUGGCUACCCUGUGCCAACUGCCACGUGGUCUUUUGGUGAUCAAGUCUUAGAAGAGGGUGAUCGUGUAACAAUGAAGACCACUGCCUCCUUUGCAGAACUUGUAAUCACUCCAAGUGAACGCCCAGACAAGGGAGUUUAUUUCUUAACAUUAGAAAACCCUGUGUCAUCUGUUUCAGGAGAAAUUGACGUUAAUGUCAUUGCUUGUCCAAGUGCACCAAGAGAACUUAAAGUUUUAGACGUAAUCAAGAACACAGUGCAGCUGUCAUGGGAACCUCCAGAAGAUGAUGGUGGAAGUCCAGUUACUGGCUAUAUAAUUGAAAAACGCGAAGUAAGCCGGAAAACAUGGAACAAAGUUAUGGACCAUGUUGUUGACCAAGAGUUCACAGUACCUGACCUCAUCCAAGGAAAAGAAUAUCUGUUUAGAGUUUCUGCAUGCAAUAAAUGUGGCCCAGGAGAACCUGCAUACAUUGAUGAACCUGUAAAUAUGUCAGCACCAGCAACGGUGCCUGAUCCACCAGAGAACGUUAAAUGGAGAAAUCCAACAUCGAAAGGAAUCUUCCUAACAUGGGAGCCUCCCAAAUAUGAUGGUGGUGCCCGCAUUAAGGGUUAUUUGGUAGAAAAAUCUCAACGUGGCACAGACAAGUGGGAGAUAUGCGGGGAGCCUGUUGUUGAAACAAAAAUGGAAGUAACAAAACUCAAGGAAGGGGAGUGGUAUGCAUAUCGGGUUAAGGCUUUGAACAGAAUCGGAGCCAGCAAGCCAAGUAAGCCAACAGACGAUAUUCAGGCCAUCGAUGCAAAAGAGGCUCCAGAAAUUUUCUUAGAUGUGAAACUUCUUGCUGGACUUACUGUGAAAGCUGGAACUAAAAUUGAGCUACCAGCUAAAGUAACUGGAAAGCCUGAGCCCCAGAUUACUUGGACCAAGGCUGACAAAAUUUUGAGACCUGACAACAGAAUCACCAUUGAAACCAAACCUAAUCAUUCUACAGUCACUAUUACAGACAGCAAGAGGAGUGACAGUGGAACCUAUAUUAUAGAAGCUGUAAAUUCCAGUGGACGUGCAACUGCUGUUGUUGAAGUUAAUGUUCUUGAUAAACCUGGUCCACCAGCUGCAUUUGAUGUAUCAGAAAUCACAAAUGAAUCCUGCCUUCUGACGUGGAAUCCUCCACGAGAUGAUGGGGGCUCUAAAAUCACCAACUAUGUCCUUGAGAAAAGAGCUACAGACAGUGAAAUAUGGCACAAGUUAUCAUCAACUAUUAAGGAUACAAAAUUCAGAGCUACUAAUUUAACUCCUCUUAAAGAAUAUGUGUUCCGAGUCAGUGCUGAGAACAUGUAUGGUAUCGGGGAGCCAGCACAAUGUGACUCCAUCAUUGCAAAAUACUCAUUUGAUCCACCAGGCCCUCCAACAGGUCUUAAGCCUACAGAGGUCACUAAAGAUUCAGUCACCUUAACAUGGAAUGAACCAGAUGAAGAUGGUGGCAGCCCCAUAACUGGAUACUGGGUUGAAAGAUAUGAUCCUGAGCAAGAUAAAUGGAUAAAAUGCAAUAAAAUGCCAGUGAAAGAUACAACAUUCAAAGUUAAAGGUCUUACAAAUAAGAAGAAAUAUAAGUUCCGUGUCUUGGCAGAGAAUCUUGCAGGACCUGGAAAACCAAGCAAGGAAACAGAGCCAAUCUUAGUGAAAGACCCAAUUGAUCCACCAUGGCCUCCUGGAAAGCCAACUGUGAAAGAUGUUGGCAAGACAUCAUUAGUCCUGAAUUGGACAAAGCCAGAACAUGACGGAGGGGCAAAGAUCGAAUCUUACGUCAUUGAAUUGUUAAAGACCGGAACAGACGAGUGGGUGAGAGUGGCUGAAGGAGUUCCCACAACUGAACACUUCCUCAAAGGGCUUAUGGAGAAACAAGAAUAUUCAUUCCGCGUAAGAGCUGUGAACAAGGCUGGUGAGAGUGAGCCCAGUGAACCCAGUGACCCUGUGCUGUGCAAGGAGAGACUCUAUCCUCCUUCACCACCUCGGUGGCUUGAGGUUAUUAAUAUUACUAAAAACACAGCAGAUCUUAAAUGGACAGUACCAGAAAAAGAUGGGGGUUCCCCAAUUACCAACUACAUCGUAGAAAAGAGAGAUGUAAGGCGAAAAGGCUGGCAGACAGUUGAUACAACAGUGAAAGAUACCAAGUACACAGUGAGCCCACUGACGGAAGGCUCAUUGUAUGUGUUCCGUGUGGCUGCUGAAAAUGCCAUUGGACAGAGUGACUACUGUGAAAUUGAAGAUUCAGUGCUUGCUAAAGAUACUUUCACAACUCCCGGGCCUCCAUACGCUCUUACAAUAGUUGAAGUGACAAAAGGCCAUGUUGAUUUGAAGUGGGAACCACCUAAGAAUGAUGGUGGCAGACCGAUUCAAAGAUAUGUUAUUGAAAAGAAAGAAAAACUAGCCACUCGCUGGGUAAAAGCUGGCAAGACAGCUGGUCCAGAUUGCAAUUUCAGAGUGACUGAUGUCAUCGAAGGUACAGAUGUACAGUUCCAGGUUCGUGCAGAAAAUGAAGCUGGCUGUGGUCAUCCCAGUGAACCAACUGACCUCAUCCAUAUUGAAGAUCCAACAAGCCCUCCUUCACCUCCUCAGGAUUUACAUGUCACAGAUGCAGGUCGAAAGCAUAUUUGCAUUGCAUGGAAACCACCUGAGAAGAAUGGUGGAAGCCCUAUUAUUGGGUAUAAUGUUGAGAUGUGUGAAGCAGGAACAGAAAAAUGGAUGCGAAUCAAUUCUCGUCCAAUAAAAGACCUGAAAUGUAAAGUGGAGGAAGGUGUUGUUCCAGACAAGGAAUACGUGCUGAGAGUCAGAGCUGUCAAUGCUGUUGGAGCUAGUGAGCCAUCAGACGUCUCAGAAAAAGUGGUUGCCAAGGACCCAGACUGUAAUCCAACCAUUGAUCUAAAAACUCGUGACAUCGUUGUUGUUAAAGGACAGAAAUUAAGGAUCCCUAUACCCUUCAGAGCUGUUCCAUCCCCAACUAUAACAUGGCACAAAGACGGCAAAGAGUUGAAAGCUGGUGACAGAACAACAAUGAAGAGUGACUACACCUCUGCAUUGCUUGAAGUCAUAGACAGUGUUCAUUCUGAUGCUGGUGUUUAUACUAUCACAUUGGAGAACAAGCUGGCAUCAACAACUGGCUCAGUCAAUGUCAAAGUCAUAGGUCCACCCGGACAGUGCAAAGACAUUAAGGCAAGCGAAGUAACUAAGAAUUCUUGCAAAGUGUCCUGGGAACCUCCAGACUUUGAUGGUGGUACUCCUAUUUUACAUUAUGUUCUGGAACGCAGAGAAGCUGGUCGUAGAACAUAUAUCCCAGUCAUGUCUGGUGAAAAUAAGCUUUCAUGGCAAGUCAAAGAUCUUAUCCCAAACAGUGAAUAUUACUUCCGUGUUAAAGCUGUCAAUAAGAUUGGAGGAGGUGAAUAUCUUGAACUAAGAAACCCAAUCAUUGCAGAAGACCCAAAACAGCCUCCAGAUCCUCCUGUUGACCUUGAAGUCCAUAAUCCAACAGCAAAAUCAGUAACACUUACAUGGAAACCACCCCUGUUUGAUGGUGGAAGCAAGAUUAUGGGCUACAUAAUAGAAAAGCUCACUAAGGGCAAGGAGAGGUGGGAGAGAUGCAAUGACUAUCUGGUACCUCUAUUAACUUACACAGUGAAAGGUCUUGAGGAAGGAAAGGAAUAUCAGUUUCGUGUUCGUGCUGAGAAUGCUGCUGGCAUCAGUGAGCCUUCUCGGAUUACUCCUUUUGUGAAAGCUGUGGAUCCUAUUGAGGCUCCAAAAGUCUUCCUUGCUGCAAACCUACAGUCUGGCCUUGAGGUGAAGAGAGGUGAUGAGAUCAUACUUGAGGCACAUAUUUCAGGGUCACCUUAUCCAUCUAUCACUUGGCUGAGGAAUGAUGAAGUUAUCAAACCAGAGGAAAUCAAAAAGAGAGUAACAACGUAUACAAGGAAGAAGAAGGGUGAAGCUGCAGAAGAGGAACCUUUCCAGCUUUCACUGCCAGAACGUAUGAGCAUUGACAACCAUAAAGAAGGAGAGUCUAUACUAUCAAUCCGUGACUCCAUCAGAGCUGACCAUGGCACAUUUACAAUUAAAGUGGAAAAUGAUCAUGGUGUUGCAAAAGCCUCAUGUGAAGUCAAUGUGUUAGAUACACCAGGGCCUCCAGUCAACUUUGUAUUUGAAGAUGUGAGGAAAAAUUCUGUCAUUUGCAAGUGGGAGCCUCCCCUUGAUGAUGGUGGAAGUGAAAUCCUAAACUAUGUACUGGAAAAGAAAGACAAUACAAAAGCUGAAAUGGGCUGGGUCACUGUCAGUUCAACACUCAGGCAUUGCAAAUUCCAUGUAACAAAACUGAUUGAAGGAAAAGAAUAUCUCUUCCGUGUAUUUGCUGAAAACAGAGUUGGAUCAGGGCCACCAUGUGUUUCAAAACCAAUGACAGCGAAAGAUCCUUUCUCUCCACCAGAUCCACCUAAUAAGCCUGAUGUGCAAGAUGUUACCAGCAACAGUAUGGUGGUUAAAUGGAAUGAACCAAAAGACAAUGGCAGCCCAAUCAUAGGAUAUUGGAUUGAAAAACGUGAAAUUAAUAGUACUCAUUGGGCUCGGGUCAACAGGAACCUUGUGAAUGCUCUGGAAAUAAAAGUUGAAGGGCUGUUGGAAGGAUUAACCUACAUCUUUAGAGUAUGUGCUGAAAAUGCAGCUGGCCCUGGUAAAUUUAGUCCACCAUCAGAUCCAAAAACUGCACAGGACCCAAUAAUGCCACCCGGUCCACCGAUUCCAAGGGUUGCUGAUACAAGCUCAACUUCUAUUGAGUUAGAAUGGGAACCUCCUGUGUAUAAUGGUGGUGGAGAUAUCACUGGUUACCAUGUAUACAAACAACUGAUGGGAGUAAAAGAGUGGUCACGUUGCACAGAGAAGCCCGUUAAGGUUCGACAGUAUACUGUUAAAGAAGUCAGAGAAGGUGCAGACUAUAAACUCCGUGUUACUGCACUUAAUGCAGCUGGUGAAGGACCACCUGGUGAAACUGAACCCGUAACCGUUGCAGAACCACAAGAGCCUCCCACUGUUGAGCUGGAUGUUUCUGUCAAAGCAGGCAUUCAGAUCAUGGCUGGGCAAACUAUUAAAAUUCCUGCUACUGUGACAGGCCGUCCUACUCCCACCAUUGCGUGGACUGUGGAGGAGGGUGAAUUAGACAAAGAUCGAGUUGUUAUUGAAAAUGUUGGCACAAAAUCUGAGUUAACCAUUAAGAAUGCAUUGAGAAAAGACCAUGGAAGAUACGUAAUUACUGCUACCAAUAGCAGUGGUUCCAAAUCUGCAGGAACCAGAGUAGAAGUAUUUGAUGUUCCUGGGCCAGUCCUUGACCUAAAGCCAGUCGUCACAAACAGAAAGAUGUGUUUGCUUAACUGGUCUGAUCCUGAAGAUGAUGGUGGCAGUGAUAUCAUAGGCUUCAUUGUUGAACGAAAGGAUGCCAAAAUGCAUACAUGGAGACUAGCUGUAGACACAGAGAGAUCUAAAUGUGAUAUUACAGGUCUAGUUGAAGGGCAGGAAUAUAAAUUCCGUGUUAGUGCCAAGAACAAGUUUGGUACUGGUCCACCUGUUGAAAUAGGACCCAUUCUUGCAGUUGAUCCAUUAGGUCCUCCGACAGCACCUGAGAGGUUCAUGUACACAGAGAGGACGAAGUCAACCAUUACACUUGAUUGGAAGCCUCCACGUAGUGAUGGUGGCAGUCCUGUCUUAGGAUAUAUUGUUGAGAAGAGGAGACAUGAUUCAAAAGACUACGAAAGAGUUAAUGCAAGGCUUUGUCCAAAAACAUCUCUUCUUGUUGAAAAACUUGACGAACUUCAUAUGUAUGAAUUCCGUGUCAAAGCUGUCAAUGCUAUUGGAGAAAGUGAACCAUCAUUGCCCCUUAAUGUAGUUAUACAAGAUGAUGAAGUACCUCCAACUGUUACGUUACGCUUGGCUGUGAGGGGAGAUACUAUCAAAGUGAAGGCAGGAGAACCAGUUAAUAUUCCCGCUGAUGUGACAGGUCUGCCAAUGCCAAAGAUUGAAUGGGACAAGAAUGAAGUUUUAAUUGACCAAACAUCCAGUGCACUUAAGAUAACCAAGGAAGAAGUAUCCAGAAGUGAGGCAAAAACUGAACUUAUCCUGCCUGCAACAGUGAGGGACGAUAAAGGCACUUACACUGUGAGAGCUUCCAAUCGUCUUGGCACUGCAUUUCGCAAUGUGCAUGUUGAAGUGUAUGAUCGUCCUUCUCCACCAAGAAAUCUUGCUGUUUCUGAUAUUAAAGCAGAAUCAUGUUAUUUAACAUGGGACGCACCUCUUGAUAAUGGUGGUAGUGAAAUCACCCAUUACAUUAUUGAGAAACGUGAUGCUAGUAGGAAGAAGUCUGAGUGGGAAGAAGUCUCCAAAAGUGCUGUUGAGAGAAGAUUUGGGGUAUGGAAUCUUGCAACAAAUGAAAAAUAUCAAUUUAGAGUCCGGGCUGUAAACAAAUAUGGAAUAAGUGAUGAAUGCCUCUCAGAAAAAGUUGUUAUUAAGGAUCCCUAUGGCCUUCCUGGGCCUCCUGGAAAGCCAAAAAUUUUAGAUCGCACUAGAUCGUCAAUGCUGGUGACUUGGGAGCCUCCUUUGGACAAUGGUGGCAGCCCAAUAACUGGCUAUUGGCUGGAGAAGAGAGAGGUGGGAGGUGUCUACUGGUCACGUGUUAACAGGGCUCCAGUAACAAAACCAUCAGUAAAAGGUUUAGAGUACAACGUGCUUCGUUUGGCUGAAGGUGUUGAAUACCAGUUUAGAGUUAUGGCUGAAAAUCUUGCUGGAAUUGGCCCUCCCAGUGAACCAUCAGAUCCUGCCUUAGCAGCAGAUCCCAUAUUUGUGCCUGGUCCACCAUCUUGCCCAGAAGUCAAAGACAAAACCAAAUCAUCUGUAGCUCUUGCGUGGAAGCCGCCACAAAAGGAUGGUGGCAGUCCUAUAAAAGGAUAUAUUGUUGAAAUGCAAGAUGAAGGUAGUACUGACUGGAAGAAGGUGAAUGAAGGAGAUAAACUCUUUCCUACUUGUGAAUGUGUUAUUCCCAACUUGAAAGAGCUCAGAAAAUACCGAUUUAGGGUGAAAGCUGUAAAUGCUGCUGGAGAAUCAGAACCAAGUCCUGCAACAUCAGAAAUACCUGUCCAAGAUAUUCUAGAGGAGCCAGAAAUCUUCCUUGAUAUUGGAGCACAGGAUUUCCUCUCUUGCCGUGCUGGCACAACAAUUAAAAUCCCGGCUGUCAUCAAGGGUCGUCCAGUUCCAAAAACAUUUUGGGAGUUCGAAGGAAAAGCAAAGACAACAGCAAAGGACGGAGGUCAUAAUGUACCUGAAGAAGCUCAGGUGGAAGCAACUGAUACACGUUCAGUGAUCAUCAUCCCUGAGUGCAACAGAAGUCAUUCUGGACGAUACAGUAUUACAGCAAAGAACAAAGCAGGACAAAAAACCGUGCAUAUCAGAGUCAAUGUGCUUGAUGUCCCAGGUCCACCAAAAGACCUAAAAGUAAGUGAUAUCACAAGAGGUAGUUGUAAACUUUCGUGGAAGAUGCCAGACGAUGAUGGUGGAGAUAGAAUCAGAGGCUAUGUUAUAGAGAAAAGAACUAUUGAUGGGAAGGCCUGGACUAAAGUCAAUGCAAACUGUGGAAGUACUUCCUUUGUUGUGCCUGAUCUCAUAUCUGGCCAAGAGUAUUUCUUCCGGGUACGUGCAGAAAACCGUUUUGGUGUUGGCCCUCCUGCAGAAACCAUCCAACGGACCACAGCCAGAGAUCCAAUCCAUCCUCCUGAUCCACCCAUUAAACUCAAAAUUGGCCUUGUAACCAAGAACACGGUGAGCUUGACAUGGAAACCACCAAAGAAUGAUGGUGGAGCUCCUGUUACACAUUAUAAUGUUGAAUGUCUUCGCUGGGAUCGUACUGGAGAGGUGAAAGAGACUUGGAAGCAAUGCAACAGACGUGACGUGGAGGAAACAAAGUUUACUGUUGAGGAUCUUGUAGAAGGUGGAGAAUACGAAUUUAGAGUCAAAGCUGUAAACAUAGCAGGUCCUAGUAGGCCUUCAGCCACUGUUGGCCCACUUGUUGUCAAAGAUCAGACAUGCCCACCAUCUAUUGAACUCAAAGAAUUCAUGGAGGUUGAAGAAGGAACAGAUGUUAACAUUGUGGCCAAGAUAAAGGGUGUACCCUUCCCCACAUUAACAUGGCUAAAAGCUUCUCCAAAGAAACCAGAUGACAAAACACCAGUGAUGUAUGAUCAACAUGUCAACAAGAUUGUUGGUGAAGAUACUUGCACUUUAUUGAUUCAACAGUCUCGCAGAAGUGAUACAGGCUUAUAUACUAUAACAGCUGUAAAUAAUCUGGGAACUGCUUCAAAGGAGAUGAGACUAAAUGUUCUGGGUCGUCCUGGACCUCCAGUGGGACCCAUUAAAUUUGAAUCCAUUUUGGCUGAUAAAAUUACAAUAUCAUGGCUUCCUCCAUUAGAUGAUGGUGGUUCUAAGAUUACAAACUACGUUAUAGAGAAAAAAGAAGUAAAUAGGAAGACAUGGGUACCUGUUACCAGUGAGCCUAAGGAAUGCCUAUUCACUGUUCCUAAGUUGAUGGAAGGCCAUGAAUAUGUGUUCCGCAUUAUGGCACAAAACAAAUAUGGUAUUGGACCACCUUUGGAUAGUGAACCAGAAACAGCACGAAACCUUUUCACUGUUCCUGGACCUUGUGACAAGCCAACAGUUAGCAGUAUAACACGUGACUCAAUGACUGUAAACUGGGAAGAACCAGAACAUGAUGGUGGCUCUCCUAUUACUGGUUACUGGUUGGAGCGUAAAGAGACUACCGGAAAGAGGUGGACCAGGGUUAACCGUGAUCCUAUCAAACCUAUGCCACUGGGGGUUUCAUACAAAGUUACAGGUCUUAUUGAAGGCUCUGAAUACCAGUUCCGUGUUUCAGCUAUCAAUGCAGCUGGUGUUGGUCCACCAAGCAUGCCAUCUGAUCCAGCAGUUGCUAGAGAUCCUAUUGCGCCACCUGGCCCUCCUAUUCCAAAAGUUACUGAUUGGACAAAGUCUUCUGUAGACUUGGAGUGGACUCCACCACUAAAGGAUGGUGGUUCUAGGGUCACUGGCUACAUUGUUGAGUAUAAAGAGGAAGGAAAGGAGGAAUGGGAACGGGUAAAAGAUAAAGAAGUUAGAGGAACCAAGUUCGUUGUGGCAGGAUUAAAAGAAGGAUGUUUUUACAAAUUUAGAGUUAGAGCAGUGAAUGCUGCUGGCAUCGGAGAGCCUGGAGAAGUUACAGACAUUAUUGAAAUGAAGGACAGAAUUGUGGCUCCUGAUAUUAAUUUGGAUGCAAGCGUCAGGGACAGAAUUGUUGUUCAUGCUGGAGGAGUAAUUCGUAUCAUAGCAUAUGUCUCAGGAAAACCAGCUCCAACAGUGACUUGGAGCAGGGAUGACCGAGCUUUACCAGAAGAAGCCAAAAUUGAAGAAACAGCUAUUAGUUCUUCUUUGGUCAUCAAAAAUUGCAAAAGGAGCCAUCAGGGUAUAUACACUCUUCUUGCUAAAAACGCCGGUGGUGAGCGGAAGAAAACUAUUAUUGUUGAUGUGCUAGAUGUGCCAGGCCCGGUUGGAAUGCCAUUCCUUACCGAGAACCUAACCAGUGACUCUUGUAAAUUGACAUGGUUUACUCCAGAAGAUGAUGGUGGCUCUCCUAUUACGAACUAUAUAAUUGAAAAACGUGAAUCUGACCAUAGAGCUUGGACUCCAGUAAGCUAUACAGUUACAAGACAGAAUGCUACUGUUCAGGGACUCACCGAAGGGAAAGCCUACUUUUUCCGAAUUGCAGCGGAGAAUAUAAUUGGCAUGGGUCCGUUCACAGAGACAACAAAAGAGAUUGUCAUUAGAGAUCCAAUAACUGUUCCUGACCGUCCAGAAGACCUGGAAGUAAAAGCAGUUACUAAGAACUCUGUUACAUUAACUUGGAACCCUCCAAAAUAUAAUGGAGGCUCAGAUAUCACCAUGUACGUUCUAGAGAGCCGUCUCAUUGGAAAAGAGAAAUUCCACAAAGUUACAAAGGAGAAAAUGCUUGAUAGGAAAUACACUAUAGAGGGCUUGAAAGAGGGUGACACCUAUGAGUAUCGUGUGAGUGCCUGCAAUAUUGUGGGGCAAGGCAAGCCAUCUUUUUGCACAAAACCAAUCACAUGCAAGGAUGAAAUUGCUCCUCCAACACUUGACCUUGACUUCAGAGACAAGCUUAUUGUUCGGGUUGGUGAAGCUUUCAGCCUGACUGGACGUUACUCAGGCAAGCCUGCACCAAAGGUUACUUGGCUAAAGGAUGAUGUUGUUGUGAAAGAAAAUGACCGUACAAAGAUCAAGACAACUCCUACAACUCUUUGCUUGGGGGUACUAAAAUCUGUCCGUGAAGACUCAGGCAAAUAUUGUGUUACUGUAGAGAACAGCACAGGAUCAAGAAAAGGAUUUUGUCAAGUUAAUGUUGUUGAUCGCCCAUCACCUCCAGUAGGUCCAGUUAUAUUUGAUGAAGUUCAUAAAGAUCAUAUGGUAGUUUCCUGGAAACCACCAUUGGAUGAUGGAGGCAGCGAAAUUACAAAUUACAUUAUUGAGAAAAAAGAUGCACACAGAGAUUUGUGGAUGCCAGUUACAUCUGCCACAGUUAAGACAACAUGCAAAAUUCCUAAGCUGCUUGAAGGAAGAGAAUAUCAAAUUCGAAUUUAUGCUGAAAAUCUUUACGGCAUAAGUGAUCCUUUGAUCUCUGAUGAGAUGAAAGCCAAGGACCGUUUCCGUGUUCCUGAUGCACCUGAGCAACCAAUCAUUAAGGAUGUUACCAAAGACUCUGCAGUAGUGGUUUGGAACAAACCAUAUGAUGGAGGCAAGCCAAUAACAAACUAUAUUAUAGAAAAGAAGGAAACAAUGUCUACAAGAUGGGUCAGAGUUACGAAAGACCCAAUCUUCCCUGGUACUCAGUUCAAAGUACCGGACCUCCUUGAAGGCUGUCAAUAUGAAUUCCGUGUUUCAGCAGAAAAUGAAAUCGGUGUUGGUGAUCCUAGUCCACCGUCAAAGCCCAUUUUCGCUAGAGAUCCAAUCGCCAAACCAAGCCCACCUGUUAAUCCAGAAGCAGUAGAUAAAACUAAGAAUUCCGUUGACUUAUCUUGGCAACCACCACGCCACGAUGGUAAUGGCAAGAUAAUUGGCUACCUUAUUGAGUAUCAGAAAGUUGGAGAUGAAGACUGGAAAAAGGCCAAUCUUGCAGCAGAUUCUUGUCCUGAAACAAAAUACAAAGUCACUGGCCUUACUGAGGGUUUGACCUAUAAGUUCAGGGUCAAGGCAGUCAAUGCAGCAGGUGAAUCAGAACCAGCCUAUGUUCCUGAUCCAGUAGAAGUAAAGGACAGACUUGAACCUCCUGAGCUGAUACUUGAUGCUAAUAUGGCCCGAGAACAGCACGUAAAAGCUGGAGAUACCCUGAGACUUAGUGCUGUUAUUAAAGGUGUUCCAUUCCCAAAAGUUUCAUGGAAGAAAGAAGAUCAUGAGGUCUCACCCAAAGCUGAUAUUGAGGUUACAGGAGUCGGCAGUAAGCUUGAAAUUCGUAACACUGUCCAUGAAGAUGGUGGAAUUUACUCCCUGACAGUUGAAAAUCCAGCUGGUUCAAAAACUGUUUCAGUAAAAGUUGUUGUCUUAGAUAAGCCUGGUCCACCCAGAAACCUACAAGUCAGUGAAGUUAGAAGUGAUUCUUGCUAUCUCACUUGGAUGGAACCAGAAGAUGAUGGUGGCUCUGUCAUUACCAACUAUGUGGUAGAAAGGAGAGAUGUAGCUUCUGCACAGUGGGUAGCCAUCUCAUCAUCCUCCAAGAAACGCAGUCACAUGGCUAAAUAUCUGAUGGAAGGCAUUCAGUAUCUCUUCCGAGUUGCAGCUGAGAAUCAGUUUGGUAGAGGUCCAUAUGUGGAAACACUCAAGCCUAUUAAAGCUAUAGAUCCACUGCAUCCUCCGGGGCCACCAAAGAAUCUGCAUCAUGUAGAUGUUGACAAGACUGAAGUUUCCCUUGUUUGGAAUCGACCAGAUCGUGAUGGUGGUGCUGAGAUAACUGGGUAUUUGGUGGAAUAUCAAGAAGAUGGUGCAGAUGAGUGGACAAAGUUCCAGACAGUCCCUAUGCUAGACUGUGUUGUUACAGGCCUACAAAAAGGAAAAAUAUACAAAUUCCGUGUGAGGGCUCAGAAUAUUGUUGGUCUUAGUCUUCCAGAUACAACUAUACCAAUAGAGUGUCAAGAAAAACUAGUACCUCCAUCCGUGGAACUAGAUGUGAAGUUAAUCGAAGGUCUUGUUGUUAAAGCUGGCACCACAGUGAGACUUCCUGCCAUUAUGAGAGGUGUGCCAGUUCCCACUGCAAAAUGGGUUACUGAUGACGUUGAAAUUAAAACCGAUGGCAGAUACAAGAUUGAGACUGAUGAUUAUUCAACUGUACUUACCAUCAAAGACUGUAUAAGAAAAGAUACAGGAGAAUAUUUACUCACAGUUUCUAAUGCAGCUGGCAGCAAAACUGUUGCUCUACAUCUUACAGUUUUGGAUGUUCCUGGCCCACCAACUGGUCCGAUUAAUAUUCUUGAAGUAACACCAGAACAUAUGGUUAUUUCUUGGCGCCCUCCUAAAGAUGAUGGUGGGAGUCCUAUAAUAAAUUAUAUCGUUGAGAAGCGUCAAUCAAAGAAAGAAACUUGGGGAGUGGUUAGCUCUGGAACAAGUCACACAAAAAUUAAGAUUCCACGACUGCAGAAGGGCUGUGAAUAUAUUUUCCGUGUCCGGGCAGAAAAUAAGAUAGGCAUUGGUGCACCCCUUGAUUCAGAACCAACAGUUGCUAAACAUAUGUUUGAUCCACCAUCCCCUCCUGGUAAACCAACUGUUUAUGAUAUCACAGAAAAUGCUGCAACAGUGGCUUGGACCCUACCAAAAUCUGAUGGUGGAACUCCAAUAACUGGUUAUAUACUUGAACGUCGGGAAGCAUCUGGUAAAUGGGUGCGUGUCAAUAAGGCACCAAUACUUGAUAUGAAAUACAGAGUCACUGGUCUUUUUGAAGGCAACACAUAUGAAUUCAGAGUUUUUGCAGAAAACAUGGUGGGCUUAAGCAAACCAUCUCCAAGCUCUGAUCCAAUAAAGGCAUCACGUCCUAUCACUCCUCCUGGACCACCUAUAAAUCCAAAAUUAAAAGACAAAACCAAAGAAUCAGCUGAUCUUGUGUGGACAAAGCCCCUCAAAGAUGGUGGCAGUCCCAUUCUGGGAUACAUCGUGGAAUGUCAGAAAACUGGAACUAAGGAGUGGAAUAGGAUUAAUAAGGAUGAACUUAUUAGACAGUGUGCCUACAGAGUACCUGGGUUAAUAGAAGGAAAUGAAUAUAAAUUCCGAAUAAAAGCUGUUAACAUUGUGGGAGAGGGAGAACCAAGAGAACUGGCAGAAACUGUACUGGCAAAGGAUAUUCUUUCUCCUCCAGAAGUAAGCCUAGAUGUGACCUGUCGAGACUUAAUUACUGUCCGAGUAGGUCAAACAAUCCAUAUUACUGGUAAAGUAAAAGGCAGGCCAGAUCCUGACAUAACAUGGUCCAAAGAUGGCAAAGUACUAGUCCAAGAUAAGCGUGUUGAAAUAAUCCAUGAUCUACCUAAUGUUGAACUGCAAGUGAAAGAAGCCAAAAGAUCUGAUCAUGGCAAAUACAUAAUAGCAGCUAAGAACAGCUGUGGACAUGCUCAAGCUUUUGCUGUUGUUAAUGUACUUGACAGACCUGGACCAUGUCAGAACCUGAAAAUAAGCUAUGUCACAAAAGAUUCAUGUAUGAUUGCUUGGGAGAGUCCAGUGGAUAAUGGUGGCUCUGAAAUUACAAACUACAUAGUAGAGUGCCGUCAACCAAACCAGAGGGGAUGGUCAAUUGUCUCCUCUGAUAUCACUAAACGAUUAGUAAAGGCAAAUCUUAUAGAGAACCGUGAAUACUUCUUCAGAGUUUGUGCAGAAAAUAAAAUAGGUCCAGGUCCUUGCAUUGAGACCAAGACUCCCAUCCUUGCCAUCAAUCCUAUUGACAAGCCUGGAGAGCCAGAAAAUCUUCACAUUGCAGAGAAAGGAAAGACGUUUGUAUAUCUGAAAUGGAGAAGGCCAGAUUAUGAUGGUGGAAGUCCCAAUUUAAGUUACCAUGUUGAGAGAAAACUGAAAGAUUCAGAUGAAUGGGAAAGGGUUCACAAAGGCAGCAUUAAGGAAACACACUACAUGGUAGAUAAAUGUGUUGAAAAUAAGAUUUACCAAUUCCGAGUUCAAACCAAGAAUGAGGCAGGUGAAAGUGGCUGGGUAAGAACAGCUGAAGUUGUUGUGAAGGAAGAUCUGCAGAAACCAGUGCUAGACUUGAAGUUAAGUGGGGUGCUAACAGUGAAAGCAGGUGACACAAUUAGAAUUGAGGCUGGAGUCAGAGGAAAACCACAACCUGAAGUUGUAUGGACAAAAGACAAAGAUGCCACAGAUCUAACCAGAUCUCCAAGAGUCAGUAUUGAAACAACUUCUGAUACAUCUAAAUUUGUUCUCACAAAAUCAAGACGUAGUGAUGGUGGGAAAUAUGUGAUUACUGCAACUAACACGGCUGGUAGUUUUGUAGCAUACGCUACCGUUAUUGUCUUGGAUAAACCAGGUCCUGUAAGAAACUUGAAAGUUACUGACAUUUCAAGUGACAGAUGUACUGUUACUUGGGACCCCCCAGAAGAUGAUGGUGGUUGUGAAAUACAGAACUACAUCCUGGAAAAAUGUGAAAGCAAGCGUAUGGUUUGGUCUACAUACUCUUCCGCUGUCCUAACGAACUAUGCAAAUGUGACACGCCUUAUUGAAGGUAAUGAAUAUAUAUUCAGAGUUCGUGCAGAGAAUAAAAUGGGCACUGGUCCACCAACAGAAACACAACCAAUUAUUGCAAAAACAAAAUAUGAUAGACCCGGACGCCCUGACCCUCCAGAUGUCACAAGAGUUAGCAAAGAAGAGAUGACUGUAGUUUGGAAUCCACCAGAAUAUGAUGGUGGCAAAUCAAUUACAGGAUACAUUUUAGAGAAGAAAGAGAAACGGUCGCUAAGAUGGGUUCCUGUUACUAAGACUGCAAUCCCAGAGAGACGCAAGAAGGUUACUAAUCUCAUCCCUGGUCAUGAAUAUCAGUUCCGUGUCAGUGCCGAAAAUGAAGUCGGACUUGGAGAACCAAGCUUGCCAUCAAGACCUGUAGUAGCAAAAGACCCAAUAGAACCACCUGGUCCUCCCACAAACUUAAGAGUGGUUGAUAGCACAAAGAAUUCCAUAACCCUUGGCUGGGGAAAACCAGUGUAUGAUGGUGGUGCUCCAAUUAUUGGAUAUGUUGUGGAAAUUAGACCAAAAGUUGAGGGUGCUGAUCCUGAAGCAGGGUGGAAACGAUGCAAUGUUGCUGCCCAAGUUAUUCAUACAGAAUUUACAGCCACCAGCCUGGAUGAGAAUCAACUGUAUGAAUUCAGAGUUUCUGCCCAAAACCAAGUUGGCCUUGGCCGACCAGCUGAAUUGAAAGAAGCUGUGUCUCCCAAAGAAAUACUUGAACCUCCCGAAAUUGAGUUGGAUGCAAGCAUGAGAAAGUUAGUCACAGUUAGGGCAGGAUGCCCUAUUAGACUUUUUGCCAUUAUUAGGGGUCGCCCAGCACCAAAAGUCACCUGGAGGAGAAUGGGUAUUGACAAUGUUAUCAGAAAAGGACAAGUUGAUCUGGUUGACACUAUGGCCUUCUGUGUCAUCCCUGAUUCAACUCGUGAUGACUCAGGCAAAUAUUCAUUGACACUUGUUAAUGCAGCUGGAGAAAAGGCUGUAUUUGUGAACGUCAGAGUCCUGGAUACUCCUGGACCUGUGUCGGACUUCAAGGUUUCAGACGUCACCAAGAUGUCAUGCCACCUUUCAUGGGCACCUCCAGAGAAUGAUGGUGGUAGCCCCGUGACUCAUUACAUCCUGCAGAAACGUGAGGCUGACAGGAAGACCUGGGGAACAGUCACUGCAGAACUAAAGAAGACUAGUUUCCAAAUAGCUAACCUUGUACCUGGAAAUGAAUAUUUCUUUAGAGUAACAGCAGUAAAUGAAUAUGGGUCAGGUGUUCCAAGUGACUUACCAAAACCAGUUCUAGCAACAGAUCCCCUAAGUGAACCUGAUCCACCAAGAAAACUUGAAGUUACUGAAAUUACAAAGAAUAGUGCUACUUUAGGCUGGCUGCCACCACUUCGUGAUGGAGGCUCUAAAGUUGAUGGGUAUAUUGUUAGCUACAAAGAAGAUGACCAACCAGCGGAUCGCUGGACAGAAUAUUCAGUUGUUAAAGAUCUCUCCAUUGUUGUAGCUGGUCUGAAAGAGGGAAAGAAGUACAAGUUUAGAGUGGCAGCUAGAAAUGCUGUAGGAGUAAGUUUGCCAAGAGAAACUGAAGGAGUAUUUGAAAUUAAAGAACAACUCAUCCCACCUAAGAUCCUGAUGCCUGAUCACGUUCACAUUAAAGCCGGAAAGAAACUGAGAAUUGAAGCUCAUGUAUAUGGGAAGCCUCAGCCAGUCUGUAAAUGGUUGAAAGGAGAUCAAGAUGUACUUACAUCCAGUCGCCUUGCCGUGCAUAAAGCAGAAAAGUCUUCCGUUCUUAUCAUUAAGGAUGUAACUAGAAAAGAUUCUGAUUUUUACACUCUUACUGCAGAAAAUAGCUCUGGUACUGACAGUCAGAAAAUCAGAGUGAUAGUCAUGGAUAAACCGGGUCCACCACAGCCUCCAUUUGAUAUUUCUGAAAUAGAUGCUGAUGCUUGCACUCUUGCAUGGCAUAUACCUCUCGAAGAUGGUGGCAGUAACAUUACAAACUAUGUAGUUGAGAAAUGUGAUGUAAGCAGAGGAGACUGGGUAACAGCUUUAGCUUCUGUCACAAAGACGAGCUGCAGAAUUGGAAAACUGAUUCCUGGAGAAGAGUAUAUGUUUCGCGUUCGUGCUGAAAAUCGUUUUGGGAUUUCUGAGCCACUUACUUCUGGCAAGAUGAUUGCAAGGUUCCCAUUUGAUGUUCCCAGUGAACCAAAGAAUGCACGUAUCACAAAGGUCAAUAAGGACUGCAUUUUUGUUGCCUGGGAUAGACCAGAUAGUGAUGGAGGCAGUCCAAUCACUGGUUAUCUCAUUGAGCGCAAAGAAAGGAACAGUUUACUGUGGGUGAAAGCGAAUGACACAGCUGUGCGCUCCACAGAAUACCCUUGUGUGGGGCUUAUCGAAGGUCUUGAGUAUACUUUCAGAAUUUAUGCAUUGAACAGAGCUGGAGCCAGUAAACCUAGUAAACCAACUGAGUUUGUCACAGCAAGAGCGCCAGUUGAUCCCCCUGGAAAACCUGAAGUUAUUGAUGUUACUAAGAGUACUGUAUCACUGGUAUGGACAAGACCAAAGCAUGAUGGUGGCAGCAAACUUAUUGGCUACUUUGUUGAAGCUUGCAAAUUACCUGGUGAUAAGUGGGUUCGGUGCAAUACAACUCCACAUCAAAUACCCCUAGAAGAAUACACUGCUACUGAUUUGGAAGAAAAUGCUCAAUAUCAAUUUAGAGCAAUUGCCAAGACGGCCGUUAACAUUAGCCCACCUUCAGAACCUUCUGAUCCGGUGACCGUUCAUCCAGAAAAUGUUCCCCCCAGAAUAGAGUUGGAUCUGUCUAUGCAGUCACAGCUUACAGUAAAAGCUGGAACUAAUGUGCGUCUGGAGGCAAAUGUAUAUGGCAAGCCAAUGCCAACAAUCACCUGGAAGAAAGAAGAAGAAGCUUUAAAACCAUCUGAAGGUGUUAAGAUCACCACUAAGAGAAAUCUUGCUACAGUCGAGUUGUUCAGUGUUAACAGGAAGCAAACAGGAGACUAUACUAUUACUGCUGAAAAUGCAAGUGGAUCAAAGUCAGCAACCAUUAGGCUUAAAGUACUUGAUAAGCCUGGUCCACCGGCCUCCGUUAAAAUUAAACAUAUGUAUGCAGAUCGUGCAAUGCUUUCUUGGGAGCCUCCUCUGGAAGAUGGAGGUUCAGAAAUUACUAACUACAUUGUAGACAAGCGUGAAACAAGCAGACCAAACUGGGCCCAAGUCAGUGCCAAUGUACCCAUUACAAGCUGCACAGUGGAGAAACUAAUAGAAGGACAUGAGUAUCAGUUCCGCAUAUGUGCUGAAAACAAAUAUGGUGUUGGAGACCCUAUCUUGACUGAACCAGCAGUUGCUAAGAAUCCAUACGAUGUACCCGGACCUUGUGAUCCACCGGUAAUUAGCAAUGUAACAAAAGACUUCAUGACUGUUAGCUGGAAGCCACCAGCUAGUGAUGGUGGAUCCCCAAUAACUGGUUAUAUGCUUGAGAAACGUGAAACUAAGGCUCUUAACUGGACAAAGGUAACCAGAAAGCCCGUCAUUGAAAGAACUGUUAAGGCUACUGGACUCCAAGAAGGAACAGAAUAUGAGUUCCGGGUGAUAGCGUUGAAUAAGGCUGGACCUGGCAAGCCUAGCGCACCAUCUAAAGCAGUGUAUGCUCGUGAUCCUCAAUAUCCUCCUGGCCCACCUGCUUUCCCGAAAGUGGUUGAUACUACACGUAAUUCAAUAAGCCUGUCAUGGAGCAAACCAGCAUAUGACGGAGGAAGCCCUAUUAUUGGUUAUCUAGUGGAAGCAAAAAGAGCUGACACAGACAACUGGGUCAGAUGCAAUCUACCCAAGAACUUACAGGCUACACGAUUUGUGGUAACAGGGCUAAUAGAAGAUACAGAGUACCAGUUCCGCGUUUAUGCUGUCAAUAAGAUUGGAUACAGUGAUCCAAGUGAUGUUCCUGAUAAACACACAGCCAAAGACAUUUUAAUUCCUCCUGAAGGAGAACUUGAUGCAGAACUAAGGAAAGUCCUUGUGUUGCGUGCUGGAGUCACAAUGAGACUUUAUGUGCCAGUAAGAGGACGUCCACCUCCAAAGAUUACAUGGUCUAAAGUGGGUGCCAACCUAAGAGAUAGACAAGGAUUAGACAUCAAAUCAACUGAUUUUGAUACCUUCCUGCGUUGUGAAAACGUAAACAAAUAUGAUGCUGGAAAAUACAUCCUCAGUCUGGAGAACAGCUGUGGCAAAAAGGCAUAUACGAUUGUUGUAAAAGUACUUGAUACUCCAGGCCCUCCAAUUAACCUGAUUGUAAAGGAAGCGUCUAAGGAUUCUGCCUUCAUUACAUGGGAACCUCCGCUAAUAGAUGGUGGCAGUCCAAUCACAAAUUAUGUCGUUGAAAAACGUGAUGCAGAAAGAAAGUCAUGGUCCACAGUAACAACAGAAUGUCCAAAGACAAGCUGCAGGAUAACUAACUUAGAAGAAGGCAAAUCUUACUUCUUCAGGGUUUUUGCUGAAAAUGAAUAUGGUAUUGGUGACCCCUGUGAAACUCGUGAUGCUGUUAAAGCUUCUGAAACACCUGGGCCAGUUGUGGAUCUAAAAGCUUCAGCUGUAACAAAAUCAUCCUGCAAUCUAGUAUGGAAAAAACCAAUCAGUGAUGGUGGAAGCCGUAUUUUUGCAUAUGUUGUGGAGGUCCUGGUUGAUGAAGAUAAAUGGCAAGAAGUCAUGCGGGCAAAGAACCUCCAUUUUUCAAUGAGAGACCUAAAGGAAGGACAAGAAUACACUUUCAGAGUGAGAGCCCAAAAUGAUGCUGGCUGUGGUACUCCAACAGAGCUCACAAUUGUGGCAAGAGAUGAUGUUGUGGCACCUGAUCUUGAUUUAAGAGAUCUACCUGAUUUGUGCUAUAUAGCUAAAGAGGGAAGCAAUUUCCGUCUUAAAAUCCCAAUUAAAGGCAAGCCUGUCCCAGCUGUAACUUGGAAGAAAGAUGAAGACCAGGCACUUACUGAGAGUGGAAGAGUUGCAUUUGAAUCUACAGCAGUUAAUACCACACUUGUAGUACAUGACUGCCAGAAAGCUGAUGCUGGAAAGUACACAAUAACUUUGAAGAAUGUUGUUGGCAGCAAGGAAGGUACUAUUUCUGUGAAAGUUGUUGGCAAACCUGGCAUACCGACAGGUCCGGUGAAAUUUGAAGAAGUCACAGCUGAUGCCAUAACCCUAAAGUGGGGCCCUCCAAAAGAUGAUGGUGGUUCAGAAAUCACUAACUAUGUCCUAGAGAAGAGAGAUAAUGUAAACAAUAAGUGGGUGACUUGUGCCUCUGCAGUCCAGAAAACCACAUUUAGAGUUACAAGACUUCAUGAAGGAAAUGAAUAUACAUUCAGGAUCAGGGCUGAAAAUAAAUACGGCGUAGGUGAAGGUCUUAAAUCUGACCCUGUUGUUGCAAAACAUCCAUUUGAUGUACCAGAUGCUCCUCCACCUCCCAACAUUGUUGAUGUUCGACAUGAAUCUGUAGCUUUAACUUGGACUGAUCCCAGAAGAACUGGAGGCUCACCAAUCACAGGUUAUCACAUCGAAGUCAAAGAAAGAAAUAGUCUUCUGUGGAAGAGAGCAAAUAAGACCCCAAUAAGAAUGAAAGAUUUCAGAGUAACAGGGUUAACUGAAGGUCUGGAAUAUGAAUUCAGAGUAAUGGCAAUCAAUAUGGCUGGAGUAGGUAAACCAAGUCUGCCAUCUGAACCAGUUGUGGCACUUGAUCCUAUUGAUCCCCCUGGGAAACCUGAAGUUAUCAAUGUAACUAGGGACUCAGUAACACUCAUUUGGACAGAACCAAAAUAUGAUGGUGGACAUAAGUUAACUGGCUAUAUUGUUGAAAAACGUGAUUUACCCUCAAAGACCUGGACGAAAGCUAAUCAUGUGAAUGUUCCAGACUGUGCAUUUACUGUAACUGACCUCUCAGAAGGCUCCAAAUAUGAGUUCAGAAUUAGAGCAAAGAACACUGCUGGAGCUAUCAGUCCUCCAUCUGAAUCCACAGGAACUAUAAUAUGCAAGGAUGAGUAUGAGGCACCAACCAUUGUUAUUGAUCCUACUUUGAAGGAAGGAUUAACAGUAAAAGCAGGAGACAACAUUACAGUGUCUGCUAUUAGUAUCCGUGGCAAACCACCUCCAACUUCAGCAUGGUCAAAAGCUGGAAAAGAUUUUAGACCUUCAGAGCUUGUGCGCAUUGAAACCACACCGACUUCUUCUACUUUAACUGUCAAAUAUGCAGCCAGAAAAGAUUCUGGAGAAUACACAAUCACUGCAACCAAUCCUUUUGGCACUAAGCAGGAGAGCGUACAUGUGAAAGUUUUAGAUGUUCCAGGACCUCCAGGGCCUAUUGAGAUCAGCAAUGUUUCAGCAGAAAAAGCGACUCUUACAUGGUCACCUCCUGCAGAAGAUGGUGGAUCACCAAUCAAAUCAUAUGUUCUUGAGAAGAGAGAAACUAGCCGACUGCUCUGGACAUUGGUUGCUGAAAAUAUUGAAAGCUGUAGGCAUGUUGUUAGCAAGCUCAUUCAAGGAAAUGAAUAUGUUUUCCGUGUCUCAGCAGUAAAUCAAUAUGGCAAAGGUGAACCAGUACAAUCAGAACCAGUUAAAAUGGUGGAUAGAUUUGGACCCCCAGGCCCUCCUGGAAAACCAGAAGUAACAAAUGUGACAAAAAAUACUGUCACAGUUACCUGGAAAAGGCCGGUAGAUGAUGGUGGAAGUGAAAUCACAGGUUAUUAUGUGGAGCGAAGAGAAAAGAAAGGCUUAAGAUGGGUCAGAGCAACAAAGAAACCAGUUUCAGAUCUUAGAUGCAAAGUAACUGGUCUCCUGGAAGGAAAUGAAUAUGAAUUCCGUGUCAGUGCAGAAAACAGAGCAGGAGUUGGACCACCAAGUGAUGCUUCAAACUCAGUCAUGUGCAAGGAUGUUGCAUACCCACCAGGUCCACCUGCAAAUCCAAGAGUGACUGAUACUACAAAGACAAGUGCAUCUUUAGCCUGGGGCAAGCCUCACUACGAUGGUGGUCUUGAAAUCACUGGCUAUAUAGUAGAACAUCAAAGGGAAGGAGAAGAAGAAUGGGUAAAAGAUACGACAGGGACUGCUUUAAGAAUCACUCAGUUUGUUGUUGCUCAUUUGCAAACAGGAGCCAAAUACAAUUUCAGAAUCUCUGCCAUGAAUGCUGCAGGUGUUGGUGAACCAGCAAUAAUUCCAAGCGUGGAAAUCAAAGACCGGGAAGAGAUUCCUGACUUUGAAUUAGAUGCUGAGCUAAGAAGAACGCUUGUUGUUAGAGCUGGAUUAACUAUUCGGAUAUUUGUGCCAAUUAAAGGACGUCCAACUCCAGAAGUUACAUGGACAAAAGAUGAUGUUUCACUCAAAGGACGUGCCAGUAUUGAAAAUACAGACUCUUUUACACUCUUGAUUGUCACAGAUUGCACCAGAUACGAUGCAGGAAAAUACGUAAUGACUCUUGAAAAUGCUGCUGGUAAGAAGACUGGCUUUGUAAAUGUGAAAGUCUUGGAUACACCAGGUCCACCAAUAAACCUUAAGCCUAGAGAAAUAACCAAAGACAGCAUCACCCUCCAAUGGGAUAUGCCUCUGAUAGAUGGUGGCUCACGUAUAACAAACUAUAUUGUUGAGAAACGCGAAUCAACUCGUAAAGCAUAUUCAACAGUCACAACCAACUGCCAGAAGUGUUCCUUCAAGAUUCCUAAUCUGUCUGAGGGGUGUGAAUACUAUUUCAGAGUGCUGGCUGAAAAUGAGUAUGGUAUUGGUGAACCAGCUGAAACUGCAGAACCAGUAAGAGCUUCUGAGGCACCAUCCCCACCUGAGAGCCUUAAUAUUAUGGAUGUAACACGGAACUCAGUUAGUCUGGCUUGGCCAAAACCAGAACAUGAUGGUGGCAGCAAGAUCACUGGGUAUGUAAUUGAAGCACAGAGAAAAGGAACCAACCAGUGGGCACACGUCACCACUGUAAAAACACUGGACUGUGUUGUAAAGAAUCUAACUGAAAAUGAAGAGUAUACUUUCCAGGUUAUGGCAGUUAACAGUGCUGGAAGAAGUGCCCCAAGAGAAAGCAGACCAGUUAUUAUCAAGGAGCAAACAAUGCUACCUGAGUUUGACCUCCGUGGCAUCUACCAGAAGACAGUCAUUGCCAAAGCUGGUGACAAUAUCAAGAUUGAAAUCCCUGUGCUUGGUCGACCAAGGCCUACUGUGACUUGGAAGAAAGAAGACCAGAUACUUAAGCAAACGCAAAGGGUAAAUUAUGAAAAUACUGCAACUGCAACCAUACUAACCAUCAAUGAAUGUAAACGAAGUGAUAGUGGUCAAUAUCCACUGUCAGCUAAAAAUAUUGUUGGAGAAGUUAGUGAAGUAAUCACAGUUCAGGUUCAUGAUAUACCUGGACCUCCUACUGGACCAAUCAAAUUUGAUGAAAUUUCAUCUGACUUCCUAACAUUCUCAUGGGAGCCUCCUUUGAAUGAUGGUGGUGUACCAAUAAGUAACUAUGUUGUAGAAAUGCGUCAAACUGACAGUACCACAUGGACUGAAUUGGCAACCACAGUGAUCCGUACUACAUUUAAAGCUACUCGUCUUACUACUGGAGUUGAGUAUCAGUUCCGUGUUAAAGCUCAGAACAGAUAUGGAAUUGGUCCAGCCAUUACUUCAGAGUCUGUAGUUGCCAACUACCCAUUUAAGGUACCUGGGCCUCCUGGAACUCCUCAGGUGAUUGCAGUCACCAAAGAAACCAUGACCAUUAGCUGGAAUGAGCCCGUUACUGAUGGUGGAAGCCCAAUUCUGGGCUAUCAUGUUGAAAGAAAAGAACGAAACAGCAUUCUUUGGCAGACUGUAAGUAAAAUGCUGGUAUCAGGCAAUAUCUUUAAAUCAACUGGACUCACCGAUGGCAUUGCCUACGAAUUCCGUGUUAUAGCAGAAAAUCUGGCUGGGAAGAGUAAGCCAAGCAAGCCAUCUGAGCCUGUGUUUGCCUUAGACCCAAUAGAUCCACCUGGUAAGCCAAUACCUCUGAACAUUACAAGGCAUGCAGUUACGCUGAAGUGGACUAAACCAGAAUAUAAUGGAGGCUUUAAGAUAACUGGUUACACUGUUGAAAAAAGAGACCUUCCUAAUGGCCGUUGGCUGAAGGCUAAUUUCAGCAAUAUACUAGAGACUGAAUUCACUGUAAGUGGUUUGACAGAAGAUGCUGCCUAUGAAUUCCGUGUGAUUGCUAGGAAUGCUGGUGGGGCUGUUAGUCAGCCUUCUGAGCCAUCAGAUGCAAUAACUUGUAGAGAUGACAUUGAAGCACCAAAGAUAAGAGUGGAUGUUAAAUACAAAGACACCUUAGUGCUGAAAGCAGGUGAAGUUUUCAGACUUGAGGCUGAUGUUUCAGGUCGUCCUCCACCAACUAUGAUGUGGACAAAAGGAGAAAAAGAACUUGAAGACACAGCAAAAUUAGCAAUAAAAAUAGCAGAUUUCUCUACUGUUCUUGUCAAUAAAGAUUCUUCAAGAAGAGAUGGCGGUGCCUAUACACUUACUGCAACAAAUCCUGGUGGCUUUGCCAAGCAUGUCUUCAAUGUUAAAGUUCUUGAUAGACCUGGUCCCCCAGAAGGUCCUUUGGCUGUGUCUGAAGUCACUGCAGAAAAAUGUGUGCUGUCAUGGCUACCUCCACUGGAUGAUGGAGGAGCAAAGAUUGACCAUUAUGUGGUUGAAAAACGUGAAACCAGUCGAUUGGCAUGGACAGCUGUAGCCACAGAAGUUCCGUUGACUAAACUGAAGGUUACUAAGCUGUUGAAGGGCAAUGAGUACGUGUUCCGUGUUAUGGCUGUCAACAAAUACGGAGUUGGUGAGCCUCUGGAAUCAGAGCCCGUUCUUGCAGUAAAUCCAUAUGUGCCACCUGAUCCACCUAAAACACCUGAAGUUACAGCAAUUACAAAAGAUUCUAUGGUUGUCUGUUGGGGCCAUCCUGAUUCUGAUGGUGGGAGCCCAAUAACUAACUAUAUUGUGGAACGUCGAGACAGGGCUGGUCUACGGUGGGUGAAAUGUAACAAACGGGUUGUUACUGACUUGCGUUAUAAAGUGUCUGGACUGACAGAAGGCCAUGAAUAUGAAUACAGAGUCAUGGCUGAAAAUGCUGCUGGAGUCAGUGAGCCAAGCCCAACAAGUCCAUUCUAUAAAGCUUGUGAUACUGUAUUUAAGCCUGGUCCCCCGGGUAAUCCUCGUGUUUUGGAUAGCAGCAAGUCCUCAAUUACAAUAGCAUGGAACAAACCAAUAUAUGAUGGCGGUUCAGAGAUCACAGGUUACAUGGUUGAGAUCGCACUACCUGAAGAAGAUGAGUGGAAGAUUGUAACUCCACCAGUAGGUCUAAAGGCCACUUCUUUUACCAUCACUGACCUGAAAGAAAAUCAAGAGUAUAAAAUACGGAUAUAUGCUAUGAACUCUGAAGGUCUUGGAGAACCUGCUCUUGUUCCUGGGACUCCAAAAGCUGAAGAAAGAAUGCUGCCUCCAGAAAUUGAACUCGAUGCAGAACUACGUAAAGUUGUCACUAUUAGAGCCUGCUGUACUCUAAGGCUCUUUGUCCCAAUUAAAGGAAGACCAGCGCCUGAAGUAAAAUGGACAAGAGAACAUGGGGAAUCUUUGGAUAGAGCAACCAUUGAAUCAACAAGCUCUUAUACUCUACUUAUUGUUGAAAACGUAAAUAGAUUUGAUAGUGGCAAAUACAUACUGACAAUUGAAAACAGCUCUGGUAGUAAGUCAGCAUUUGUGAAUGUCCGAGUUCUCGAUACCCCAGGAGCACCUCAAGAUUUGAAAAUAAAAGAAGUUACAAAAUCAUCAGUUACACUCACAUGGGAGCCUCCUCUCAUAGAUGGUGGCUCUAAAAUAAAAAAUUACAUUGUUGAAAAGCGUGAAUCAACAAGGAAAGCUUAUGCAACUGUUAAUGCCAAUUGCCAUAAGACCAGCUGGAAAGUGGAUUCACUGCAAGAAGGCUGCAACUACUACUUCAGAGUCCUAGCUGAAAAUGAGUAUGGAAUAGGCCUUCCAGUUGAAACUUCAGAGUCUGUAAAAGUAUCAGAAAGACCACUUCCACCAGGGAAAAUAACUUUGUUGGAUGUGACAAGAAAUAGUGUGUCCUUAUCUUGGGAAAAACCUGAACAUGAUGGUGGUAGCAGAAUUCUGGGCUACAUUGUAGAAAUGCAAAGCAAAGGCAGUGACAAGUGGUCAACUUGCGCGACAGUAAAAGUUACUGAAGCCACUGUCACAGGAUUGAUCCAAGGUGAAGAAUACACCUUCCGUGUUUCAGCUCAGAAUGAGAAAGGUAUCAGUGAUCCUCGCCAGCUGGGUAUACCAGUUGUUGCAAAAGAUCUUGUAAUUCCACCAGCUUUCAAACUGCUGUUUACCACUUUCAGUGUUCUAGCAGGAGAGGACUUAAAGGUUGAUGUUCCUUUUGUUGGUCGACCCAAACCAGCAGUGUUUUGGCAUAAAGAUAAUGUGGCAUUGAAGCAGACUACAAGAGUAAAUGCAGAAAGUUCAGAAAAUAACACGGUGUUAACAAUAAAAGAAGCAUGCAGAGAAGAUGUGGGGACAUAUUUAGUUAAACUUACGAACUCUGCAGGUGAAGCAACUGAGACCCUAAAUAUUGUUGUCCUUGACAAACCAGGACCUCCAACUGGACCAGUAAAAGUAGAUGAAGUAACAGCAGAUAGCAUUAGCAUUUCCUGGGAACCACCCAAAUAUGAUGGUGGUAGCUCUAUAAAUAAUUACAUUGUAGAAAAAAGAGACACUUCCACCACCACUUGGCAGAUUGUGUCAGCUACCGUUGCAAGAACAACUAUAAAAGCAUGUCGAUUAAAGACUGGCUGUGAAUACCAGUUCAGAAUUGCAGCUGAGAACAGAUACGGGAAGAGUACCUAUCUUACUUCAGAGCCAAUUAUAGCCCAAUACCCAUUUAAAGUUCCCGGUCCACCUGGAACACCUUUUGUAACAAAUGUGACAAAAGACAGCAUGGUGGUACAAUGGAAUGAACCAGUCAAUGAUGGUGGUAGUAAGAUCAUUGGGUAUCACUUGGAGCGCAAAGAAAGAAACAGCAUUCUGUGGGCUAAACUGAAUAAAACACCUAUUCCAGAUACCAAAUUUAGGACAACUGGCCUUGAGGAAGGUCUUGAGUAUGAGUUUAGAGUUUAUGCAGAAAACAUAGUGGGCAUUGGAAAGGCAAGUAGAGCAUCUGAAUGCUAUACUGCACGUGAUCAGUGUGACCCUCCAGGUCGUCCAGAACCUGUAAUUGUCACAAGAAGCUCAGUAACACUUCAGUGGAAGAAACCUGCAUAUGAUGGUGGAAGUAAGAUCACAGGCUAUAUUGUUGAAAAGAAGGAGUUACCUGAUGGCCGUUGGAUGAAAGCAAGCUUUACAAAUGUCAUUGAUACCCAAUUUGAAGUAACCGGUCUAGUUGAAAACCAGAGGUAUGAGUUCCGUGUUAUAGCACGAAAUGCGGCAGGUGUUUUCAGUGAACCAUCUGAGAGCUCAGGGGCAAUUACAGCAAGAGAUGAAGUAGAACCACCUCAUAUAAGUAUGGAUCCAAAAUACAAAGACACUAUUGUAGUGCAUGCUGGUGAGUCAUUCAAGCUUGAUGCUGAUGUUCAUGGCAAACCAAUACCUUCUAUUCAGUGGUUAAAAGGCGAUCGUGAGCUGACAAGCACUGCUCGUAUGGAAAUAAAAAGUACCGAUUUUGCAACAAGCCUUAGUGUGAAGGAAGCCACUAGAGUUGACAGUGGUCAGUAUGUACUACUUGCAAAGAAUGUUGCAGGUGAAAAGAAAGUUCCUGUUAAUGUCAAAGUUCUUGAUAGACCUGGACCACCAGAAGGACCUGUUGAGAUUACAGGUGUUACUGCUGAAAAAUGCAUGCUGUCAUGGAAACCUCCACUGCAAGAUGGUGGUAGCGAUAUUUCACACUAUGUUGUAGAAAAAAGGGAAACCAGUCGCUUGGUGUGGACAGUUGUUGAUUCAAAUGUGCAAACCUUAAAUUGCAAAGUUACGAAGCUUUUAGAAGGAAAUGAAUACGUUUUCCGCAUCAUGGCAGUAAAUAAAUACGGCGUUGGUGAACCUCUUGAGUCUGAACCAGUAAUCGCAAAGAACCCGUUUGGGGUGCCACUUCCACCAAAGGCACCAGAAGUCACAGCCAUUACCAAGGAUUCUAUGAUAGUUGUAUGGGAAAGGCCAGCCUCAGAUGGUGGUAGUGAAAUCCUAGGCUAUGUCCUUGAAAAACGAGAUAAGGAAGGUAUUCGUUGGACAAGGUGUAACAAACGCCUGAUAAGUGAACUGCGAUACAGAGUGACUGGACUUAUAGAAAACCAUGAUUACGAGUACAGAGUUUCAGCCGAAAAUGCUGCUGGUCUUAGUGAACCAAGUCCACCUUCCACUUACUACAAAGCGUGUGAUCCUAUUUACAAGCCAGGUCCACCCAAUAAUCCUAAAGUUGUGGAUGUUACAAGAUCUUCAGUUUUCCUUUCAUGGGGUAAACCUAUCUAUGAUGGUGGCUCUGAAAUUCAGGGAUACAUCGUGGAAAAAUGUGAUGUAAGUGACGGUGAAUGGGCAAUUUGUACCCCUCCAACUGGAAUUAAGAACACUCACAUGGAAGUAGAAAAAUUAGUGGAAAAACAUGAAUACAAGUUCCGCAUAUGUGCAGUUAAUAAAGCAGGAGUUGGAGAGCAUGCAGAUGUUCCUGGUUCUGUUAUCGUGGAAGAAAAGAUGGAGGCACCAGACCUUGACCUUGACAUGGAAUUAAGGAAGAUUGUGAAUGUGAGGGCAGGAGGUUCCUUAAGACUGUUUGUUCCCAUCAGAGGUCGUCCAACACCUGAAGUAAAAUGGGGUAAAGUGGAUGGUGACAUCAGAGAGGCAGCUGUUAUUGAUACCACUAGCAGUUUUACUUCCCUUGUUCUAGACAACGUUAACAGAUUUGAUACUGGAAAGUAUACUCUGACUUUAGAAAACAGCAGUGGAACCAAGUCUGCCUUUGUCAGUGUAAGAGUGCUGGAUACCCCAAGUGCACCUGUUAAUUUAAAAAUCAGAGAGAUCACUAAAGACUCUGUUUCAAUUUCCUGGGAGCCUCCUCUCUUGGAUGGUGGUGCAAAAAUAAAGAAUUACAUUAUUGAAAAGCGUGAAGCAACAAGAAAGGCAUAUGCAGCUGUUGUAACAAACUGCCACAAGACUUCAUGGAAAAUAGAUCAACUUCAGGAGGGCUGCUAUUACUUCUUUAGAAUCUCUGCUGAGAAUGAAUACGGAAUUGGCCUCCCUGCUGAAACUAGUGACCCAAUUAAAGUUGCUGAAGUUCCACAGCCUCCUGGGAAAAUAACAGUGGAUGAUGUCACGAGAAACAGUGUCUCACUAAGCUGGGCAAAACCUGAACAUGAUGGUGGCAGCAAAAUCAUACAAUACAUUGUUGAAAUGCAAGCAAAGGGUAGUGAGAAGUGGUCGGAGUGUGCUCGUGUAAAAACACUUGAAGCGGUUAUUACUAACCUAACUCAAGGGGAAGAAUAUCUUUUUAGAGUAAUGGCUGUAAAUGAGAAGGGUAAGAGUGAUCCUAGAGCACUUGCAGUUCCAAUAGUUGCCAAAGACCUCGUGAUUGAACCUGAUGUAAGACCUGCUUUUCACAGUUACAGUGUCCAAGUGGGACAAGAUCUGAAAGUAGAAGUACCAAUUGCAGGUCGACCUAAACCAACUGUUACCUGGGUAAAAGAUGGCCAGCCAUUAAGGCAGACGACAAGAGUCAAUGUUAGUGAUCUGACUGAUCUCACUAUACUGAAUAUUAAAGAAACUAGCAAAGAGGAUAGUGGCACUUACGAAAUCACUGUGGCUAAUGUUGUUGGGCAAAAGUCUGCCUCUGUUGAAAUUAUAACGCUAGACAAACCUGACCCUCCUGUAGGACCUGUGAAGUUUGAUGAAAUAAGUGCAGAAAGCAUUACCCUAUCAUGGAAUCCCCCAGCCUAUACAGGCGGCUGCCAAAUCACCAACUAUAUUGUUCACAAGAGAGAUACAACAACCACUGUGUGGGAAACGGUUUCAGCUACUGUUGCAAGAACUACUCUGAAGGUGACUAAACUGAAAACUGGUUCAGAAUACCAGUUCAGAAUAUUUGCUGAGAACAGGUAUGGGCAGAGCUUUGCGUUGGAUUCUACGCCAGUUGUAGCACAAUACCCUUACAAGGAACCAGGACCUCCUGGCACACCAUUUGUGACAACAGUUACAAAAGACUCCAUGGUCGUUCAGUGGCAUGAACCAAUAAAUGAUGGUGGCAGUAGGGUGUUGGGCUACCAUCUUGAGAGAAAGGAGAAAAACAGCAUUUUAUGGACUAAAGUGAACAAGACUAUUAUUCAGGACACAAGUUUUAAGACAACUAACCUUGAAGAAGGAAUUGAAUAUGAGUUUCGAGUUUCUGCAGAAAAUAUUGUUGGUGUAGGCAAAACAAGUAAAGUUUCUGAGUGCUAUGUAGCUCGCGACCCAUGUGAUCCUCCAGGUCGCCCAGAAGCUAUAAUAAUAAAAAGAAGCUCUAUUACUCUACAGUGGACCAAACCAGAAUAUGAUGGUGGAAGUAAGAUUACUGGUUAUAUUGUAGAGAAACGUGACUUACCAGAUGGUCGCUGGAUGAAAGCUAGCUUCACAAAUGUCAUUGAAACUCAGUUCACUGUCACAGGGCUUACUGAAGACCAAAGAUAUGAAUUUAGAGUAAUUGCAAAGAAUGCUGCAGGUGCAAUAAGCAAACCUUCUGACAGUACAGGACCAAUAACAGCAAGGGAUGAAGUUGAACUUCCACGAAUUUCAAUGGAUCCAAAGUACAAAGACACAAUCAUCGUAAAUGCUGGUGAAACAUUCAGACUUGAGGCUGAUGUUCAUGGAAAGCCACUACCAACCAUUAAGUGGUACAAAGGAGAUAAAGAGCUUGAAGAAACUGCUAGAUAUGAAAUAAAGAACACGGAUUUCAGUGCAUUACUAAUUGUAAAAGAUGCUAUUAGAGUUGAUGGUGGACAGUACAUUUUAGAAGCCUCUAAUGUUGCAGGAACAAAGACAGUACCAGUAAAUGUAAAAGUCCUGGACAGGCCAGGUCCUCCAGAGGGCCCAGUCCAAGUGACAGGAGUUACAGCUGAAAAAUGUUCAUUGGCAUGGGCUCCUCCACUUCAUGAUGGUGGCAGUGAUGUUUCUCAUUACAUUGUAGAGAAGAGAGAAACUAGUCGCCUAGCAUGGACUGUUGUUGCUUCAGAGGUUUUACCUACAAUGCUGAAAGUAACAAAACUCCUGGAAGGAAAUGAAUAUGUUUUCCGUAUUAUGGCAGUUAAUAAAUAUGGGGUUGGUGAGCCAUUAGAAUCUGUGCCAGUAAUGAUGAAAAAUCCAUUUGUGGUUCCUGGACCACCAAAGGCCUUGGAAAUUAUGAACAUCACAAAGGAUUCUAUGACUGUCUGCUGGAGCCGUCCAGAUAGUGAUGGAGGUAGUGAAAUCAUAGGUUACAUUGUAGAAAAGAGAGACCGAGCAGGCAUCAGAUGGAUAAAAUGCAAUAAACGCCGAAUUACAGAUUUGAGAUUAAGAGUUACGGGAUUAUCAGAGGAUCAUGAAUAUGAAUUCAGAGUUUCUGCUGAAAAUGCUGCUGGAGUGGGUGAACCAAGCCAAGUUUCUCCUUACUUUAAAGCUUGUGACCCUGUGUUCAAGCCUGGCCCACCUACCAACACCCACGUUGUGGAUACCACCAAAAGUUCAGUUACACUUGGUUGGAGUAAACCUAUCUAUGAUGGUGGUUGUGAAAUCCAGGGAUACCUUAUAGAAAUAUGUAAAGCAGAUGAAGAUGAAUGGUCACUUGUUACUCCACAGACAGGUAUACGUGCCACUCGUUUUGAAAUCAAAAAGCUUACUGAACAUCAAGAAUAUAAACUACGAGUGUGUGCCCUCAACAAGGUUGGUGUAGGAGAGGCUGCAUCAGUUCCUGGUACUAUUAAACCAGAAGACAAACUUGAAGCUCCAGAACUUGAUAUUGAUUCAGAGCUAAGGAAAGGGAUCGUGGUUAGAGCUGGCGGGUCUGCUAGGAUUCACAUACCAUUCAGGGGACGACCAACACCUGAGAUCACGUGGUCUCGAGAAGAAGGUGAAUUCACAGAAAAAGUUCAGAUUGAUAAAGGCAUAAACUACACACAACUUUCAAUUGACAACUGUGAUAGAAAUGAUGCUGGAAAGUACAUUCUUAAGUUGGAGAACAGCAGUGGUUCUAAAUCAGCAUUUGUUACAGUAAAAGUCUUGGACACACCAGGACCACCACAAAACUUAGUGGUAAAGGAUAUAAAGAAGGAUUCUGCUGUAUUAUCUUGGGAACCGCCCAUUAUCGAUGGUGGUGCAAAGGUAAAGAACUAUGUAAUAGAUAAACGUGAGUCAACCAGGAAGGCAUUUGCAAAUGUAAGUGCUAAGUGUGGCAAGACAAGUUUUAAAGUUGAAAAUCUUGCAGAAGGAGCGAUUUAUUACUUCAGAGUUAUGGCUGAAAAUGAAUUUGGAAUUGGUGUUCCAGCUGAAACCACAGACGCUGUCAAAGCCUCAGAGCCACCACUGCCUCCUGGGAAAGUAACGCUCACCGACGUGACUCAGAGAAGUGCAUCACUUAGUUGGGAAAAACCUGAACAUGAUGGAGGUAGCAGAAUUUUGGGAUACAUUGUUGAAAUGCUGCCUAAAGGAACAGAAAAAUGGAGUGUUGUUAGUGAGACCAAAACAUGCAAUGCAGUUGUGUCUGGUUUGAGUCCAGGACAGGAAUACCAAUUUCGUGUGAUUGCCUACAAUGAAAAAGGCAAAAGUGAUCCCAGAGCACUUGGAAUUCCUGUGAUAGCUAAAGACUUGACAAUUGAGCCAAGUUUCAAACUGAUGUUUAAUACAUACAGCGUACAGGCUGGAGAAGAUCUGAAGGUAGAAGUACCAUUUAUAGGUAGACCCAAACCUACUAUUACUUGGGCAAAAGAUGAGCAGCCACUGAAACAGACAACCAGAUUACAUAUUGAGGAUACAUCAACAUCAACUAUUUUAAAUAUUAAAGAAAGCAACAAGGAAGACUUCGGUAAAUAUACAGUAACAGCAACAAACACAGCAGGUACAGCAACAGAGCACCUGAGCAUAAUUGUACUGGAAAAGCCUGGCCCACCACGAGGACCUGUCCGCUUUGACGAAGUUAGUGCGGACUUUGUUGUUCUAUCAUGGGAUCCACCUGAUUAUACUGGUGGCUGUCAGAUAAGCAACUAUAUAGUAGAAAAACGUGACACAAGCACUACCACAUGGAGCAUUGUGUCAGCAACUGUUGCAAGAACAACUAUCAAAGCAACAAAGCUUAAAACAGGUUCUGAAUACCAGUUCAGGAUCUCUGCUGAAAAUAGAUAUGGGAAGAGCUCUCCUUUGGAUUCUAAACCAGUUGUUGUGCAAUAUCCCUACAAGGUGCCUGGGCCACCUGGAACGCCAUUUGUAACAGCAGCUUCCAAGGACCAUAUGAUCGUACAAUGGCAUGAACCAGUUAAUGAUGGAGGAAGCAAAGUUCUUGGCUACCAUCUUGAACGUAAAGAUAAGAACAGCAUUCUUUGGACAAAACAGAACAAGUCACUCAUUACAGACACCAAAUAUAAAACAGAUGGCCUUGAAGAAGGUCUUGAAUACGAGUUCAGAGUUUCUGCUGAAAACAUUGUUGGCGUUGGCAAAGUCAGCAAAGUAUCAGAACUGUAUGUUGCCCGAGAUCCUUGUGACCCACCUGGCCGCCCAGAGGCCAUUGUUGUUACAAGACAUAAUAUCACACUGAAGUGGAAAAAACCAGAAUAUGAUGGUGGAAGCAAAAUAACUGGAUAUAUUGUAGAAAAGAAAGAACUACCAGAUGGUCGCUGGAUGAAAGCCAGCUUUACAAAUGUGUUGGAAACAGAAUUUACAGUAAGUGGUCUUGUUGAAAACCAACGAUAUGAAUUUAGAGUAAUUGCAAGAAAUGCAGCAGGUUGCUUGAGUGAACCAUCUGAAAGUACAGGGCCCAUUACUGCCAGAGAUGAAAUUGAAGCACCAGGGGCUUCACUGGAUCCUAAGUACAAAGAUGUCAUUGUUGUUCAUGCUGGAGAAACCUUUGUUCUUGAAGCUGAUAUCCACGGCAAACCUGUUCCUGACAUUACAUGGUCAAAAGAUGGUAAAGAGCUUGAAGAAGCAACUGCAAGAAUGGAAAUUAAAUCUACCAUUCAGAAAACAACUCUUACUGUCAAAGAUUGUGUAAGAGUAGAUGGAGGUCACUAUACUCUUAACCUCAGAAAUGUUGGUGGCACAAAAUCUAUACCAAUCACUGUAAAAGUGCUUGACAGGCCAGGACCUCCAGAAGGACCUUUGAAGGUUACAGGUGUCACUGCAGAAAAAUGCUACUUGGCAUGGGCUCCGCCUUUACAUGACGGUGGUUCUAGUAUCUCACAUUAUAUCAUUGAGAAGAGAGAGACAAGCAGGCUUUCAUGGACCCAAGUAGCAACAGACGUGCAGGCACUUAACCACAAAGUAACCAGACUACUUGCUGGCAAUGAGUAUAUUUUCCGUGUAAUGGCAGUGAACAAAUAUGGAACUGGAGAACCCUUGGAAUCUGAGCCAGUUGUGGCUCGUAAUCCUUACAAACCCCCUGGUCCUCCUUCAACACCUGAAGUUUCAGCAAUCACAAAAGAUUCUAUGGUGGUAACAUGGGGUCGCCCAGAAGACAAUGGGGGAGCUGAAAUUGAAGGUUACAUACUUGAAAAACGAGACAAAGAUGGUAUCCGAUGGACCAAAUGCAAUAAGAAAACGCUGACGGACUUGCGAUUCAGAGUAACAGGUCUUACCGAUGGGCAUUUCUAUGAAUUCAGAGUUUCUGCUGAAAAUGCUGCAGGAGUAGGGGAACCCAGUGAGCCAUCCAUUUUCUAUCGUGCUUGUGAUGUAUUAUAUCCACCAGGUCCACCAAGCAAUCCAAAGGUUACAGACACUUCCAGGUCAUCAGUUUCCCUCGCCUGGAGUAAACCCAUUUAUGAUGGCGGUGCUCCAGUUAAGGGAUACGUAGUAGAAGUAAAAGAAGCUGCUGCUGAUGAAUGGACUACCUGCACCCCACCAACAGGCCUGCAAGCAAAAGAGUUCACUGUAACAAAACUUAAAGAGAACCAGGAAUAUAACUUCCGCAUCUGUGCCAUCAACUCAGAAGGAGUAGGAGAGCCUGCUACCAUACCUGGUACAGUCAUAGCAGCAGACAAGGUUGAACCUCCUGAAAUUGAACUUGAUGCAGAUCUUAGAAAAGUAGUCACUGUACGUGCUAGUGGUACCUUACGCCUCUUUGUCACCAUCAAAGGAAGACCAGAACCUGAAGUUAAAUGGGAAAAAGCAGAAGGAACAAUAAGUGAGCGAGCUCAGGUUGAAGUCACCAGUUCCUAUACAAUGCUGGUCAUUGACAAUGUGAAUAGAUUUGAUAGUGGUAGAUACAAUCUUACUUUAGAGAACAACAGUGGCAAAAAAUCAGCUUUUGUUAAUGUCAGAGUGCUUGAUACACCUAGUGCACCUAUAAACCUGACAAUCAGAGAAGUGAAGAAAGAUUUUGUAACAUUAGCCUGGGAACCACCACUUAUUGAUGGUGGAGCUAAAAUUACCAACUAUGUAGUUGAAAAGCGAGAAUCCACAAGAAAAGCAUAUGCCACAAUUACAAACAACUGCACUAAGAAUUCCUUCAAAAUUACUCAGCUACAAGAAGGAUGUAGUUAUUAUUUCCGUGUCCUAGCUGUAAAUGAAUAUGGGGUUGGCUUACCAGCAGAAACACCUGACCCAAUCAAGGUUUCUGAACCACCUUCUCCGCCUGCAAAGGUCGUUCUUGUUGAUGUGACUCGCAACUCUGCUUCAAUUAAAUGGGAAAAGCCAGAGAGCGAUGGUGGCAGUAAAAUUACUGGUUAUAUAGUAGAAAUGCAAACUAAAGGAAGUACAAAAUGGAGUGCGUGUACACAGGUGAAAACAUUAGAAGCAACAAUAACAGGCUUAAGUAUGGGAGAAGAGUACAGUUUCAGAGUGAUUGCUGUUAAUGAAAAAGGAAAAAGUGAUCCAAGAGAACUUGGUGUCCCAGUCAUUGCGAAAGAUAUUGAAAUCCAGCCGUCUGCUGAGCUCCUUUUCAACACAUUCACUGUGAAAGCUGGAGAUGAUCUUAAGAUUGAUGUGCCAUUCAGAGGGCGACCUCUUCCAACCGUUAUCUGGAAGAAGGAUGGGAAUCCCUUAAAAGAGACAACCAGGGUAAAUGUUCAGACAUCAAAGACUUCAACUUCACUGUCCAUCAAGGAAGCUUCAAAUGAAGAUUUGGGACAUUAUGAAUUACAUCUUUCAAAUACUGCCGGGACAACAACAGCUUCUUUAACUGUAGUUGUUCUUGACAGACCAGGGCCACCAACUGAUGUGCAUAUUGAUGAAGUUAGUGCUGAUAGUGUAACUCUGUCUUGGAAACCUCCAGCAUAUGAUGGUGGGUGCCACAUUAGCAAUUACAUCGUGGAGAAGCGAGAUACUACCACAACCACAUGGGAUGUAGUAUCUGCAGCAGUUGCAAGAACAUCCAUUAAAGUAUCUCGACUCACCACUGGCUCUGAGUAUCAGUUCCGUAUUUGUGCAGAAAACCGCUAUGGGAAAAGCACUUACACUAAUUCUACAUCUGUUGUGGCAGAGUAUCCAUUUAAGCCUCCGGGGCCACCUGGAACUCCUCAUGUGGCACAUGCAACUAAAGCUUUCAUGAUUGUAACUUGGCAGGUACCAGUUAAUGAUGGAGGUAGUAGAGUACUAGGAUAUCACUUGGAGCGUAAAGAAAGAAGCAGCAUUCUUUGGACAAAAGUCAACAAGAGCCUUAUAACUGAUACACAAAUGAAAGUUACAGGUCUUGAUGAAGGACUGCUAUAUGAAUAUCGUGUGUAUGCUGAAAACAUUGCUGGAAUAGGCAAAUGCAGUAAAUCAUGUGAACCAGUUGCUGCAAGAGAUCCAUGUGAUCCUCCUGGCCAACCAGAAGUUACUAAUAUUACAAGAACAUGUGUCUCACUGAAAUGGGCUAAACCAGAAUAUGAUGGUGGAGCUAAAGUAACAGGAUAUAUUAUUGAACGGAGAGAGCUACCAGAUGGUCGUUGGCUAAAGUGUAAUUUUACUAAUGUGCAAGAAACAUACUUUGAUGUAGGUGGACUUACAGAAGACCAGCGAUAUGAAUUCCGUGUGAUUGCAAAGAACGCUGCUGGACUCUUCAGUCAGCCAUCUGAAUCAACUGGACCUGUGACUGUAAAAGAUGAUAUAGAGGCUCCAAGAAUUAUGAUGGAUGCCAAAUUCAGGGAUGUUGUAGUUGUGAAAGCUGGAGAAGUGUUUAAAGUCAAUGCUGAUAUUGCAGGAAGGCCAAUACCUGUGGUUUCAUGGACAAAGGAUGGCAAGGAGCUUGAAGGAAAAGCUAGAGUUGAAAUAGCCUCAACAGAUCACACUACUGCAAUAACCAUUAAGGACUGUAUCCGAGGUGAUUCAGGACAGUAUGUACUAACAUUACAAAAUGUUGCAGGAACAAAAUCUUUGGCAAUUAAUUGCAAAGUACUUGAUAGACCUGGCCCACCUGCAGGCCCAUUAGAAAUAAAUGGCCUUACUGCUGAAAAGUGCCAUUUGUCAUGGGGACCCCCUCAAGAAAAUGGUGGUGCAGAUAUUGAUUAUUACAUUGUAGAAAAACGUGAGACCAGCAGAAUUGCAUGGACGCUUUGUGAAGGAGAGCUUAGAACAACAUCCUGUAAAGUGACAAAACUACUGAAGGGUAAUGAGUAUAUUUUCAGAGUGAUGGGAGUUAACAAAUACGGUGUUGGUGAGCCUCUAGAAAGUGUCGCUGUCAAAGCCCUAGAUCCAUUUACAGUUCCAAGUCCACCUACAUCUUUAGAGAUCACCAGUGUGAGCAAAGAUUCGAUAACUCUCUGCUGGGCAAGACCUGAAUCUGAUGGAGGCAAUGAGAUCUCUGGCUAUGUAAUUGAAAGGCGUGAGAAAACUAGCCUAAGAUGGAUUCGUGUAAAUAAAAAACCAGUCUAUGAUUUAAGAGUGAAAUCAUCUGGUCUCCGUGAAGGAUGUGAAUAUGAAUUCCGGGUUUAUGCAGAAAAUGCUGCUGGCCUCAGUCUUCCAAGUGAAACCACACCAUUGAUUCGGGCAGAAGACCCGAUCUUCUUGCCAUCUCCCCCAUCUAAACCUAAGAUUAUGGACUCUACAAGGUCAAAUAUCACAAUCGGAUGGACAAAGCCACUGUUUGAUGGAGGUGCUCCAGUAACAGGAUAUGUAGUUGAAUACAAGAAAACUGAUGAAACUGACUGGACAACUGCUGUUCAGAACUUAAGAGGCACAGAAUACACCAUAACUGGAUUAGCGUCAGGCUCUGAGUAUGUCUUUAGAGUGAAAUCCAUUAACAAAAUUGGUGUCAGUGAACCAAGUGAUGUCUCAGAACCUCAGGUGGCAAAAGAAAGAGAAGAAGAACCUGCCUUUGAUAUUGACAGUGAAAUGCGGAAGACUUUAAUUGUGAAGGCUGGUGAGUCAUUCACAAUGACUGUUCCUUUCAGAGGCAAACCAGUCCCAAAUGUAACAUGGAACAAACCAGACACUGAUCUCCGUACCCGAGCAAACAUUGAUACUUCAGAUAAUUGCACAUCUCUUACUGUUGAAAAAGCAACAAGAAAUGAUUCUGGAAAAUACACAUUAACAUUGCAAAACAUCCUGAACACUGCUGCCUUGACUUUAAUUGUCAAAGUUCUUGAUACUCCCGGCCCACCAUCUAAUAUCACAGCCAAAGAUGUAACUAAAGAAUCUGCUGUGUUAUCGUGGGAUGUUCCUGAAAAUGAUGGUGGAGCACCUGUGAAGAACUACAUUAUUGAAAAACGAGAAGCUAGCAAAAAAGCAUGGGUCACUGUGACAAACAAUUGUCAUCGCCUGUCUUAUAAAGUGACUGGCUUGCAAGAAGGUGCCAUUUACUACUUCCGGGUUUCUGGAGAAAAUGAGUAUGGUGUUGGAGUGCCUUCUGAGACCAAGGAGGGAACAAAAAUAACAGAAAAACCCAGCCCACCAGAAAAACUUGGCGUAACAAAUGUCACAAAGGACAGUGUUUCUCUUUCAUGGCUAAAACCAGAGCAUGAUGGUGGAAGCAGAAUUGUGAGCUACCUCAUUGAAGCUCUUGAGAAAGGACAGCAAAAAUGGGUUAAGUGUGCAGUUGUAAAGACAACUCAUCAUGUUGUCCAUGGUCUUAAGGAGAAUGUUGACUAUUUCUUCAGGGUGUCUGCAGAAAACCAAGCUGGUUUAAGUGAUCCUAAGGAACUACUGCUCCCUGUUACAGUUAAAGAACAAUUAGAAUCUCCUGAGAUCGACAUGAAGGGCUUCCCUCAUAACACUGUAUAUAUUCGAGCAGGAUCAAACCUGAAAGUUGAAAUUCCAGUUUCUGGAAAACCAGUGCCAAAGGUGACAUUGUCUAGAGAUGGUGUUCCACUGAAACCUACCAUGAGAUUUCACACAGAAACCACUGCCGAAAGUCUCAUCAUUAAUCUUAAAGAAAGUGUGGCUGCAGAUGCUGGCAGAUAUGACAUUACUGCUGCCAACUCAAGUGGCACCACAAAAUCUUUUGUUAACAUUGUUGUGCUGGAUAGACCAGGUCCUCCUGUUGGUCCUGUUGUCCUUAGCGAUAUCACUGAAGAGAGUGUAACACUCAGAUGGCAGCCGCCAGCUUACGAUGGUGGAAGUCAAGUUACCAACUAUAUUGUACUGAAAAGAGAAACAAGUACUGCUGCUUGGUCUGAAGUAUCUGCAACCGUUGCUAGAACUGUUAUUAAAGUUAUGAAGCUCACAACAGGAGAAGAAUACCAAUUCCGCAUCAAAGCUGAGAACCGCUUUGGCAUCAGCGAUCACAUAGACUCACAAUGUGUGGUUGUCAAGCUUCCUUACACUACCCCUGGCCCUCCUUCCACACCGUGGGUCACGAAUGUAACCCGAGAGACUAUUACUGUUGCAUGGCAUGAACCAGUCACUAACGGCGGCAGUGCAGUCAUUGGAUACCACCUGGAAAUGAAAGACAGGAAUAGCAUAUUAUGGCAGAAGGCUAACAAGACCCUCAUUCGCACAACUCACUUCAAGGUCACCACCAUCAGCGCUGGCCUUAUCUAUGAAUUUAGAGUUUAUGCAGAAAAUGCAGCUGGCGUUGGAAAAGCAAGUCACCCUUCUGAUCCAGUCCUUGCAAUUGAUGCUUGUGAACCACCAAGAAAUGUUCGUGUGUCAGAUAUUUCCAAGACUGCUAUCACUCUGUCAUGGCAGAAGCCAGCAUUUGAUGGUGGUAGCAAGAUCACUGGAUACAUCGUAGAGAAACGUGAUCUUCCAGAUGGCAGAUGGACAAAAGCUAGCUUCACCAAUGUUAUUGAGACUCAGUUCACAGUAUCUGGUCUGACACAGAAUUCCCGCUAUGAAUUCAGGGUCUUUGCUAAGAAUGCGGUUGGUUCCAUUAGUAAUCCCUCAGAUGUUGUGGGUCCCAUCACAUGUGUUGAUACAUAUGGUGCACCUGAAAUCGAUGUGCCACCAGAAUAUACAGAAGUGGUGAAAUAUAAAGCAGGAACUUCAGUUAAGCUAAAAUUAGGCAUCUCAGGCAAGCCUAUACCCACAAUUGAAUGGUUCAAAAAUGGCAAUGAGAUACAAACCAGUGCACUAGUGUCUAUUGAAAACACAACAGAAUUUGCUUCUGUACUUAUCAAGGAUGCAACUCGACUCAACAGUGGCACAUAUGAAUUAAAAUUGAAGAAUGCCAUGGGCUCAGCAUCAGCCCAUGUUAGAGUACAGAUACUUGACAAGCCAGGACCCCCAAGCGGACCUAUACAGUUUAAGACAGUCACUGCUGAAAAGAUUACAAUAAUGUGGGACCCACCAGCAGAUGAUGGUGGUGCACCUGUAACACACUAUGUUGUUGAAAAGCGAGAGACAAGUCGGGUUGUAUGGUCUUUAAUUUCUGAAAAACUGGAGGCGUGUAUCAUAACUACAACAAAACUCAUCAAAGGAAAUGAAUAUGUGUUCCGUGUCCGUGGUGUGAACAAGUUUGGAGUUGGUGAUUCACUGGAGUCUGAACCCGUUAUAGCCAAAAAUUCAUUUGUUACACCUGGACCACCUAGUGUACCAGAAGUCACAAUGAUAACCAAGAAUUCUAUGACCGUUGUCUGGAAUAGGCCCAGUGUCGAUGGAGGCAGUGAAAUAUCAGGAUAUUUCCUUGAGAAGCGUGACAAGAAGAGUCUGAGUUGGUUCAAGGUUACUAAAGAAACCAUUCGGGACACCAGACAGAAAGUAACAGGUCUGACUGAAAACAGUGAAUAUCAUUUCCGAGUUUGUGCUGUCAAUGCAGCUGGACAAGGCCCGUUCUCUGAAGCUUCUGACUUCUACAAAGCCGCAGAUCCUGUUGAUAAGCCGGGCUCACCGACAAAGCUGAAGGUUGUGGAUACAACCAAGACAUCUGUCACCCUUGGCUGGAUUAAACCUGCUUAUGAUGGAGGAAGUCCAAUUACCAACUAUAUGGUGGAGAAAAGGGAAGGUGAAGAGCAAGAAUGGACUGUAGUCAGUACUAAGGGAGAAGUGAGAACAACGGAGUAUGUUGUAUCCCACCUUCAGCCAAGUGUUAAUUAUUAUUUCCGUGUGUCUGCUAUAAAUUGUGCUGGACAAGGAGAGCCUAUUGAAAUGACGGAACCCGUGCAAGCUAAGGAUAUUCUUGUGGCACCAGAGAUUGAUCUGGAUGUUGCUCUCCGGACCUCUAUUGUUGCUAAAGCAGGUGAAGAUGUGCAAAUAAUGAUUCCAUUCAAAGGAAGACCUCCUCCCACAGUCACAUGGAGAAAGGGUGACAAGAAUCUUGGGAGUGAUGAAAGAUAUAUCAUCCAGAACACAGAAUCAUCUACACUGCUUACUAUUCCUCAAGUUACCCGAAAUGAUACAGGAAAAUAUGUUCUUACAAUUGAAAAUGGAGUUGGAGAAGCAAAAUCAUCAUUUGUGAAUGUAAAAGUACUUGACACACCAUCUGCCUGCCAGAAGCUGCAGCUUAAGCAUGUUUCUCGUGGCACAGUUACACUGGUAUGGGAGCCACCUCUCAUUAAUGGUGGUUCUGAAAUAACAAAUUAUGUUGUUGAAAAAAGAGAUGCUACAAAGAGGGCCUGGUCAACUGUAACAACAAAGUGUUCUCAUACAACCUUUAAGCUAACUAACCUGUCAGAGAAGACUGCAUACUUCUUCCGUGUUCUUGCUGAAAAUGAAAUUGGACUGGGUGAACCUUGUGAGACAUCUGAACCAGUGAAAGCUGCGGACAUACCUGGACCUGUGAAAGACCUAGCCAUGAAAGAUUCUACAAAGACAUCUGUUAAAUUGCAGUGGACCAAACCUGACUAUGAUGGUGGUAGCAUUAUAUCGGACUACAUUAUUGAAAAGAAACUGCAGGAAGAAAAAGAAUGGACAUAUGCAGGCACAAGCAAGAGCUGUGAAUUUGAAGUUGAAAAACUUAAAGAGCUUUCUGUCAUGGAAUUCAGAGUCUUUGCUAAAAAUGAAAAAGGCAUGAGUGAUGGUGUUACUGUUGGACCCAUUACAGUGAAAGAACAUAUAAUAACACCUGAAGCUGACCUUUCUGAUAUUCCUGGAGGUCAAAUUGCAGUAAGAAUUGGACAUAACCUGCACAUUGAAUUGCCCUAUAAAGGUAAACCUAAGCCAUCAAUGAGCUGGCUCAAGGACAACCUCCCUCUUAAAGAAACUGAACAUCUUCGUUUCAAGAAAACUGAAAAUAAGAUAAGCUUAAGCAUCAAGAAUGUGAAAAAGGAGCAUGGUGGCAAAUAUAGUUUAACUCUUGAUAAUGUCGUCUGCAGAAAAACAUUCACAAUCACUGUCAUCACUCUUGGCCCUCCAUCUAAGCCAAAAGGACCUUUAAGACUAGAUGAAAUCAAAGCAGAUAGUGUAGUUUUGUCAUGGGAAGCUCCUGAAGAUGAUGGAGGGGGAGAAAUUACUGGCUACAGUAUUGAGAAGAGAGAAACUUCACAAAUGAACUGGAAGCUGGUGUGUUCGAGUGCUGCAAGAACAACUUUCAAAGUACCAAACCUUGUUAAAGACACUGAAUAUCAGUUUAGAGUUCGUGCAGAAAAUAGAUAUGGAGUGAGCCCACCUCUUGUCUCAGCAGAUGUUGUGGCAAAGCACCAGUUUAGACCACCAGGUGCCCCAGGCAAGCCUGUUGUAUACAACAUAACCGCUGAUGGGAUGACCAUAUCUUGGGAUGCUCCCGUUUAUGACGGUGGUUCAGAGAUUAUUGGAUACCACGUUGAAAAGAAGGAAAGAAACAGUAUUUUGUGGCAGAAGGUUAAUGUUGCGUUAAUAUCUAACAGAGAAUACAGGAUUACUGGACUGCUUGAGGGCCUGGAUUACCAGUUCCAAGUAUACGCUGAAAACGCUGCAGGUCUAAGCCGAGCUAGCGAGCCCAGCAAAUUUACUUUGGCAGUCUCUCCAGUGGAUCCACCUGGUACUCCUGAUUACAUUGAUGUCACCAGGGAAACAGUCACCCUUAAAUGGACCCCCCCACUGCGUGAUGGAGGCAGUAAGAUUGUAGCCUACAGCAUUGAGAAACGGCAAGGAAGUGAAGACCGUUGGCUCAGAUGUAACUUCACUGAUGUCAGUGAAUGCCAGUAUACAGUUACAGGGCUCAGUUCAGGUGACCGAUAUGAAUUCAGAGUGCUUGCAAGAAACGCUGUUGGUACAAUCAGCCCACCUUCACAGUCUUCAGGCUACAUCAUGACCAGAGAUGAAAACAUUGCUCCUACAAUUGAGUUUGGCCCUGAGCACUUUGAAGGCCUUACUGUUAAAGCUGGAGAGAGCAUUAGACUUAAAGCUCUAAUCAAAGGACGUCCAGUACCUAAAGUGACGUGGUUUAAGGAUGGUAAGGAGAUUGAGAAAACAAUGAAUAUAGAAAUAACUACAGCUAUUGGAUAUAGUACAAUCUUCAUCAGAGAUGCUACCCGGGAUCAUCGUGGAGUGUACACAGUAGAAGCCAAAAAUGCAUCAGGCACUAAACAAGAAGAUAUCACCUUCAGAGUACAAGAUACACCAGGAAAAGUUGGCGGACCAAUACGAUUCACAAACAUUACUGGAGAAAAAGUCACAUUAUGGUGGGAACCUCCGGCUAAUGAUGGUUGUGCUUCUAUUUCUCACUAUAUAAUUGAAAAACGUGAAACCAGCAGGAUUGCUUGGGCAUUAGUUGAAGAUAAAUGUGAAGCUUGCAGCUACACUGCACUUAAAUUAAUUAAGGGUAACGAGUACCAGUUCCGAGUCUCUGCAGUGAACAAAUUUGGAGUUGGCAGACCAUUGGAGUCUGAUCCAGUUACUGCACAAAUACCUUACACUCUCCCUGAUGCACCAGGAACUCCUGAGCCUACCAGCGUAACAGGAGACAGUAUCACACUCACAUGGGCAAGACCAAACUCAGAUGGCGGAAGCGAGAUAAAUGAGUAUAUUCUAGAAAGGAGAGAAAAGAAGAGCAUGCGCUGGGUUAAAGUAUCCAGUAAGAGGCCCAUUACUGAGAACAGAUACAGAGUAACUGGCCUUAUUGAAGGCAAUGAGUAUGAAUUCCAUGUCAUGGCUGAAAAUGCUGCAGGAGUUGGACCUCCAAGUGACGUUUCAAAGCUGAUUAAAUGUAGAGACCCAGUCAGCCCACCAAGUGCUCCUAAUGUUGUAAAGGUGAUAGAUACAUCGAAGACCAGUGUAAGCUUAGAGUGGACCAAGCCAGUUUUUGAUGGAGGCAUGGAAAUAAUUGGGUACAUCAUUGAGAUGUGCAAAGCUGAUCUUGAAGCAUGGCAGAAAGUCAAUGCAGAGACUGUUCUUGCUACUAAAUAUACCGUUGUUGAUUUGGAAGCAGGAGAACAUUAUAAAUUCAGAGUUAGUGCUGUUAAUGGUGCUGGCAAAGGCGAAAGUUGUGAAGUUCCUGCUUCAGUCCAAACCGUGGACAGGCUUUCUGCACCUGAGAUUGAUAUCGAUGCAAACUUCAAGCAGACUCAUAUUGUAAGAGCGGGUGCAAGCAUUCGUCUAUUUAUUGCCUUCUCUGGAAGACCUGUUCCUACUGCAGUGUGGUCCAAAGCAGAUGCUAAUCUUAGCUUGCGUGCUGACAUUCAAACAACUGAUUCAUUCAGCACGUUGACUGUGGAGGAAUGCAAUAGAAAUGAUGCUGGCAAGUAUGUCUUUACUGUGGAAAACAACAGUGGAAGUAAGUCUAUUACAUUUACUGUCAAGGUUUUGGACACACCUGGUCCACCAGGCCCCAUUACAUUUAAAGAUGUGACUCGAGGUUCUAUUACUUUAAUGUGGGAUGCUCCUGUUCUGGAUGGAGGUUCACGUAUACACCACUACAUUGUGGAAAAACGGGAAGCAAGCCGCCGUAGCUGGCAAGUGGUGAGUCCAAAAUGCACUCGACAAAUCUUUAAGGUCACUGAUCUCGCAGAAGGUGUGCCAUAUUACUACCGAGUGUCAGCAGAAAAUGAAUAUGGUGUAGGCGAACCCUGUGAAUUAACAGAACCAGUUGUAGCCACGGAAGAACCUGCUCCACCUAAGAGACUAGAUAUUGUUGACACAACCAAAUCUUCUGUAGUUUUAGCUUGGCUUAAACCUGAUCAUGAUGGUGGUAGCCGUGUUACUGGAUACCGUCUUGAAAUGAAACAAAAAGGAUCUGACACCUGGAUUGAAGCUGGACAAACCAAACAACUUACUUUCACUGUUGAAGGCCUUGUGGAGAACACUGAAUAUGAGUUCCGAGUCAAGGCAAAGAAUGAUGCUGGCUACAGUGAGCCAAGAGAAGCUUUCUCUUCUGUUAUUAUUAAGGAGCCACAGAUUGAACCAACAGCGGAUCUCAGCGAAAUAAGCAGACAGCUUAUAACAUGCAAGGCUGGAAGCACCUUUACUAUUGAUAUACCGAUCAGCGGGCGCCCAGCUCCAAAGGUGACAUGGAAACUUGAGGAGAUGAGGCUGAAGGAAACUGAGAGAGUGACCAUUAAGACAACAAAAGACAGAACCACACUGACUGUAAAGGAUAGUAUGAGAGGUGACUCUGGUAAAUACUACCUCACACUUGAAAACACUGCUGGUGUGAAAACAUUUACUGUCACAGUGGUAGUCAUAGGAAGGCCAGGUCCUGUCACUGGCCCAAUUGAAAUAUCAUCUGUCUCUGCUGAAUCCUGUGUGUUGACCUGGAAAGAACCUGAAGAUGAUGGUGGUAGUGACAUUACAAACUACAUUGUAGAGAAACGUGAAUCUGGCACAACAGCAUGGCAGCUGGUAAAUUCCAGUGUGAAACGUACACAGAUCAAAGUUACUCAUCUCACAAAAUACCAGGAGUACAGUUUCCGAGUAAGCUCAGAAAACAGAUUUGGUGUCAGCAAACCCCUUGAAUCAAAAACGAUAGUUGCUGAGCAUCCAUUCGUCCCACCAAGCCCACCUUCAAGGCCAGAAGUCUAUUCUGUGUCUGCAACUGCCAUGGCCAUUCGCUGGGAGGAACCCUAUCAUGAUGGUGGCAGCAAAGUCAUUGGAUAUUGGGUUGAGAAGAAGGAGCGCAACACCAUCCUUUGGGUGAAGGAAAACAAAGUGCCAUGCUGUGAAUGCAACUACAAAGUCACGGGAUUGGUGGAAGGCCUAGAAUAUCAAUUCAGAACCUAUGCUCUAAAUGCUGCAGGUGUUAGUAAAGCCAGUGAAGCUUCCAGACCUGUAGUGGCUCAAAAUCCAGUUGAUCCACCAGGAAGACCAGAAGUAACAGAUGUCACCAGGUCUACAGUGUCGCUGAGCUGGUCAGCACCCCUUUAUGAUGGUGGAAGCAAAAUUAUCGGAUAUAUAAUAGAACGCAAACCAUAUAACGAAUCUGGAGAUGGACGCUGGCUGAAAUGCAAUUAUACCAUUGUCUCCGAAAACUUUUUUACUGUGACAGCUCUUAGUGAAGACGAAGCAUACGAAUUCCGUGUACUAGCAAAGAAUGCUGCUGGUGUAAUCAGCAAAGGAUCUGAAUCGACUGGUGCCGUCAUUUGCAAAGACGAAUACUCACCACCAAAGGCUGAACUUGAUGCCAGACUGCAGGGAGAAGUUGUGACCAUUAGGGCUGGAUCGGAUCUUGUUCUUGAUGCAGCCAUUGGUGGGAAACCAGAACCAAAAGUCUUCUGGUCCAAAGGUGACAGGGAAUUGGAUCUAUGUGAAAAGAUAUCUCUGCAAUACACCAGCAAACGAGCCAUUGCAGUUAUCAAGUUCUGUGACAGAAGUGAUAGUGGAAAAUACACUCUAACUGUCAAAAAUGCCAGUGGGAUGAAACAAAUUUCAGUUCUUGUUAAAGUGCUUGAUUCACCAGGUCCAUGCGCAGGCAAAAUCACUGUUAGCAGAGUAACAGAAGAGAAAUGUACUCUGGCAUGGAACAUUCCUGAGGAAGAUGGAGGUGCACAGAUCACUCACUAUAUCGUAGAAAGGCGUGAAACCAGCAGACUUCACUGGGUUAUUGUUGAGGCUGAAUGCCAGACCUUAUCGUGUGUGGUAACGAAACUCAUUAAAAAUAAUGAAUACAUCUUCCGUGUGAGAGGUGUCAACAAAUAUGGACCUGGUGUUCCGCUUGAAACAGAACCUGUGAUUGCCAGGAAUGCUUUCACUAUCCCAACACAGCCUGGUGCUCCUGAAGAAGUGAGCGUCGGCAAGGAACAUAUCAUUAUUCAGUGGACGAAACCAGAAUCAGAUGGUGGCAGUGAGAUUAAGGACUAUCUUGUAGACAAACGUGAAAGGAAAAGUCUGCGCUGGACACGAGUGAACAGAGAUUACACCGUUUAUGAUACCAGAUUGAAAGUCACUGGUCUCAUGGAAGGCAGCCAGUACCAGUUCCGUGUCACUGCAGUGAAUGCUGCUGGGAACAGUGAGCCUAGUGAAGCUUCACAAUACAUGUUAUGUAAAGAACCAUCAUAUACUCCCGCACCACCUUCAGCUCCAAGAGUUGUGGAUACUACUAAACACAGCAUAAGUUUAGCAUGGUCAAAGCCCACAUACGAUGGUGGCGCUGACAUUUUAGGCUAUGUUCUUGAAAUGAAAGAAGAAGGUACGGAACAGUGGUACCGACCACAUACAACGGCCACUCUGAGGAAUGCUGAGUUCACCGUGACUGGCCUUAAAACAGCCCAGAAAUACCAAUUCAGAGUUGCUGCUACAAAUGUGAAUGGUAUGAGUGAAUUUAGUGAAUCGUCAGCCGAAAUAGAACCUGUGGAAAGAAUAGAAAUACCUGAGCUUGAGCUUGCUGAUGAUCUGAAGAAGACGGUUACAGUCAGAGCUGGUGGUUCCCUGCGCCUCAUGGUUUCUGUAUCUGGCAGACCUGCUCCCGUAAUCACAUGGAGCAAGCAGGGUGUUGACCUUGUAAGUCGAGCUAUUAUUGAUACUACGGACAGCUACAGUCUGCUUAUUGUGGAUAAAGUUAAUCGGUAUGAUGCUGGAAAAUACGUCAUUGAGGCUGAAAAUCAAUCAGGAAAAAAAUCUGCGACUAUUUCUGUAAAAGUAUAUGAUACACCUGGUCCACCAGCUGCAGUGAGAAUUAAAGAAGUGUCAAAAGAUUCGGUGACACUUACUUGGGAUAUUCCAACCAUUGACGGUGGAGCCCCCGUCAACAAUUACAUAAUUGAGAAACGUGAAGCUUCCAUGAGGGCUUACAAGACUGUCACUACCAAAUGCAGCAAGACAUUUUAUAGAGUUACUGGACUUCUAGAAGGAGCUUUGUAUUAUUUCAGAGUACUACCAGAAAACAUCUAUGGCAUUGGUGAAGCUUGUGAAACAUCUGAUGCAGUACUAGUAUCUGAUGUCCCCAUGGUACCACAAAAACUCGAAGUGAUUGAUGUCACCAAAUCAACUGUUACUCUUGCGUGGGAGAAACCACUACAUGAUGGUGGCAGCAGAUUGACUGGCUAUGUUAUUGAGGCCAGCAAAGCUGGAACAGAAAGAUGGUUGAAGGUAGUGACACUGAAGCCUACUGUCUAUGAGCAUACAAUUAUCUCUCUCAAUGAAGGUGAACAGUACUUGUUCAGGGUCAGAGCACAGAAUCAGAAGGGCGUGUCAGAACCACGAGAGAUUGUCACAGCAGUGACAGUACAAGACCAAAAAGUUCUACCAACAAUUGACUUGGCUGGAAUACCUCAGAAGACAAUUCAUGUACCUGCUGGCAAGCCAAUUGAGUUAGCCAUUCCAAUUGAAGGACGACCACCUCCAGCUGCAUCUUGGUUCUUUGCUGGUUCUAAACUAAAAGAAUCAGAACGCAUCAAAAUGGAGACUGCUGCCAAAAUGGUUAAACUGACUGUGCGUGAGACCACCAUACAUGACACUGGAGAGUAUACGCUUGAACUGAAGAACACAACUGGAACGGUUACCGAUACAAUAAAGGUUAUAAUCCUUGACAAACCUGGACCACCUGUUGGACCUAUCCGAAUUGAUGAAAUUGAUUCAAAUUAUGUAACCAUCUCCUGGGAGCCACCUGAGCUGGAUGGUGGAGCUACCCUUAGUGGCUAUGUGGUAGAACAGCGUGAUGCUCACCGUCCUGGAUGGCUGCCAGUUUCAGAGUCAGUAACCAGGACAACGUAUAAGUUCACCAGGCUUGUGGAAGGUGCAGAAUAUGUAUUCCGUGUGGCUGCUACAAACCGCUUUGGAAUCGGAUCUUAUCUGCAGUCUGAAAUUAUAGAAUGCAAAAGCAGAAUCCGUAUUCCUGGUCCUCCUGGCACUCCAGAAGUGUUUGAUAUCUCUCGAGAUGGCAUGACAUUAACUUGGUAUCCUCCAGAAGAUGAUGGUGACUCACAGAUUACCGGUUAUAUUGUGGAACGCAAAGAAGUUAGAGCUGAUAGAUGGAUCCGUGUAAAUAAAGUUCCAGUCACUAUGACUCGUUACCGUUCCACUGGGUUGGUUGAAGGAUUAGAAUAUGAACACCGAGUCACAGCAAUCAAUGCCAGAGGCACUGGGAAACCCAGCCGUCCUUCCAAGUCUGCUGUCGCCAGAGAUCCAAUUGCUCCUCCAGGUAAACCUCAGAAUCCAAGGGUCACUGAUACUACAAGAACAUCUGUCUCCCUGGCUUGGAGUCCACCAGAAGAUGAAGGUGGUUCUAAAGUUACUGGCUACUUAAUUGAGAUGCAGAAGGUUGAUCAAUUUGAAUGGACCAAAUGCAAUACCACGCCAACCAAGAUUCGUGAAUACACCUUGACACAUCUCCCUCAGGGUGCAGAGUACAGAUUCCGUGUGCUAGCCUGUAAUGCUGGUGGGCCAGGAGAACCUGCUGAAGUGCCGGGAACAGUCAAAAUAACAGAAAUGCUUGAAUAUCCUGACUAUGAACUUGAUGAAAAAUACCAGGAAGGUCUCAUGGUGAGACAAGGUGGAGUUAUCAGGCUCACGAUACCCAUUAAGGGUAAGCCCAUUCCAAUAUGCAAAUGGACAAAAGAAGGACAUGACAUCAGCAAGAGGGCCAUGAUUGCGACUUCUGACACUCACACAGAACUUGUGAUCAAAGAUGCAGAAAGAGAAGAUUCAGGCACCUAUGAUUUGGCACUUGAAAACAAGUGUGGCAAAAAAGCUGUGUAUAUUAAAGUCAGAGUGAUUGGUAUUCCAAAUCCACCAGAAGGGCCACUUGAGUAUGAUGAUAUACAAGCUCGUUCUGUCAGAGUAAGCUGGAGACCUCCUACAGAUGAUGGUGGUGCAGACAUCCUAGGUUAUAUUGUUGAGAGACGAGAAGUACCGAAGACUGCCUGGUACACUGUUGACUCUAGAGUGAAAGGAACAUCACUAGUGGUGAAAGGGCUCAAAGAAAAUGUGGAAUAUCACUUCCGUGUUUCUGCUGAAAACCAUUUCGGUAUUAGCAAAUCUCUCAAAUCUGAAGAGCCAGCAGUACCAAAGACACCUCUAAAUCCUCCAGAGCCUCCAAACAACCCACCUGAAGUGCUUGAUGUUACAAAGAGUUCUGUCAACUUGUCCUGGUCCAGGCCUAAAGAUGAUGGUGGUUCUCGUGUAACUGGCUAUUACAUUGAGCGUAAAGAGACAUCUACAGAAAAAUGGGUCCGGCAUAAUAAGACACAGAUUACCACUACAAUGUUCACAGUCACGGGACUUGUUCCAGAUGCUGAAUAUCAAUUCCGUAUCAUUGCUCAAAAUGACAUUGGUGAAAGUGAAGCAAGUCCUGCUUCUGAACCAGUUGUAUGCAAGGAUCCAUUUGACAAACCAAGCCAACCUGGAGAAAUUGAGAUCACGUCUAUAUUUAAGGACAGCAUUACAUUAGAAUGGGAACGACCUGAAAGUGAUGGUGGCAAAGAGAUCCUUGGCUAUUGGGUUGAAUAUCGCCAGUCUGGAGAAAGCACCUGGAAAAAAUGCAACAAAGAACGCAUCAAGGACAGGCAGUUUACAGUAGGAGGUUUACUAGAGGCUACAGAAUAUGAGUUCCGUGUUUUUGCAGAAAAUCAGACUGGCCUCAGUAGACCACGAAGGACUGCUAUGGCAGUGAAAACUAAAUUAACAUCUGGAGAAGCACCUGCCAUAAAAAAAGAAAUGCAGGAUGUUACAACUAAACUGGGUGAAGCAGCUCAGCUGACAUGCCAAAUUGUUGGGAGACCUUUGCCUGAUAUUAAAUGGUACCGCUUCGGCAAAGAACUGGUACAAAGCCGAAAAUACAAAAUGUCAUCUGAUGGACGCAACCAUACACUGACAGUAAUAACAGAUGAACAGGAGGAUGAAGGUCUCUACACCUGUAUGGCUACCAAUGAUGUUGGAGAAAUUGAAACUAGUGGCAAGCUAUUAUUGCAGGCUCCUCCUCAAUUCCAUCCUGGCUUCCCCUUGAAAGAGAAAUAUUAUGCAGGUGCAGGUGGCACCCUCCGCCUUCAUGUUGUGUAUAUUGGCCGACCAGUACCAGCAAUAACUUGGUUCCAUGGCAACAAACCUUUGAGAGGAUCAGAAACGGUUUCUAUUGAGAACACGGAGCAUUAUACUCAUCUUGCUAUUAAGAAUGUCCAGCACAAGACUCAUGCUGGGAAGUACAAAGUGCAACUCAGUAACACAUUUGGAACAGUUGACACUGUACUUAAUGUGGAAAUACAAGAUAAGCCGGAUAAACCGGUAGGGCCAAUUGUUAUAGAGUCUAUACUAAAGAAUUCUGUGGUGAUAAGCUGGCAACCACCAGAGGACGAUGGAGGUGCUAUGAUAACCAAUUACGUCAUAGAGAAACGUGAAGCCAAGGAAGGAGCAGAAUGGCAACUUGUAUCUUCAAGCAUUUCAGGCACAACCUGUAGAAUUGUUAAUCUAACUGAAAAUGCAGGCUAUUAUUUCCGUGUUUCUGCUCAGAAUACAUAUGGCAUUAGUGAAGCACUGGAGGUUUCAUCAGUUGUUGUUAUGAAGCCUCCAUUUGAAAAACCAGGACAACCUGGUCAGCCAGUAGCAAGUGCUGUCACAAAGGAUUCUUGUGUUGUCUCAUGGAAGCCACCAGCAAGUGAUGGCGGUGCGAAGAUUAGAACUUAUUAUCUUGAGAAGCGUGAGAAAAAACAAAACAAGUGGAUUUCUGUAACAACAGAUGAAAUUCGUGAAACCGUCUACUCUGUGAAAGAUCUUAUUGAAGGUCUUGAAUAUGAAUUCCGUGUAAAAUGUGAAAAUCUUGGUGGUGAAAGUGAGUGGAGCGAGGUAUCACAACCAGUCAUUCCAAAAUCCGAUGUUCCAAUUCAAGCUCCACAUUUCAAGGAAGAACUAAGGAAUCUGAAUGUGAAAUUUCAAGCAAAUGCCACAUUUGUCUGCAAAGUCACUGGUCAUCCUAAACCAAUUGUCAAGUGGUACAGACAGGGCAAAGAAAUCAUGCCAGAUGGUGAAAAGAUCAAGAUACAGGAAUUCAAGGGUGGAUAUCACCAGCUGGUCAUCACAAACGUAACGGAUGAUGAUGCCACUGUAUAUCAAGUUAGAGCUACCAACCAAGGAGGAUCUGUCUCUGGAACUGCCUCUUUGGAUGUUGAAGUUCCUGCAAAGAUUCACUUGCCCAAAAACCUGGAAGGCAUGGGAGCUGUUCAUGCCCUCCGAGGGGAAGUAGUGAGCAUCAAGAUUCCAUUCAGUGGCAAGCCUCACCCCGUGAUCACAUGGCAGAAGGGACAAGACCUCAUCGAUACUAAUGGACACUACCAAGUCAUUGUUACGCGAUCGUUCACAUCACUUGUUUUCCCAAAUGGUGUUGACAGAAAAGAUGCAGGUUUUUACAUUGUUUGUGCCAAAAACAGAUUUGGAAUUGACCAAAAAACAGUUGAAUUAGAUGUGGCUGAUGUGCCUGAUCCACCAAGAGGUCUGAAGGUAACUGACAUUUCGAGGGAUUCAGUCAACUUAACUUGGAAUGAACCAGCUACUGAUGGUGGAAGCAGAAUCAUAAACUACAUUAUUGAGAAACGUGCUACAACAGCAGAGCGAUGGAUUCGUGUAGCACAAGCUCGUGAUACACGAUACACAGUGGUGAACCUAUUUGGCAAGACCACCUACCAGUUCCGUGUAAUUGCAGAAAACAAGUUUGGCCAAAGCCAGCCUUCUGAACCUACCGAUCCAAUUAUAACAAAGGAAGAUAAGACCAGAGUAAUGAACUAUGAUGAAGAAGUUGAUGAGACCAGAGAAGUCACCACAGUUAAAGCAGCUCACUAUUCUACAAAGGAACUCUAUGACAAAUACAUGAUCGCAGAAGAGCUUGGACGUGGGCAAUUUGGCAUUGCACACCGCUGUGUUGAGGCAGCUUCAAAAAAGACUUACCUGGCCAAGUUUGUCAAAGUAAAGGGUGCUGACCAAGUUUUGGUAAAGAAAGAAAUUUCCAUUCUAAACAUUGCUAGGCACCGAAAUAUCCUGUAUCUUCAUGAAUCAUUUGAGAGCCUAGAAGAAUUAGUCAUGAUUUUUGAAUUCAUUUCUGGAGUUGACAUCUUUGAAAGAAUCGGCACAGCUUCAUUUGAACUGAAUGAAAGAGAAAUAGUAAAUUAUGUACGCCAGGUCUGCGAUGCACUAGAAUUUUUACAUCGCCACAGCAUUGGACAUUUUGAUAUUAAACCAGACAAUAUUAUUUACUUCACAAGAAGAAGCUCUGUAAUUAAAAUUGUUGAAUUUGGUCAAGCCAGACAACUGAAGCCUGGAGACAGCUUUAGACUCCAGUUCACUUCUCCUGAAUAUUAUGCGCCUGAAGUACAUCACCAUGAUUUGGUCAGCACAGCUACUGACAUGUGGUCAGUUGGUGCUCUAACAUACAUACUUCUCAGUGGCAUUAAUCCUUUCAUUGCUGAAACAAACCAACAAGUUAUUGAAAAUAUUCUAAAUGCUGAAUACAACUUUGAUGAUGAAGCAUUCAAAGACAUAAGCAUUGAGGCCAUGGACUUCAUUGAUCGCCUACUAGUAAAGGAAAGAAAAGCUCGUAUGACAGCUGCUGAAGCUCUUAACCAUGUGUGGCUAAAACAGCAGACAGAAAAGACCAGCACUAAAGUCAUCAAGACCUUGAGGCACAGGCGUUACUACCAAACUCUAGUUAAGAAGGAGUGGAACACAGUUGUGUCAGUAGCUCGUAUUUCCUGCGGAGGCGCAAUUAGAUCUCAGAAAGGCAUAACUGUGGCUAAAGUUAAAGUUGCGCCAAUAGACAUUGGUCCCAUUGCUGGGCAGAUAAAGCAUACUGUUACAGAAGAAGGAGGGCAUGCCAAAUAUGUAUGUAAGAUUGAAAACUACGAUCAGUCCACACAAGUCACAUGGUACUUCGGUAUGAGGCAAUUAGAAAACAAUGAGAAAUAUGAAAUCAAAUAUGAAGAAGGUGAGGCAACCAUGUAUGUCAAAGAUGUUUCUAAAUCCGAUGAUGGCACCUACAGAUGCAAGGUAGUAAAUGACUACGGUGAAGACAGCUCUUAUGCAGAACUUUUCGUUAAAGGUGUCAGAGAAAUUUCUGAACACUACAGAUGCAGGACUGUAAGGAAAGUGAAACGACGGGUUGAUGCUAUGAGAUUAUUAGAGCGUCCACCAGAAUUUACUCUGCCUUUGUAUAACCGCACUGCAUAUGUUGGAGAAAAUGUCAGGUUCGGAGUAACUAUAACGGUUCACCCAGAACCUCGCUUAACAUGGUUCAAAUCAGGCCAGAAGAUCAAACCUGGUGAAGAUGACAGGAAGUACACUUUUGAAUCAGACAAGGGUCUUUAUCAACUCGUCAUCAAUAAUGUCACAGAAGAGGAUGAUGCUGAAUACAGUAUUGUGGCACGCAAUAAAUAUGGUGAAGACAGCUGCAAAGCUAAGCUGACUGUGAUUCCACAUCCACCUCCAGCAGACGCCACACUAAGGCCAAUGUUUAAAAGACUGCUGGCAAAUGCUGAAUGUCAAGAAGGACAAAAUGUCAGUUUUGAGAUCAGGGUAUCUGGUGUACCAAAACCAACGCUGAAAUGGGAGAAAGAUGGUCAGCCUCUAUCCUUUGGUCCUAACUUUGACAUAAUCCAUGAAGGUUUGGAUUAUUAUGCUUUGCAUAUCAGAGAUACAUUACCAGAAGACAGUGGUUAUUACAGAGUUACUGCUACAAACAGUGCUGGAUCUACAAGCUGUCAAGCUUAUCUAAAAGUUGAACGCUUGAAAUAUGUCAAGCGUGAGUACAAGACUGAAGAAGAGCGAGAGAAGCAUGUACAGAGGCAAAUCGACAAAACCUUACGAAUGGCGGAAAUCCUUUCUGGAGUUGAAGCUGUUCCACUGACACAAACCGCACAAGAGGCUCUCAGAGAAGCUGCUAUCUUAUAUAAACCAGCUGUUAGCACUAAGACUGUCAAAGGUGAAUAUGAAAUUAAGAAAGAAGAAAAGAAGGAAGAAAGAAGACUUCGUAUGCCGUAUGAGGUCCCAGAGCCUCGCAAACACGUGCGCGCUACUCUUGAGGAAGAUCAGAACAUUAAACACUUUGUGCCUCUGUCAGACAUGAAGUGGUACAAGAGGCUGCGAGACCAGUACGAAAUGCCAGGAAAACUUGAGAGAACUGUUCAGAAACGCCAGAAACGCAUACGUCUUUCCAGGUGGGAGCAAUUCUAUGUGAUGCCACUGCCACGCAUUUCUGAUCAGUAUAAGCCCAAAUGGCGCAUACCAAAGCUAACACAAGACGAUCUUGAAAUUGUGAGACCAGCACGUCGCCGUACCCCAUCUCCAGACUAUGAAUAUUACUAUAGACCAAGGCGGCGAUCACUUGGUGACUUGUCUGAUGAGGAAUUACUCCUGCCUAUUGAUGACUAUCUAGCCAUGAAGAGAACUGAAGAGGAAAGACUGCGCCUUGAAGAAGAGCUGGAGUUAGGCUUUUCUGCUUCCCCACCAAGUAGAAGCCCCCCACGCUUUGAACUGUCUGCCCUUCGGUAUUCUACUGCAGGAGCACAGGUCAGGUCAGAGGAAGAAAGAAAAAGAGAGCUGAGGUAUUCAAGCUAUCACAUCCCAACUAAAGCUGAGACCAGUGCAAGCUAUGCAGAGCUUCGACAACGCCAUGACAGGGCUGCCUACAGACCAUCUAAACAAAAGCAAAGAAUAAUGGAUGAAAGAGAGGAUGAAGAAUUGCUCCGUCCUGUUGGCCCUUCUCAACGACUCUCUGAAUACAGGAGUGAGCUCGAAUAUAUGGCAGAGGAGGAAAAGAGUAGACUCAGGAGAAGGAGGGAAAGAGAAAUAACUGAGAUCACAUCAGAAGAAGAAGAAGAAAUAGAAAUGGUGCAACAUGUUCACAGGGAAUUUUCACCUCCCUCUAGAUUACUAAGGAGAAGAAGAUCUCUUUCUCCAACUUACAUUGAGCUGAUGCGUCCUGUAUCUGAAUUAAUUAGACCCCGCUCACGGCCUCCUGAAGAAAGUGAGAGAAGAUCCCCAACACCAGAAAGAACUCGACCACGCUCACCUAGCCCAGUUUCUAGUGAAAGAUCACUCUCUCGGUUUGAAAGGAUGGCAAGAUUUGAUAUAUUUUCUAGAUAUGAGUCCAUGAAAUCUGCUUUGAAAACUCAGAAAACUAUGGAAAGGAAAUAUGAAGUUCUGACUCAGCAGCCUUUCACCCUCGACCACGCUCCUCGCAUUACCCUGAGAAUGCGCUCACACCGGGUACCAUGCGGCCAUAAUACCAGGUUCAUUCUAAAUGUCCAGUCAAAACCAACUGCUGAAGUGAAGUGGUAUCAUAACGGUAUUGAGCUCCAGGAGAGCAGUAAGAUACAUUUUACUAAUACUAGCGGUGUAUUAACUCUGGAGAUUCUCGACUGCCACAUUGAUGACAGUGGAACAUACCGGGCUGUAUGCACAAACUACAAAGGGGAAUGCUCUGAUUAUGCAACACUAGACGUUACUGGAGGAGAUUACACUACAUACUCUUCCCAGCGAAGAGAUGAAGAAGUACCAAGGACAAUUUUACCUGACUUAACGAAAACAGAGGCAUAUGCAGUCUCCUCAUUUAAGAAGGCAUCUGCUACAGAAGCAAGUUCCUCGGUGAGAGAGGUCAAAUCAGAAAUGUCAGCAACAAGAGAAUCACUUUUGUCAUAUGAACAUUAUGCUGCUUCUGAACAAAAAAUAAGUGCAGCUGAAGAAAAAUCAUUGGAAGAAAGGACUGUGCACAAGGCAUUUAAAAGCACUCUGCCGGCAACAAUCCUUACAAAACCACGGUCAAUCACAGUUUCUGAAGGGGAGACUGCAAGAUUUUCCUGUGACGUUGAUGGUGAACCAGCACCAACAAUAACAUGGUUCCGUGCAGGUCAACCCAUUGUUUCUUCAAGGCGCUUCCAAGUAACACGAACACAGUACAAGUCUACCUUUGAAAUUUCUUCGGUUCAGAUGUCAGAUGAAGGAAGUUACACUGUUGUGGUGGAAAACUCUGAAGGAAGACAGGAAGCGCAUUUUACUUUGACCAUUCAAAGGAAAAAAGUUCCCGAAAAAACAAUUACAUCACCUCCAAGAAUCAAAUCUCCUGAGCCUCGUGUAAAGUCUCCCGAGCCAGUUAAGUCUCCUAAACAAGUGAAAUCUCCUGAACCCAUCAGCAGCCCUCCAAAACCAAAGUCACCACCUGCAGACAAAACAGUACCAGCAGAAAAAGUACAAUUACCAACUGCUUCUCCACCAAAGAUAAAACAGCAUCUGAAAGCAGAAACUCUUGGAGAUAAAGUAAAGUUAUCCUGUGCAGUUGAAAGCAGUGUUUUAAGUGUCAGAGAAGUGGCUUGGUAUAAGGAUGGCCAAAAACUGAAAGAAGACCAUCAUUUCAAGUUUCAUUAUGCAGCAGAUGGCACCUAUGAGCUCAGAAUCCAUGGGCUCAUGGAAUCUGAUAAAGGAGAAUACACCUGUGAAAUUAUUGGGGAAGGAGGUGUUUCAAAAACUAACUUCCAGUUUACUGGCCAAGUAUUUAAAAAUAUCCAUUCCCAGGUAAGAGGGGUAUCUGAAACUCAUAAAUCAGUUCAGAAAGAAGAUGAGGUGCUUACAGUUUCUACCCAGAAGAAAUCUGCAGUAGCAACUGAAGAAAAAGCAGCAGUUCAAGAAGUCAUUAAAAAGUCAGUUGUUACUGAAGACGUCAAACAAUUGAAAGCAGAAAUUAAAGCUUCUUCAACUAAAAUGACAGUGUCUGAAGGGCAGAAAGUGACAUUGAAAGCCAACAUUCCUGGUGCCUCUGAAGUAAAAUGGGUGCUGAAUGGAAUGGAGCUGAGAAAUUCAGAAGAUUACAGAUAUGGUGUUUCUGGAAGUGAUCACACGCUAACUAUCAAAAAGGCUAGUAAUAAAGAUGAAGGUAUACUCACCUGCGAGGGUAACACUGAUGAAGGCAUUAUUAAAUGCCAGUAUGUUCUGACCUUUUCUAAAGAGCUUUCCAACGAACCAGCAUUUAUCAUGCAGCCUAAGUCUCAAAAUGUCAAUGAAGGACAAGAUGUAUUGUUCACCUGUGAAGUUUCUGGGGAUCCUUCUCCUGAAAUUGAGUGGUUUAAGAAUAAUCAACCUAUUGCUGUUUCAUCACACAUCAGAGUAACACGCUCUAAAAACAUAUAUUCUCUUGAGAUUCGAAAUGCAGCAGUGAGUGACACCGGAAAAUACACAGUCAAAGCAAAAAAUUACCACGGGCAGUGCUCUGCUACAGCAUCUUUGACUGUGCUCCCUCUAAUUGAAGAACCUCCAAAAGAGGUAGUAUUGAAGACAAGUGGCGACGCAAGCAUGCACGAAAGUUUUUCUUCUCAGUCCUUUCAAAUGGCUUCUUCUAAACAAGAGGCUUCAUUCAGCAGUUUCAGCAGUAGCAGCAUGACUGAAAUGAAAUUUGAAAGCAUGUCUGCCAAAAGCAUGUCCUCCAUGAAAGAAUCCUUUGUAGAGAUGAGCUCCAGCAGUAUUAUGGGGAAAUCUAGUAUGGCUCAACUGGAGAGUUCAACUAGUAAAAUGCUUAAAUCAGGUCUGAGAGGAGUACCACCCAAAAUUGAAGCUCUCCCAUCUGAUAUCAGCAUUGAUGAAGGAAAAGUUCUCACACUAUCCUGUGCCUUUUCGGGUGAUCCUGCUCCUGAAAUAACAUGGUACUGCAGAGGGAGAAAAAUUACCAGUCAGGACCAGCAAGGCAGAUUCCACAUUGAAACCAGCGAAGAUUUAACCACCCUGAUCAUCAUGGAUGUCCAGAAGAACGACGGUGGACUUUAUACCCUGAAUUUAGGCAAUGAAUUUGGUACUGAUUCUGCCACUGUGAAUAUUAAUAUUCGAUCAAUUUAGAGAGCUUGAUCUGUAUUAUUUACACUUGUCUUUUUACAAGUGAUUCAUAUAUGGACUGAAAUAUCUGAUCUGUAAAUAUAAAAAAGAAGUAUUUUUGUACCUACCUGAAUGAGACAAAGUCCAAAAUUAUACAUUAUGACUUAUAGUCAUUAUUGACCUAAGAAUUUUAAACACUUUUUACACUGACAUGUACAUACUGUAUAUAGCCGAAAUUAACGGUUAUGAAGUUUUGUACCAUUUAUUUUAUGACAUUUUGAAACGUAACUUUUGGAACUAACAGUUUGGCAGGAGAAAGUUUCCUAGCAAACGACUACCCUGCUCAACUUUUAACUAAUCUUUGCGCCUCAACUCAUUGUUGAUGUCUAAGAAUGCCUCAACAGGUAGAGAGGCUCCCUGUUGAAGAUCACCUACACCUAAGAGAUGAUACUGUGCAUAGUAUUUCAUACGUGCACGAAUAUUUAUGUUGAAUCGGAAAUGUAAGGCAUUGGCGAUGUUUGCAAUUACCCUCCUGUAAGCAUUGCUUUAAUGUUUUACAUUGGAUCUGAUUACGUCAUGAUUUCCAUACCUGACUGACUAUUUUUGGACAAAGUGCAAGCGGCCAGCACUUUGUUCACCCACUGUCUGUGUACUGUUUCUGACAUAUUGACUGCCUGAACAGCUUUAAAAAAGUAACAUCACCUGGCCAUCCCUUUAUCAACGAAGCUUUUCAGGUACUCAAGUGCAGCAGCAGUACCCCCUCUCGGAGGUUCGUUAGGGUGCAGUGAUUGAGUUUGUGUGGUAGAAUUAGACAUCCAGUAGUCACUUCCGGGCAACUAAGAAAUGAACCACAGUUUGAAAACAAACUGUUGCUACAACAUCAAAUACCGCCCUGCACUUCAAAUUUGCUUUAGUUCUCCUAACGUAGUAAUAAGGCUUGUUAGCUGUUGAACCUCCUGGAGAUAGAAUUGUUCCUUUAAAAUAAAGCAUGCUUUCUGCACCACAAAA